AUGGUUAAGAAGCGUGUGGCAAUUAUUGGAGCUGGCGUCAGUGGUUUAAGUGGAAUUAAAAGCUGUUUGGAAGAAGGUUUGGAGCCCACGUGCUUUGAAAGAAGAAAUGACAUUGGAGGCCUGUGGAAUUUCACAGUAAGUGUCCUUGAUUUAAAAAGGAAACUAUUUAUAUUUGAACAAAAUUCUGGUAUGUUUGCUACAGCUUUCAAAGUUACUCACAAAAGUGUAAAUUGGCAAAAAUUCAAAGUGAAUUCUGUAAUUUUAAAGAAAAUUUGUGGAGGUAGCAAAAACACUUUUAGACAAUGACUUCAUAUGGUUUAACAAUCUGGGAUCCCUUAAAAGGACACACCAAUCUCCAUAACCAUUAUAGCCAACUGUAGUGAUUGUGGUGCCAGUCAUGAUUAUGGUGCCUUGUGCUGUUCAGCACCGACUGCUGAACCAUUUUAGCUCAGUUUGACACUUAUCUAAGUCAAGCCUCGUGCCCGAUCAGCUCCCGUUCUUCUCCCGGUGGAGAAGUUGACUGUCAGUUUCUUUAAGACAGGAACUCAUUUAGUACAUUAACUGGCAGAAGAUGCUCAGUUGACAAUCUCAGCCAAAUAUUGAUUGCUUACAUGAACAUCUGUCUUCUCUUUUUUGCUAAGUCGGGAAGUAGAGGAGGUGACCAACAUGCCUAAUAGUGAAUGUCAAAUGAUGCUCAAAUGGUUUGACAGAUAUUGCCAGCUUUGCUUUUCCCACAAAACACAAAUUGUAUAAUAAUUUACACCAGAAAAAGGAGAUAAUUGUUCAAUAUAGAAUAUGAUUAUCUCUGAUCUUCUCAUUUCAAUAGUUCCUCAGUUUUCUAAGUUGAGAUAAUAUGAAAAAAUAAACAGAAACAUAGAAGCAUGGAAUGUGACGGCAGAUAAGAACCAUUCGGCCCACCUAGUCUGCCCAAUUUUCUAAAUACUUUCAUUAGUCCCUGGCCUUAUCUUAUAGUUAGGAUAACCUUAAAAACAAAAUAUAAUAUAUUUAUUAAGCCUCUUCCAAGGAACUCUUUACUUUUAAUAUCAUAUCUAUAAUCUAUAGUGUUCCUUUAAUCAUUAUGUGUUAUAAUUUAAUUGUGUGAAAUAUUUUUAUAUUCCUUAAGGUGAGUGGACUGCAAAAAGACUGAUUGAACCAUGGAAGGGGGGUUAAAUUAAUUAAAUUGGAGGCUUUUAAAACCCUUUGUUAUUUUGAUGACGGUAAUCUUAUGGUCCUCAAAGGGUUAACCAUUCAGUUAGUUAAGGGGUGAGAUUGUGCCCCACAGUAGUGCUACCAUGCAUAGGGCCAGGGAAAUAUAUACAUAUAUACAUUAUUUAAGAGUGAACUGUGAAUUAUGGCAAAAUAAUAGUAUGGGCUCUGCAGACAUCCUAAUGAAACGACAAGUGGUUGUAAAGUCUUCCAAACAUUGAGAUGGCAAUAUUUUCCCAAAUAAAUGUAUUUAUGUAUAUUUGAUAUUAAAGGAUCAUUUUAAGUAGAUUUCUACAGGGAGCAUCUUACUUAGAAAAGUUAGAUUUAUUCCUACAGUGAGAUCCUUUCAUUAGUUAUAUAGAUUCAAAGUCAAAUUAAAGUUUAGGGAGAAAAAAGUAAUGACAAUAAGCAGAGAGCUUUUUUUCUGAAUCAGUGUUGCAUAAGAUUAAUUUAUGUAACAUAACCUAGUAUAUCUCUUCUUUUCAUAAAUCAUGGAAGUUUUUGGCAGGUUUUGCACCUUAACUUUCCUGUCUAUUUAACCCCUUAAGGACCGCUGAUGUUUCAGGACCGUCAUUGGAAAAAUCCUCUUGAGGACUGAUGACGGUCCUGAACCGUCAUAAUGGUAAUAUUUACUUACCCGAUCGCAGCUGUUCCCCUGCCGGUAAUUGGCAUUGCUCCUGGUCUGGGGGGGCUACCUGACAGCCCAGACAGUACCCCCUCGGCGAUUUAGGCCACCGCAGCCAUGUGAUCACUCUAACAGAGCGGUCACAUGGCCACAAUAGGCGUCCGUGAAUCUGCCUGCAUGGGGACUGCCUGAACUGACAGGCAGUCUCACAGCAUCUGUAAAAUAAAAAAAUAAAAAAUGUUAAUAUAUGCCUAUAUUAUAUAUAUAUAUAUAUAUAGUCACACUAAGUGUAUUUUUAUAUUACUGUAUACAUAUAUUAAUAUAAAAUAAACUUAUACUUAAAUUACACACAUAUAUAUAUAUGUAUAUAUAUAUCAAAUGUAAGUAAUAUGUAAAUAAAACAUUUUAAAAAUGUAAAAAAUAUAAUAAUAAAAAAUAUAUAUAAAUGUAAUUUUAUUCUAACUGUAUUUUGAUAUUAAUAUAUAUAUAUAUAUAUAUAUAUCAAAAUACACUUAGAAUAAAUGAAAUUAUAUAUAUAUAUAUAUAUAUAUAUAUACACACAUAUAUAUACACAAAAUAUAUAGAUAUCCACAUACCAAAUUACAUAAAUAAUUUCAUAAAUAUUCACAAUAUAGACUUCAAAUAUAUAAAUAUGUAUGUGUAUAUAUAUAUAUAUAUAUAUUUAAAUUGUCCGUACAUAUUUAUGUAAUAUUUUACAUAAUUAAGUCAUUUUAUUCAUUGCAAAUUAAGGGACCUGCCUGACAACCCAGGCCAAAAGUCCAGAGAAUUUAAUUUGCUAGCACUGUAUUUAACCCUGUAACUUUCUAUGACAUCCUAAAACCUGUACAUGGGGGUUACUGGUUUACUCUGGAGACUGAACAGAAAUAUUAGUGUUUCAAAACAGUAAAACCUAUCACAGCGAUGAUAUUGUCAGUGAAAAUUAAGAUUUUUGCAUUUUUCACACACUAACGGCACUUUCACUGAUGAUAUAAUUGUUGUGAUACGUUUUACUAUAUUGAAGCACUAAUAUUUGUGUUCAGCAAAGUCACCCGAGUAAAACAGUACCCCCCAUGUACAGGUUUUAUAGUGUUUUUGAAAGUUACAGGGUCAAAUAUAAGGGUCAAUUUUUUUUACAUUGAAAAUUGCCAGGUUGGUUAUGUUGCCUUAGAGAGCGUAUGGUAGCCCAGGAACGAGAAUUACCUCCAGGAUGGCAUACCAUUUGUAAAAGAAGACCACCCACUGUGGUGUAACUCUACCUAAAGCAGCAGCAUUAUGAGCAGGGCCGUCUUUAACGCGGGGCAAACGGGGCAGCUGCCCCGGGCCCUGUCCCUGCUGGGGGGCCCGAGGUAACUGCCCUGUUUGCCCUCUGCCCGCAAACUAUGGGGGCCCAUCGGGUGGCCCAUGCACUUAGGGCCACCCGGUGGGACUGUGUCAGCAGGGGCCCGGUCGGGCGCUGUGGCGCUUUAACAGCGCGACCGGGUCCUUGCUUUUCGGCAGCAGUGGGAGGAAGUGACAGCCGUGCGUCACUUCCUCCCACAGAAACAGGAGCCGCGCGGGAGGAAGGAGGACCAGCUGUUCCGGAGGGGGCCAGGCCAGGAGAGCUUAACUCCCAGCCACCCCAGCCAGCCCACUGGACCCCAGGGAAGCCACCCUCCAGGACAAGGUAAGAAACUGGAGGGUGGUUAUCAAAGUCUGUCAGUGUAUCUGUAUGUGUGUUUGUCUGUCAGUGUCUGUGUGGUUCAGUAUGUCUGUAUGUGUGUAUGUCUGUCAGUGUGUCAGUAUGUCUGUGUGUGAGUCUGUCAGUGUCUGUGGUUCAGUGUGUAUGUGUGUUUCAGUAUGGCUGUCUGUGUAUGUCAAAAUGUCUGGAUGUGUGUUUGUCUGUCAGUGUCUGUGUGUAUGUGUGUUUCAGCAUGUCUGUCUGUCUGUCUGUGUGUAUGUGUGUUUCAGCAUGUCUGUCUGUCUCUGUGUAUGUGUGUUUCAGCAUGUCUGUCUGUAUGUGUGUAUGUGUGUUUCAGCAUGUCUGUCUGUCUGUGUGCCAGAAUGUCUGUCUGUGUGCCAGAAUGUCUGUCUGUGUGCCAGAAUGUCUGUCUGUGUGUCAGUAUGUCUGUGUGAGUCUGUCAGUGUCUGUGUGUUUCAGUAUGGCUGUCUGUGAGUUUCAAAAUAUCUGUAUGUGUGUAUAUCUGUCAGUGUCUGUGUCUGUGUGUUUCAGUCUGUCAGUAUGUCUAUGUGUGAGUCUGUCAGUGUGGUUCUGUAUGUCUGUGUUUGUCAAUAUGUCUGUCAAUGUCUGUGUGUAUGUGUGUUUCAGUAUGUCCGUCUGUCUGUGUGUAUAUGUGCCAGUACGUCUGUCAGUGUAUCUGUAUGUCUGUGUGUGUGAGAGUCCAUCAGUGUCUGUGUGGUUCAGUAUGUCUUUGUGUAUGUGUGUUUCAUUAUGGUUUUCUGUGUGUGAGUCUGUGUGAGUCUGUGUCAGUACGUCUGUCAGAAUGUGUCUCUGUAUCUGUAUGUUGUCCAUUUGUAUUUGUGUGUGUAUCUGUAUGUGUCAGUGUUUGUAUCUGUAUAUCUGCAUGUGUGUAUCUGUGUGUCUGUCUGUCAGUGUGUGUGUCGGUGUAUCUAUAAGUAGUCAGUGUGUGUACCUUUGUAUCUGCAUGUAUGUCAGUGUUUGUAUCUGUGUGUGUGUCAGUGUAUCUAUAUGUAGUCUGUGUGUAUCUGUAUGUUCUUGUGUGUUUCUAUAUGUGGUCAGUGUGUAUCUGCAUGUGUGUCAGGUAGUGUAUUUGUGUGUAUCUAGACGUAGUCAGGGGGCCCAAGUAAAUGCUCGCCCAGGGUCCAAUCUAAAUUAAAGACGGCCCUGAUUAUGAGGCAGCCUGGAGCAGAGGUAUGGGCUGGCUAAUAUCAAUUCUGUGCAAAAUUGCCAUUUGACACCAGCACAUACAAUGUGUUUGUACCAGACAAACAAUGGUGGCACAGCUCGUGCCAUCCCAGUCCUCCUCUCAGCCCAUCCUCCAUGACCUCCCUCCCUCUACGGAAAAGGGUCAAAGCAUUUUAUUUUAUUUAUUUUUUUGAGUUGGGGGGGAGGGGUGAAAACCACAGAAAUGUUACUUCAACCACAACCAAUGUUUUAUGGUUGGUGUAAAAUGUAAAUCAAUAAAACUCAAGUCAGUUGAUUUUAUUUCAAAAUGGACAACUGAGUGAAAAAAAGCUGUUGGUAGGACACAGUAUGUAUUAUAAAUGGUUAAUUUAAAACUAACUGGGGAAAGUCAAAAAGUUCAAAAAUGGUUUACUAAAAAUAACACACACAAACAAACAAUUAGUAGAUUGUACCCAUAGACAUUUGGCACAAACCUAUUACCAUAACUUUUACAAUAACCCCUACUUAGUGUGUCUCUUUAAAUGACAAUAGUCUUCAAAUUUUAAUUUCUCAUUUUAUGAAACUUAAUGGAUUUUUAAAAAUAAAAUUAAAAAGAAAAAACUUUUACAUCAGGCUGAGCAGCCAUGUUGGGUUUAGACUCUGCUGUUAUCUGAACAACUACUGUUCAUCCUAACCUAACUGCUGUUAUUGCUCUGUGUGCUCAGUUUUAACUUGCAGAAGUAUUCAAGACAGGUUGAGCAACAGUUGGUUAGAUAAUAGUAUAGUCUGACCCAACAUAGGUGCUCAAUCAGACACAAAAAGUGAAAUUUUCUCAAAAAAAAUAAUAUACAUAAUAAAUAAAUAUUGAGGUUCAAUAAGAGUAAUACAUGUUUAAAAAAGUGAAAAUAUGACAGUUGUCCUGUAAGUUGAGUUUUUAUACAGAAAGAAACACAUUAAAACGAGUGUCUGAUUAAUUUCCAAUAUGUAUUGGAAUACUUAAAGGUACACUAUAGUCACCAGUACAACUACAGCUUAAUGUAGUUCUUUGAGUGAGUAUAAUCAUGGUUUCAGGUAUUUUCAUGCAAACACUGCCUUUUUAGAGAAAAGGCAGUGUUUACAUUCCCCCCAGGGAAACCUCCCUGCAGGAAAGCAACUGUAUUGGCAAAAAAAUCUGCAAUUCUGAUGAAGUCACCAAGGAAGGAGACGGGGGCGGAGCAGGGUCAGCCGACCCAUGCCGUAUUGGAAAAAAAGGAGAGUGUUUCACCUUUUCUAAGGGGCUAAGGGGGGAGGUGGUGGAGUGAGAGGAAGGUGGGGGGGGGGGAGGGGGCAUGUUUGUGUUCCUGACUCCAUGGUGUUCCUUUAAUUAAUGAUUAUUUGUUAUAAUUUAAUUGUGUGAAAUGUUUGUAUGUUUGUUGUAUAAUUCAUAAUUAAUCAAUAAUUCAGAACUGAUGUUUAAUGUUUACCAAAAGCAGUGUAAUUUCUAUUUCAGAAACAUGUGGAAGAUGGUUGUCCAAGUAUCUACAAAUCUCUUGUCAGCAAUAUUUCCAAGGAAACAUUUUGCUUCAGUGAUUUUCCAAUGCCUGAAAACUUUCCUAACUUCCUCCCAAAUGCCAAGUAUCUAGAAUAUUGCAAAUUAUAUGCCGAACACUUUCAGUUGUUGAAAUAUAUAAAGUUUAAGGUGAGUUAGAUUAUGCAUUGUUUAGAUAACAUUCUAAAGAAAAGACACAAGGAAUAUGAUUUUAGAUAUUAGAGCAAAACUAUUUAAUUGAAAAUACAGUUUUGAUAAGUUUAUUACUGCACUCUAUGUAUAAAUUGCAUGUUUGCUCUAAUUUUAUGUCCUACUGUUUCAAAUCUGGUUUCUAAGUAACAGAUGCAUUUUGCUCUCUUUCCAUGAUAUUCUUUGGAAUGGAGACCUUAAAUAGAAAAUACAAAACAGUGCAAAAAAAUGCUCUAAUGGAUGUCCACCAGUGGUUUCCUAAAGUUUCAUGGACUUCAUGAAAGCAUGCUGGACGUCCACACACUUUGAUUGAGGACAACCAGCAUCAAGCAAAACCCCAGAGAAAAGCAUUAAUUCCAUGCUUUUCUAUGGGGAAGGCCAAAUGUGCACACGGUGUUCCCCCAUUGGCUGAUGUUGGUGGAGGAGGAGCGCGACCCAGCACCGCUGGAAUCAAGUAGGUGAAUUAAAGGUUUUUUUUAUCCGUUUCAUGGAUGGUGGGAGCCAUAGAGACAGAGGGUCACUUUAUGUCUAAGUAAUACAUCUUUGAUUUCCUAACACUAAAUUGUUCCUGUAAGGGUUAGAGACUUGAGAGUAUCAUCAGAAAAAAAGUUAAACUUAUAGAUGAGGGUUCCUGUAGCAAAAUGAAUUAUUAGUUUCAUGCUGCAUCUCUUCCUUAGAAGCAAACCAAGUAAGUGACAGUGCCACUAUUCCAUUUAUUUAUUUGUUUUUAAUAACCUUGCAGUUCUCAUUGAAAGCUGCUUUCUUUAUAUUUCCAAAUCAGCUUACAUGCCUUGAUGUCAAAUGAAGGUGAUUUCUUAUCUUGGAUAAAUGUGGUAGAAUGUUUUACAGCUCUUGAAAUAAAAGCAGACAUAUUGGCUGUUUUUUCUCAUAAAAUUUUCUUAAACCAUUAUUUUCUAUGUUGUGCAGACAACAGUUUGCCAAGUGCAGAAACAUUCAGAUUUCGACUCAAAUGGGCAAUGGGUUGUUACAACUGAGAAUGAUGGAGAAAAAGCAACAACUGUCUUUGAUGCAGUUACCGUAUGCAGUGGCCAAUAUGUUUACCCAUUGUUGCCACUGGACUCUUUCCCAGGUAGAACUUCAUUUGCUCUCUAAUAAUCAUGAUUUUUCAUUUAUGCAUGCAAGGGUGUUUUUAGUGCAGCCUAUUACUAGUUUAUGCUUAAUUUCAACGUUUAAUGUAGCUAGCUUCACUUUAAUGGAUGACGUAAAUAAGAGGUAAAAUAAUAAUGUAAAAAAAAAAAUAAAUAAAAGCAAAACAUUUCCAAGAUUCCAAAUGUCCAAAGAGUGACAGUUUCCUUUUUUAGGGGGCCAUGGCUAAAACCAUAAUAGAGUGUAUGGCUAUACUGGGACAUUUUAGGUGAUUUCAAUAUCUAUAGGCAUUUAUGGAUCAUAAUCAUAUAAUUUCUAAACAUGUCCAUUCUACUUUAUAGACAUAUACCUGUAAAACGCAGCGCAAAUGUACUCCAAAUAUUGAAGCUUCUAGAAAUGAGGGACAUUAGGGUGGAAAUAGGAGAGAGAGGGAUUUAGUCCAAAUAUUAUUUAUUUAUUUAUAAAAUAUUUUACCCGGAUGGAUACAUUGAGAUUUCUUUCAUUUUCAAGUAGGUUCAGGGUCCACAAAACAUUGCAUUGUUACAAUAGGACACAAUAUUACAAAAAAUUCAAUAUACAAACUAUAUAAAUAUAUAUAUAUAUAUAUAUAUAUAUAUAUAUACAUACAUACAUACAUAUUCAUACACACAUAUAUUUAACAUAUAACAGAUGGUAAAUAUAUUCAACCAUGACACGUGCAUUCUGUGCUGUGGUAUAUUGCCAUAGAUAUCUUAAACGAUUUUAGAUUGGAUGAAGAUUUGAUUGUGUCCCUGACGUUAUUCCAUAAUUGCUGUGCACUGUAGGAAAAUGAGGAUCGAGCCACCUGAUUUCUGUAUUGCAGUAUGCUAAAUAUCGUGCUAGUACUGUAUUGGAAGCUAUAGGAUGUUGGAACAGCUUGAGAGAACAUUCUACUGAGGUAGGGUGGGAGCUUCCCAAAAAAGCACAACGCUGGAAAGAUGAAGAGUGCGUCGGGAUUCCAGCGAUAGCCAGUUUAGCUCUUUUAACAUGUCACAAUGGGGGGGAAAGUAUUUGCAUUCUAGUACAAAGCCGCAGCAUAAAUUAUUUAACAUAUUAAGUUUAUUAAGGUGGGUUUGCGAUGCAGGUGCAUGAAGGACAUCCCCAUAAUCAAUGACUGGCAUCAGCAUUUGUUGCACUAGCUGUUUCCUUACUGUAGGGCUUAGGCAGGAUUUGUUUCUGUACAGGGCACCUAGUUUUGAGUAAAGUUUAAAAAAUAUUUUUUUAAUGUGAAGGCCAAAGGAUAGAUUGCGGUCUAGAAACAUAACUAGAUAUUUAAAAGAACAGACUGCUGUCAGUGUGCUAUUUGAAUUUGUUCUGACACAUAGUUGUUGAUUUUGUAGUUUACAUUAUUUAGGUAGAGUUCCAAAGAUCAAUGUAACUGUUUUGUCAGUAUUUAGGAAGAGUUUGUUAUCCACUAUCCACUUUUCUACCGCUGUGAAUUGGUUUUGGAGCACAGCCUGAAGUUGUGGUAGAUUGGGCUUUCUAGCGUAGAUUACAGUGUCAUCUGCAUACAUGUGUACAGUUGAGGAUUUGCAGACGUUAGGCAGAUCAUUUAUAAAUAAUGUGAAUAGCAGAGGGUCAAGUAUGGAGCCUUGGUGAACACAACACGUGACUGGAAGAGGGAGGCGCUAUCAGAAAUGGCCACAUAUUGCAAUUGGUCUGAAACAUAUGAUCGAAACCAGGUUAGCGGUUGCAAAAGAAUACCAUGGUGUACUGUGUCAAAGGCCUUGGCAAAAUCAAGGAAAAUAGCUCCAGCUAAGUCUUCUUGUUCCAUGUCAGUUUGGAUAUCGUUGCAAACUUUUAAGAGGGCAGUCGAAGUUGAGUGAUUCGGACGAAAAUCCUGAUCAGGGGGUCAGAUAAUUUGAUUGUUGAUAAUAUUCACAUAGUUGCGUGUGGAUGCAUUUUUAUGGUACUAGUUUUUUGUUGAAUGAUACUAAUAUCAAAUGUUAUUUUCUCAAAGAUGUUAACAAGUUUAAGGGGAAAAUUCUACAUUGUCGAGAAUACAAGGAACCAAUGGAAUUUGAUGGUAAAAAAGUGUUGAUUAUAGGACUGGGUAACAGUGGAGCUGACCUCGCUUCUGAACUUUGUACCAGAGCCUCACAGGUAGGACUUGCUCUAUUUUGUAAUAUAAAUAUACAGCAAAUAUCAUACAACAUAUUGUAAUAUUAGUUAAAGAUCUUUUUAACAAAAUUAAGUCUGAAACUACUUACAUUACUCUAUUCAGCUGGAAACAGUUAUCUAUAAUUUUUAAUUAAUUGAAUUCACUUAAAAUCAAAAUGCAAUAGACUUGACCUCUGGAAGAUAUAAUUGAGGAAUGCAACAUUUUCCAAACUGCUCGAGUGAUACUAAAAUAGUUUUAUAAUAACAAUUUGGGAUGGUGGACCUCUGUUUCCAGCAAGGGAUCUACAAUGUAUCCAUUCUGGCAGAGCUAUAUUUCAGAGUAGUGCUUGUGCUUGAAUGUAAGCAUGUUGUGUGUGUUAGAAUGUAUGUUUUUGUGUGUAGAGUUAGCAUUUGAAUGCUGUUGUAUGUUUGUAUGUACUGUUGCUAUUUAUUUGCAGUGGUGUACUUGUGUUUAGUGUUUAUGUUUAAAUGUGCUUGUAUAUAGAGUUGGUGUUUAAAUAUGCUUGCAUGUAGAGUUGGUGUUUGAUAUGCAUGGAAACACACACAGAUACACACACAGACUCAUACACACACUCAAUGAAUCAUACACACAGAUACACACUGACACAUUGACACAUACAGAUAACACAUAUACACACUAACACAUACACACAUAUGUACAGAUACCACCAGGGCCGGAUUAACAUAAGGGCUGAUGUUGCUGCAGCUCCAGGCCCAUGGAAUAGGCCCAUUUUUUUUUUUUUUACACACUACUCUUAGGUUUGCCACCUGACUGGUAUUUUAAGGCACAGUCAAUAUUUGAGGCAGUAAUACCGGCAAUACAAAUGUGUAACGGACCGUUUUGCACACAAGAGGUUAAAAAUCGUUUAGGUGAUAUUCCCCUUUUAAAUACAUGAACAGCUGCUGCAAGUACCAAUCUCCCGAAUUGCAAACACAUGAAUACUCAAACUCCUGAACACACGGAUGUUGUUAAACAGCCGAACAGGAAAAACCAUACCAACAGUUUACACUCCUGGCAGUCGCACUGUAACAGCAUAUAAUCCAAUUCCCCCCAAGAACGAGACUGGGGCUACCUGCCUGGUUUUUAUGCAGGUUUCCCACCUGGUGGACAUUCCCCUAGGGGACCAGAUGGAAGACUGGGAAACAUAUUGGACAUAUUGGACAUAUUGAUCACAAUCCCUCCUCUCUGUCCUGGAGAUAAUUGGGAAGUAAUCCAAUUAUCUCCAAGGACAGAGGCAAAACUCCAUUAACCACAUGGCAGACAAAGGACAAUAAAAGACAUAAAAAUACAUACUGUUACAUUUAUCACAUAGAACAUACACAUUCUACCUAUCCCAAGAUAGCUUAGAUCUGAGCGCUCAUUAUUACCGGAUGGCACUCAGAUCACAUACAUACAGUUCUAUCGCCAUGGAGCCAAAGUCUUUCAUACAGUCUUUCAGUAUACGGCUGGGCUCCAUGGCAUAGCUAUCUGGGGUAGCAUGGUUUAAACAGUAAAGUACCAAAUGGACCGGUGUUCGGAUAAUUGACUGCAGGUAGGAGAAGGAAGGUCGGCGGCUCAGCAGUGUUCGUGACUUUAGCAGUUGGCAGAAAGGCACGAACCAGCCUUUCUGCAGGGAAAAAGAACAGUGUUAAACAUGGGGCAAUAGUCCAGUGGCAGGAAGCGGGUUACCACUGUGUAUGGAGAGAGGCAGGGAUAGGAAGUUGCAGCAUCUCCAUGCCUGUCUCUACUCACUGAUCCGCGGGGGAGCAGCUACACAGCACAGAGAGUCCAGAUAGCAGCUCCUAGCCUGCAGAGAUAGACUACAGCUCAGGUAUGUGAAGGAUGGGGAGAAAGGCAGCAGGGAGACACUGAGACACUAGGGGACACAUGGGGACACUGAGACACUAGGGGACACUGGGAGACGUGGGGACACAGACACUUUGGGACACUGGGAAACAUGGGGACUCUGAGACUCAUAGGGACGCUGUGAGACAUAAGUAGACAAAUUGGGACAUGGAAGCACUAGGGAGACAGUGUCUCCAUGUCUCCCAGUGUACCCAUGUCUCCCAGUCAGUGUCCCUAGUGUCUCAGUGUCCCCAUGGCUCCCAAUGUCCCCAUGGCUCCCAGUGUCCCCUAGUCUCCCAGUGUCUGUGUCCCCAUGUCUCUCUGUGUCCCCAUGUCUCCUAGUGUCCCCAAAUGUCUGUGUCCCCAUGUCUCCCAGCCAGUGUCUCGGUGUCCAAAUGUCUCCCAGUGUCCCUAUGUCUCCCAGCCAGUGUCCCUAGUGUAUAAGUGUCCCCAUGUCUCCCAGUGUCUGUGUCCUCAUGUAUCUGUGUCCCUAGUGUCCCCAUGUGUCCCAGUGUCCCCAUAUUUCUGUGUCCCCAUGUAUAUGUCCACAUUAGUGCCCUCACGUCUCCCAGUUUCCCCAAGUGUCUGUGUCCCCAUGCCUCCCAGCCAGUGUCCCUAGUGUCACAGUCUCAGUGUCUCCCAGUGUCUGUGUUCCCAUGUCUCUCAGUGUCCCUAGUGUCUUAGUUUCCCCAAAUGUCUGUGUCCCCAUGUCUUCCCAGUGUCUGUGUCCCCAUGUUUCUGUGUCCCUAGUGUCUGUGACCCCAUUUCUCCCAGUGUCUCAGUGUCCCCAUGUCUCCCAGUGUCUCCAUGUCUCCCAGUGUCCCCAUGUCUGUAUCUACAAGUGUCUCAGUGCCCCCAUGUCUCCCAGUCUCCCCGGGUCUCACAGUGUCCCCAGGUCUCACUGUGUCCCCAUGUCUCUUAGUGUCCCCUAGUAUCCUAGUGAUACGGGACACACUGAGACAUGGGGACACUGGGAGAAAUGGGGACACAGACACUGGGAGAUUAGGGGACUGGGCGACAUGGGGACAUUGACACUGUGAUACAUAGGGACACCAAUGCCAGGCUAGCCUUCCAAUUCUUUGGACAGACAUGCCCACUUUUUGGGAGUUCUGGUCACGUGAUUCACGUCAGUGGCUCACACUUUUACCCGGCCCAUUGACUUCCUGCUUCACUGGACACUGUUGUUAGGGGGUAUGGAUUUACUUAAAAGAUGAAAGCAUAAAUGAGAUAAAGAGAUUAGCAUAGGGUAUGUGUUUUCUUAUAGCUGCAUCCUUUGAGUUUCCCUCCAACACCAUCUCCAUCAGAUACAUGAUGAUUGAGAGGUAUUAUUGUGUUAGUGUUUAGAUCCUGUAAUUAGGCCCAUCAUAAUUGUCAGCACCAGGCCCACUGGGCUCUUUGUCUGGCCCUGGAUACCACAUAUACACUCACAGAUAUGCACACAGAUAACAAAUAAACACAUAUACAAACACAUACAUAUACACAGAAAGAUCAUAAUUUACAUAUUUUAGCUACCACCUGCCUCCAGACCUUUUUGGUGUAAGAGGAUAGCAAGCCUUGACAAAGGCAUGUGGAGCCAAAACAUUGGGUGGUUACGGUGUCCCUCUGUCACAACAACUAGGUAAAGCUUUACACCUUGUUCCAAAUUAUUAUGCAAAUUAUAUUUUUCUAAUUUACCUAAAUAAUUGAUGUAAAUAACAGCCAGCAUAAUUCUCAUGUUAUCAACUACUAAGAGUACAAUUCAAAUUUUAUUGAACAAACCUCCUAAUGAUAACAGUAUUUUUUGUAAACAUAAAAAACUUACAAUGCACUGUUUCAAAUUAUUAUUACGCACAGUAAGUUUCAAAACACUUUAUAGGUUGUAAAGAACUGAGAAUUGUCAUUUGUUGUGUUUGCAGCAUAUUUACUGAAAUCAAAAGCUAUUUCAAUCAAACUUAUAACAACAUUUUAACUUUUUAAACAUUUUAACAGGUCACGUUACAUUUUAACAUAGGACCUCUUAUUUGAUAUCAGCUUCACAAGUCUUGCAUCCAUUGAACUUGUGAGUUUUUGGACAGUUUCUGCUUGAAUUUGUUUGCAAGAUGUCAGAAUAGCCUACCAGAGCUGCUGUUUGGAUGUAAACUGCCUCCCACCCUCAUAGAUCUUUUGCUUGAGGAUGCUCCAAAGGUUCUCAAUAGGAUUGAGGUCAGUGGAGGAUGGAGACCACACCAUGACUUUCUCUCCUUUUAUCCCCAUAGCAGCCAUUGAUGCAGAGGUAUUCUUUGCAGCAUGAGAUGGUGCAUUGUCAUGCAUGAAGAUAAUUUUAUUAUGGAAAGCAUAGUUCUUCCUUCUGUACCAGGGAAGAAAGUGGUCAGUCAGAAACUCCACAUACUUUGCAGAUGUCAUCUUUACAUCUUCAGGGACCCUAAAGGGGCCGACCAGCUCUCUUCCCAUGAUUCCGGCCCAAACAUGACUCCACCGCAGCCUUGUUGGAACAGGGAGGCCGUCCACCAACCAUCCACUGCUCCAUCCAUCUGGACCAUCCAGGGUUGCACGGCACUCGUCAGUGAACAGGACUGUUUGGAAAUUAGUCUUCAUGUAUUUUUCUGCCCAAUGCAGCCGUUUCUGCUUGUGAGCAUUGGUUAGUGGUGGCUGAAUAGAAGGUUUAUGCACAGUUGCAAGACUCUGGAGAACUCUACACCUUGAUGUCUGUGGGACUCCAGAAGCACCAGCAUCUUCAAAUAUCUGUUUGCUUCUAUGUAAUGGUAUUUUAGCAGCUGCUCUCUUGAUCUGAUGCAUGGAUCUGGCAGAAAUCUUCCUCAAUGUGCCUUUAUCUGCACGAACCCAUCUGUGAUCUGAAUCAGCCACAAAUCUCUUAAUAGUGCGAUGAUCACGCUUAAGUUUUCGUGUAAUAUCUAAUAUUUUCAUACCUGGUCCAAGGCAUUGAACUAUUUCACUCUUUUUGGCAGCAGAGAGAUCCUUUUUUCUUCCCAAUAUUGCAUAAAAAUGGUGCUCUGCUUAAUAACGUGGAACACCCUCCUUUAGUAGUUUUUCCUUAAACUGGGCUCACCUGGCAAUCUAAUUAUGACAGGUGUCCGAGAUUGUUUUCAGUGAUCAAAAGAGCCCUGAGACACAAUGUCAUCCAUGAGUUAAACUGAAAAACAAAAUAUUUAAUCUUUGUGACAUAAUAAUUUGGAACAGGGUGUAUUUUAUACAGCAGUUUCUUCAUGGUAGGCAUUGUUUUCAUUUUUUAAAUGUUUGCACUUUUGCAUUAAUGGACAAUUCAUGUUCAAUUCAUUAUCCUCAUGCAUACUCUUGUGUGAUUUGUACAUACCUGUGCAUAUACAUUACAUUUGCUUAAUUAAAUAAAGAAUGUUAUUUUGUAUUUGAUGUCAGGUGUGUUAAUUUUUAUAUAUUGCCUCCAGUGUGUGCCUGGUCAUGUGUUGGAAUUUGCUACCAAUUUCCUGUCACUGUUUUGUUCACAACUAUACUGGAUCUUUUUGAGAGGAUCUUUCAGUGGCAGAAUUACUAUGGUCACAGAGGUCAUGAGUGCGGCCAGGUACUUUGUGUUCUGCUUGUCAUGAGGGGCCAAUGAGCUGGCCGGCUUGCCACCUUAGGGCCCCAUCCAAGAUGGAUAUUCAUUAAUGCAGAGUAGUCACCCGCUUACCUGAAAGGCAUGUACCUACUCUGCUGAUAUAUACUGUGUCUUGAGGGGAGCUGUAGAUGGGCAGUGAGCAGAGGUGCACCUAGGGUCUGUAGAACCCUUAGCGAGGAGCUGUAUCCAUGCCCCCCGCUCUGCUCGGUCUUCUGCAUUCACCAUUCAGAGUAAGGUAUAGCUGCACACUCAACUUAUUACUAUCUCCUUUCCAUCCAUGGCUCUCUUCCCCUCCCUGACAUGUCUCUCCCCCAUUCCAUCCACAUGUCCCACCCCAUAUCUCCCUCCCCCAUUUCAUCCAUAUCUCUCCCCCAUGUCUUCCUGACCUCUUUCAUCGAUAUCUCCCUACCAUCCAUACCUCCCUCCCUACCAUCCAUAUCUCUGCUCCCAUGUCUCCAUUUCCGCUUCCAUCCAUCUCCCUCCCCAUGUCUACCUCUUGCCUUCAAUUCCUCUCUCUCCCCUAUGUCUCCCUCCUCCCUUCAAUCCAUAUCUCUUCCCCAUGUCUCCCACCCCCUUCAAUUCAUAUCUCUUCCCCGAUAUCUUCUUCCCUCUUCCAUCCAUAUUUCCCUAUCUCUCCCCCCAUACCUCCCUACCCCUUCCAUUCAUAUAUCUCCCCCACAUACUUCCCUACCUCUUCCAUCCAUAUCUCCCUUCCCCUUUCAUCCAAUAUCUCCCAUCAUACCUCCCUACCUCUUCCAUCUACACCCCCUAUCCCUUUCAUUUCUUCUCCUCCAUAGCUCUUUACGCCUUCCAUCCAUGUCUUCCCCCCCCCCCUUCCCAAGUAGGAGUAGAGGUAGAAUAGACAACAGUACUAAGCAUCUUCCCUUACAGAGAGGGCACCCAAGGCGAAAGUAGUUCCAGCUGUGUACACAUUCACACACAUGGCCUCCCUCCCUGCUGUUUUACCUCUCAUGGCAGAGGAGGGGGGCCUCUCGAUGUGCAGUGCGCUGUGUGGAUCAGAAUGGUUGCUGGGUAUGUAUCUGUCAGUGAGUGUGUGUGUUUGUCAGUGUAUAUGCAUGUCUGUCAGCAAAUGUGUGUCCAAUCAGUGAUAGUGUAUGUGUGUGUCUGUCAGUUAGUAUGUGUUUGUCAAUGAGCUUGUGUGCUUGUCAGUGAGUGGCUAUCAGUGAGAGUGUAUGUCUGUCAGUGUGUGUCAGUCAGUGUGUUUGUCUGCCAGUGGAUGCCAGUGUAUGUCUGUCUGUGAGUGUGUGUACAUUUCUGUCACUGAAAAUGUGAAACAGUUGGUGUGACAAUGACUGUGUGUCUGUCAGUGAGUGUGUGUGUCAGUGAGUGUAUGUCAGUGUAUGUGUAUCAGUGAGAAUGUAAAUGUUAUGAUUCUUGCACCAGGGCCCUGUGAUUCUUAGUUACACCACUUCUGUUCAUCAGAUAUGCUUAUCAUAUUUCCCACCAUAUGCUUUUCAUCCAGCAUGGUAGCUCCAUAAUAAUGAAUUCCAAAUAAGACUAGGACUAUUUUCUUAAUUAUUUAACCAUUUUACCAUUCGCAUGAAAACUUGACUGGAUUAUCUGCUGUGUUAGCUGAUUAUGAGGGAUCAUUGUGACUCAUGUUCAUCUUAAUUUUAGGUAGCCAGGUCACCUGGUCCUUCACAGGUACAAGGAGGUUCUGGGAACCACAAACAUUUUUUGAUGUUCUAUCUGCUGCUCACACAGCAGACUAUUAUUCUGUCUAUCGCCCUAGUAUGUCCAGUCUCUGAAUUGUUUUUUAUUGUUGUCACUUACACUUUCACAAAACCUUAUAAUGACUCUUGUUUGAUGGUGUUAGGUUUAAUUAUAAAACUCAGGUUAGCAGUUGUAAAUACAUAUAGAAUUUUCAUCUCACUUUUAAAUAGUUUUGUUGCUAUCUGCCAGUUUUGAGUUUUGCUUUACAUUUUGCAAUUAAUUUGUGACAUUUAUAGCAACUGACGUACACAUUCAGUGAUCCUAUGUGCAAGUUAAAGUAAAUGGAUAAUGUCACUGCCACCUGGUCACUCACUCAGAACUCUUCUGUCUCUAACUUGCCAUGCAGGUAUAUCUAAGCUCAAAAAGAGGUGUUUGCAUGUUUCGACGACUUGGAAGAGACGGAUAUCCUUUUGAUUUAAGUUUCAUAACUCGUUUCCAAAACUGGAUCCAACUUAGUGGGCCACCUGCUCUAUCACGAUUCUUAUAUGAAAAAUAUAUGAAUGACCAAUUUGAUCAUGGCUUCUAUGACAUUAAGCCAGAAUGGUAAGUUGAUUACAGCGUGUAUGGGGUAUUCUUAAAAAUAUGCUAUUCCUGGUAUUUGCAAUUUGGGGUUUAUUUAAUUUAGGCAGGGGUCAUUUAGACACAAAGACAUUUAGAACUACUGUCACUAGAAUAAUUGGAACAACAAUCUCUUUAAUACAUCCUCACCAUAUUAGCAGAGGGUUUAGAAUUGAUGUUAAAGAGUUUUUUGUAUGUGACUACCCCUCCUACAUUGCCACUCUAUCCUCAACCUUUGAAAACCAUACUUAUCUUUAUGCAAAGAAUAUAAAGCAGUCUUUUAUUGCACAUAUUUUUCUUAACACGUGUUAUGGACUUGCUUAAGUAAGUCGGAGACAUAAAUACAAAAUUCAACUUGUAUAUAUAUAUAUAUAGAAAUAGACAUUUGUAUAACUAAUAAUAUUGCAAGUGUUAAUAUACAGAUAAUAAUUAAAUGUUCAGCUUAUAUGCUGACACCCCCACCCCCAUCCCCCUUUGUAUAUGGUUAUGUUUAUGAUUGAUAAAAAUAGUGGAGCUCUGAAUUUAGCUUUAAAGGGACAUGUAUCACUUGAUAUUUUUUAUAGAUAUGCAAACACAUCCUUUUACACAAAUAUAGAAACUAAAAUAAAGCAAGACAAGUUUGAAAACUAUGUAACAAACUUUUAUAUACUCACCAUAAACAUUGUGAAUUUGCUUUCUCUGGCACACCUCUGAGCCUCUUACCCUCCCCUCAUCCAUCCAAUAAUUCACCUAUCUCAGUUUUCAGACUUCCAGCUGUUUGCAAUGAACAAAGCAAACCAAAACAAUUAAAAUAGCUCAACACAACUGAAAAUGCAGCAUAUAAUGACUUAUCCAGUCUCAAAAUGAUUCAACUCCCUGAACAGAUUACUUCAAACAGCCCAAAUAUGCAAAACAAGUGUCUCAAGCACACUUGAUGUAACUAACCAAUAGCUUCAUUAGUUGCACCAGGUGUGCCUGACCUGAGACACUUGUAAUGCCUGAACUGGUUAAGGGUUUAAUGAGUGUCAUAUGUGAUGGUAUGUUCGGAAUAUGGCUAAGUCAAAAAAAUGGUCCACAAAGUUAAGAGAAGAGAUCAUUGCCCUUCACAAACAAGGAAAAGAUAGCGACGGCACUGACGGCAAGUUCAAAGUUGAAGGAACAGUAGUUAACUAUCUGGACGGGGCAGAAAAAGGAAGCAAUGGCUUCAAUAGCUGCAACCAUGUUUCUAUGUAACCAGAUUUCUGAGAAUGCUGGUUGUGAAAAAUCAUCGAGUGACUACAAAAAACCUGCAGUAAGACUUGGGGGCAACAGGCACUGAGGUUUCAUUGAGCACAGUAAAGCAUAUGCUAAAUGCAGAAGGUUUCCAUGCCAGAACUCCAAUACAUACACCACUACUGACCCAAAAGUACAAGAAAAGUCAUCUCUAAAUCACCCAAAAUCAUACGAAUAAGCCACAGAUGUGUUGGGAUUCUGUUCUGUGGAACGAUGAAACAAAACUGAAACUUUUUGGGCGAAUAGAUCAGCGGUAUGUCUGGAGGAAGAGGAAUGACCCAUAUGCUGAAAACAACACUCUGUCUACAGUUAUUAAUGGUGGUAGCUUGGUGAUGGUCUGGCACUACUUUUCAUCCUCUGGCAUUGGAAACCUGAAGCGUGUGGAAGGCAAGAUUAAUUAAUUAAUUGAAAUAGCAGGAAAUCCUAGGAGAAAACAUCAUGCCGUCUAUGAGGAAGCUGAAGCUUGGGCGUUAUUAGACCCCCUAAAAGACAAUGAUCCCAAGCACAUCUCAAUUCCACCAAUGCUUGGUUGCAGAAGAAGUCCUGUAAAAGUCUACAGUGACCAUCACAGUCACCUGACUUGAACCCCAUAGAAAAUCUCUGGUGGGAUUUGAAGAAGGCAGUUGCAGCACAUAAAACCCAAGAAUAUUACUGAACUGGAGUCCAUUGCUCGUUAGCAAUGGGGUAAGAUUCCUCAGGAAAGCUGCCAGAAGCUGGUGUCUGACUAUGCAACUCAUGUGCAGCAGGUCAUAACAUCAAAAGGGUGCCUUUAAAGUACUAAAGAUGCUUGCCAUGAAUGGGUUCAAUAAUAAUUGUAAUUAUAAGUUGCAUUUUUAGUUGAAUUUGGGGUAACAACCUGAUGCAUUCAUUGUGUGGAGCUAUUUUAAUUGCUUUUGUCUGAUGUGUUCAUUGCAAACAGCUGAAUGUCUUAAAAUGUUGACAAUAAACGUGAAUUUUUUUAUUAGGGGUUGCAUACAUUUGAUUACAACUGUGUGUGUGUGUGUGUAAAUAUAUAUAUAUAUAUAUAUAUAUAUACAUAUAUAUAUAUAUAUUUGUAUAUAUAUGUGUAUAUAUAUGUAUAAAUAUAUAUAUAUAUAUAUAUAUAUAUAUAUAUAUAUAUAUAUAUAUAUAUAUAUAUAUAUAUAUAUAUAUAUAUAUAUAUAUAUGUAUAAAUACAUAUAUACAUAGAAAGGCAUGGCCUGAAGUUGUUGGAGGGGCUUAUUGACCUUAAAAGUGACUCCCCCCUUCCCUACCCCACCAUGAUUUGUCUGACGAGCUGCAGGCUGAUGAGACUGUCUGGUUCAGUACAGAACCAUCUACUUUCAGUUCAAAGGUCAUCAACACAAACUGCCUAAACUCCAAACAAGCUGGUCUUGACCUAGUGUGGCUCAUGCAAGUAUUUGGUUUACCUCAUUCUAGUAAACAGCUUCUUACUAUUUAGUAGACAUUCCCCUACUCGCGGUAUAGCGAGUAGGGGCAUAAUUUACUAAUACUAAGUAAUCUUUACUUAAUAUUAGUACAUUUGGCUGAAAUACCAAUGUAGGUCUUUCAGUCUUUUAGAAGAUAGCUCCCUAAUACCAUGGAAUUUAGGGAGUUAUCUACUUAUUCAUUCCUGUCACUACAUUGACUGGCCAAGUAACUUACAUUUUAUAUGAAUGUGUGUUACUUAAUUGUUGUAAGUGUUGCAAAUGCUUACAGCUGAAUCCUGGCUACGUUUGUAUACUUUUUAUUUAAAAUUACAUUCAGUGUAACAUUCUUCUUCUUCCACUAGGUAAGUAUAUUAGUACUUAGGCAAUACUGUGCUUCUGAACUUCGGCAAUUCGACACUUCGGAACUUCGGCAACUUCGGAACUUUGUCAUUUCAGCACUUCGGAACUUCGGCACUUCGACACUUCAGAAAUGUGGUAAUUUCGGAACAUCUGGACCUCGGUAAUUCGGCACUACGGCAAUUCGGCACUUAAGCUAUUCGGACAUUCUGAAGUAACCGAAUGUCCGAAUUGCCCGAAAUUCAUCCGAAUUCACAUUCGGCCCGAAACGAAUUGCACAUGUCUACCAGUUUCCUUUCAUUCUAUCCAAUCCGACUAUACUUAAGGGUAUCCAAAAAUAUGUCUUAUUUGCUAGAUUCAGCCCCUUUCAAAGCCCUCACCAACUCUGAAACUGCUAUUUACCUGGCCUUUUACGGCUUCCUGAGGCCACGAGAAUUUACCAUGAGUGGCCAACACAACACACAAGGUUGCUUUCGAAGCUCCUACCUAAUUAAACAUCAAGAUCAUUACAUACUGACUCUACCCGUGACCAAAACGAGUCAACUUGGUCAACCCACCCACAUUCCAUAGUAUCCCACAAAUAAUAUAUGGUGCCGGUGAAGGUUUUUGAUUCCUAAUAUCACAUCUCUUCCGCUACUGUCACUUCACGGGACUAUCCUCACUACCUCAAUGUACGUUUAUUGUUAACAAGGCUCGGUAUGAACCCUAGCCUUUAUUCAGGACACUUGUUUAGGAUAGGGGCCGCAUCUAGGGCAUCAAGCCAGCACGUUCCAGUCAUUAAAACUCUAGGUCGCUGGAAGUCAUCAUCAUAUACAACAUACAUACCCCAACCAGUACACGAAAUACAAAGGACAUUCGUUAAAAUGUACUUAGGUUGCAUUAUGUUCUUUACUGAAUACAUGUAUAUUGAGCAUGAUAUGUAUUCUUUUUUGCCCACUUUAUUUACUGGCCUACAGCAUACGUUGGUUUCGGCACACCUCAACUGACUUUUUCCUAUCACAGGUUUGCUAACAACAAUCUUAGUUCAUAUCAUAAUGUGUUGCCCCGAACACAAAUUGGAAGGCUUGACCUGAAGUUGUGGGAGGGGCUUAUGGACCUUAAAAAUGUAAUCCCCCCUUCCCUACCCUACCGUGAUUGUUUUGACUAGCUACCACCCCACCCUCCACUCCACUUAUACACCAUACACUUCUAGUGUAGGCCCACUUUAUUUACUGGCCUACAGCAUAUGUUGGUUUCGGCACACCUUGACCGAUUUUUUCCUAUCACAGGUUUGCUAACAACAAUUUCAUAUCAUAAUCAAUGUUGUCCCGAACACAAAUAUAUAUUAAAUUAAUAAGGAUUCCUGUUUGUCGCACAAUGGACCUUUUCCGGUACUCACUUUACCAGCAGGUACUAGACUCCUGGGCCCACUCUGUUAGCCUGAUUUUGCUACAUGGUUACUGGCUGAUAGGGAAUAAGGUGGCCCCUUAGGUACAUGCUUCAGGCUAUCUCCGCCUUAGGCUCAGUGGUCCCGCAAGGCCUUCAUCCAUCCUCCACGCAAGAGGUUAUACGCCCCACGGGCCACUUCACAUCUAGCUGCCUCGCUUAUUACAUAGAGAGGACCUCACUUUUCAUGCCCUUACUAUCUUAUGCUUUAUGGGCACAGAGAGGCCGACACCCCGCAACGACGUUAGGUGGCAAACCUUCCACUCGAGCCAAAACUUAGGUAGAGCCUCUCAAGCCGAUUGGCAUAUAGUAAGGGCUCAUUUGUCACCAAUUAGUGAAUCGUUUCACCACUUGGCACUAGCUAGCAUGCCAGUAAUGUCCCUGGGUCUAAGCUGUAUUAUUGCAGUUUUUUAGCAUGUCUCAGGUUCCUGAUGAAGGUGAUGAUAUUUCAGUCCCCAGCACUCCGGCCAGGUCCACUACCUCUACACGCAAGGGUGAUACGGGUAGCCCAACCUUCAUCAGGUCAUGGACUGCAUUAAGACUGAGCUACGCAAGCGCAGCAUUCCUUUCCCAACUACGGACAGGAAAGCAGCGCUAUCCAGGCUCAUGCAGACCAAAAUGGACGAUACGGACGCAGGGGAGGGCACAAGUAGCUCUAACGACUCCAACCUCCACACAAUGAUCACCUCACUGGUGUCCUCCAUAGGACAAAUCAGCGAUCGGUUAGAGAGACUGGAAGCUCCUAGUUGACCUAUUAUGGCUACAGAGCCCCUCACAGACAUACUUUCAAACAUGCCCCAGUUACAACCGGGCAAUAGUGUGCUCUCUAUGUCCAGAUCACACGUUAUAAAUGCAGCACACAUGAUACCGGUAAAUCUUAAAAAGGACAUCCUGGAAGGCAAGGACAUUAAUCUCAUCUCCCUUCUGAUUGCCUCCCAGGAUAUCGUAGAGAAUCGCACUUACGCAUAUGGGGACACCUCGGUAGUUCUUAAAUCAAGAGACCCUAGACUCAGCAAGAAGCUGUCCAUCCCAGAUUUUGUUAUCACUUUUGGUAUCUAUAGGGAUGUUUUGUGUUCAGUUCACCCACAUAGAAGGGAAGAGCUGGAUAUCUAUAUGCACAAGCUGGUUGACCUGGGCAACAAUUACGGGGUCACGUCCUUUUAUGACUACCACCGGCCAUUCUCAGCAAGGGCAUCUGCAGCUCUGGCCCAGUACAACGUCAGCACGGUUAUGAGCCAACUAAAUACAGAGCGUUUUUGCAGACACUUCGCUGGGCUAAGGAUCCAAGCUUGUGCAACUUGCUCUUCUGCUGCACAUUCGGACAAUUUCUGUCCAGUUUCGCCUGACGUCACCCCCAGUAUGGCAACCCCAAACACCUUGAGGGUUGAUAAACAAGGAAAAGAUAAACUAGGCAGCCCAAUCAUAUACCUUGGGAAUUCACAGAUUUGUAAUAAUUUUAAUGAAGGAUCAUGUGGUUUGAGCGCCUGUCGUCUGUUGCAUGUAUGCUUUCACUGUUUCAGGGCACAUGCGAAGACCAUGUGCCCUAAUAAAAGGCAUUAUAAACCUUACUUGACAUCGGUCAAUGUUGGUAUGCUAGCUAGACUACUGUCCACACACCCUUCCAAACACCUUGUGGAUUUCUUGAUAACUGGUUUUACUCAGUGUUUCCACAUGGGCCUUAUCCACAUGCCAACAGGGAUAUUGGAAUGUAACAAUCUUCAGCCAGCCAUUGCCAAUACCAAGGCAGUAGAGGUGCUAUAUUACAGUUAGAGGUUGAGCAAGGGUCCUUACUAGGGCCUUUCAUGGAGCCUCCUUUUUUUCAGCUGGAACUAAUUCCAUUGGCCUUGUCUCUGGGAAAACUCAGGCAAACAAAGACUCAGAUCUCUCAGCACCACACUCCUCAGGGGUCCCAAGUCUAAACUCACUGAUCCUGUCAGAAGAAUUCUCUCUACAGUACACAACAAUUGACAACGCCGUAAACAGUGGUGUAUUUAGUAUUUGUGCUAAAUACAGGACGGUGCUCGGGCACCCCCCCUCCAAUUAAAAUUUUCCCCACCCCUUCCUGUCAAGGCCGCACUUUGACUGACAGACGUACGCACUCACUGACAGACGCCCCAAACUCACUGAUAGAUGCAUAAACUCAUUGACAGACAAACACUCUCAUAUAGACUGACAAACAAUGACAAACACACUCACUGAUUUGAGAUACUGAUAGACAGACAUACACUUACUCGGACACACACUCACUGACAGACGUACGCACUCACUGACAGACGCCCCAACUCACUGAUAGAUGCAUACACUCAUUGACAGACACACACUCUCAUAUACACUGACAAACAAUGACAUACACGCACUCACUGAUUUGACACACUGAUAGACAGACAUACACUUACUCGGACACACACUCACUGACAGACGCACGCACUCACUGACUGACACACACACACAGACUGAGCAACACACAAAUUCACUGACAGACACACACACACAUUCACUGACAGACACACACUCACUGACACACUCACUCACAUUCACUGACACACACUCUCACUGACAGAUACACACUAACUCAAAUUCACUGACACACACACUCACAUUUAGACACACACUCACAUUCACUGACAUACUCACAUUCACUGACACACACUCACUCACAUUCAGACACACACUCACACACACACUCACAUUCACUGACACACACUCACAUACACACACACACACUCACAGAUAGACACACUCACAUUCAUUGACACACAUUCACAUUCACUGGCACACACACUCACAUUCACUGACACACACACUCACAUUCACUUACACACACUCACUCACUCAUAUUCACUCACACACACUCACAUUCAGACACACACUCACAUUCACGGACACACACACAAUUGAAAUCCACCCAACCUUACUACUUUUGGGAUUUCUGGGUGGAUUUCUCACCUGGGGUCCAGUGGGUCUGCUGGGCAGGGAGGUGGACGAAUGUGCAAUCAGGCUGACGGGCGCUCUAGGUUUUCAGCGAGCAAGCACUUUCCCUUUAGCUCUCUGCUCAGCUCCCUCGCGUGCCACAGAGUGAUGCCGGGAGCCGGAAUAUGACAUCAUAUUCUCGCUCCCGGCAUCAUUGCGGGUUGCGCGAGGAAGCUGAGCAGAGAGCUCAGGGGAAAGUGCUCCCUCACCACCCACCCUGGAAACCACUGCGCACCUGCCCACGGGGAGCCCAAAGCUCUUGGGAUCCCAUAAAUCGAGGCAAACCAGGUAUUUGCCUGGGCAUUUGGGGGCAACGUUCCUCACAGCAAAUAUGUCCUUGGCCAUAAACACUAUCUUGACUGUGGGCAUGGGGGCCUGGUUCAGCAAAACCGACAUCGUUAAUGCCUUCAAGUUAUUGCCCAUUCACCUGUCAUUAUGGCACCUGCACGGCAUUAAAUGGAAUGGCCGGUAUUAUUUUUUCACUAGGCUUACCCUCGGGUCGAAGAGUAGUCCUAGAAUUUUUGAUACUUUCGUGGAGAUAUUGUGUUGGCUCCUCCUGAAUAUGUGCCGGUGCCAUACCGUCAUCCACUGUCUAGACAAUUUUUUUAUUCAUCGAAAGCAAUUCUUCCCCCUCGAGCAGCUUGGAUAAAGCAGUCACGUUAUUCAACACACUGGGCGGUACCAGUCUCACCAAAGAAAACCGAGGGUCCUUAAUUUCUUAGGGUUACACCUGGAUUCGAUGACCAUGUAAGCUAGCCUUUCACAGGAGAAGUCACUAGCAUCCGCCACGAUAUCCACCAUUACAUGCUUACCGGUUCCUGUAACCGGAAAGAAUUGCAGUCAUUGUUAGGCUCCCUGAACUUCGCUAUGAGAGUCAUCCCUCAGCUUUCAUCUCCAGGCUCCUCAGCCUACUCCCCACAUUCCCUGAUGACCGAGGCUGUUUCUUCCUUAACGCCCAAGGCAGACCUCCUCAUGUGGUACAUUUCUCUCUAACUGGAACGGGAGAAGCAUGUUUCUCCUGCAGGUUUCCAUACACUCCCCGGUCAUUCGGAUGGAUGCAGCAGCUACCACGGGCUUUGCAGCCAUAUUUGGUGACAAAUGGCUCUUUUGAGGUAUACGCUAUUGUGGCGGCAGCAGUGGCUUGGGGCCAUUUAUGGUCAGGCAAAAUAGUUCAGUGCUAUUCAGAGAAUCUGGCAAGUUGCCACAUUAUUAACAAAGACUGCUCGUCUUCAUUGAUGAUUAUGAGGGUCAUUGGGAAACUGACGUGGCUAGCAGCCUGCAAUCAGUUUUAAUUGGUAUGCUCCCAUGUCCCAGGAGUUUUAAACACUGCAGCUGAUCACUUGUUUUCUUUUUCUUUAAUUGCAUGUAACCUACACUACAACUACUGUUUGACGGAUAUGCUAGUGGGGAGUUGAAAUACCACUGUAAGCUGUUUUACCGAGAGCUAGUUAUAGCUCUGAAAAAAGUGAGUUGGGGGCGUGGCCGGACGCAGAGCUGAAUGGACGUGCACUAAUCCAGCUCCCUGAGCCCUGGGAUACAAUCCGCAGCAAUCAGAGGUCAGAAGACAAAAUGGGAAACCCUAAAAAGCAGAACGCAUCACAAGGAGCCACCAACACUAGUGGCGAAAUCGGGACCACUCACCUAUUAUUUUCGAGAUUCAGCAGACCGCGAGGACGAAACCGCAGGCCUCAAAAUGGCGGCGGACUCUGCGCCAACAAGCCCAGCAACAUCCGAGGGCUCAUGCAGCACACAUGCACCAUUACAAUACCAGAAGAUAAGAGACUUACUGAGGAAUCUUCCCUCCAAAGCAGACCUAGCCAACAUGAUUGGAAAAUUGGAGGCUUCCUUCCAGGCUAAAAUAGAUGCAGUGAGGGCAGAUAUACAACAAGUAAGUCUUAAAGUCACAGACCUUGAAGAGGAAAGGGACGUGACACAAUCCCAAAUUACAAAUAAUUCUUCCACACUAGAGGCUCACUCACACAUACUAUCUGCCUUUCAAAGACAGCUAGAUGAUUUAGACAAUAGGAGCCGCAGAAAUAACUUAAGGAUUAGGGGACUCCCAGAAUUACAAGGGGAGGAUAGUGUGGAAGAAUUAUUUGUGAUUUGGGAUUGUGUCACGUCCCUUUCCUCUUCAAGGUCUGUGACUUUAAGACUUACUUGCUGUAUAUCUGCCCUCACUGCAUCUAUUUUAGCCUGGAAGGAAGCCUCCAAUUUUCCAAUCAUGUUGGCUAGGUCUGCUUUGGAGGGAAGAUUCCUCAGUAAGUCUCUUAUCUCCUGGUAUUGUAAUGGUGCAUGUGUGCUGCAUGAGCCCUCGGAUGUUGCUGGGCUUGUUGGCGCAGAGUCCGCCGCCAUUUUGAGGCCUGCGGUUUCGUCCUUGCGGUCUGCUGAAUCUCGAAAAUAACAGGUGAGUGGUCCCGAUUUCGCCACUAGUGUUGGUGGCUCCUUGUGAUGCGUUCUGCUUUUUAGGGUUUCCCAUUUUGUCUUCUGACCUCUGAUUGCUGCGGAUUGUAUCCCAGGGCUCAGGGAGCUGGAUUAGUGCACGUCCAUUCAGCUCUGCGUCCGGCCACGCCCCCAACUCACUUUUUUCAGAGCUAUAACUAGCUCUCGGUAAAACAGCUUACAGUGGUAUUUCAACUCCCCACUAGCAUAUCCCUCAAACAGUAGUUGGCCACCCUGACGGAACUAUUCAAUCUUAUUAUAGGGGACCCAACUGAUACCCCUAUAAUUAUGGACAGAGCACACAGAUCAUUACGCCAAAGAGGGGCAGUUUCUGAAGCACCCCGCGAUGUCAUUUGUAAGCUCCACUACUUUACAGUGAAGGAGAACAUAAUCAGGGCACUCAGGGACACCUCCCAGCCUCUGCUUUUCCACGAACACCAUAUACAGAUAUUUCCGGACCUAUCCUGGUUCACACUUCAAGUGAGGCGAGCUCUCAAACCCAUUACAGAACACCUGCGCAACCGAAACAUAUGUUAUACAUGGGGCUACCCCUUUGCACUAAUAGUCAAUAACAAGGGGACUACAUACUCCAUAGCAACACACCAAGACGUCAGAUCUUUCCUACAGGCAUCAAAAGGACAUUUUUAUCUUUUACUUGGUACCUUUUUGCUUACUUACCACAAUACUGUAUUUAUUUUGGCGCUACCUGUAUCCUAUGUUCUGUUUUUUUUGCAGUAUUCACUAUCUUUUCAGAGAAAAUGCAGUGUUUACAUUACAGCCUAGUGAUAACUUCACUGGCCACACCUCAGAUGACUGUUAGAGAUCCUUCCUGGGUCAUGGCUGCCUAAAAUGCAUCCAAACAUUCAGUGUCUCCUCCCUCUACAUGCAGACACUGACCUUCUCUAUAGAUUCAAUUUAUUUCUAUGAGGAGAUGCUGAUUGGCCAAGGCUGUGUUUGAAUUGUACUGGCUCUGCCCCUGAUCUCUGCCUCUUUGUCAGUCUCAGCCAAUCCAACGGGGAAGCAUUGUGAUGGGAUCAGGCUACCACUUCUAAUGAUGUCAGCAGGCAGUGGGCAGAUCUAAAGGAAACAGGCACAAAAGAAGCAGCUGCAGACGUAAAUACAAAUAAGAUUUUACUAUAUUUAGGGAGGCAUGAGGGGACCAGGGUGGCUAGAUGGUGGUUUUAACCCUAUAGGGUCAGGAAUACAUGUUUGUGUUCCUGACCCUAUGGUGCUCUUUUAAAUUCAUUAUACUUUAGUUGGUAAGUGUAGCUGUAAGGCGGCAAAGAUGUACAUAUAUUGUGUAGCGAUACCUCAAAAUUUAGCAUUGCCUCAUUGCUAUUUAAAAUAAGCAAACAGAAUAUAGCAGGCUAUGCUGACCUGUCACAACAGACAUAUAAAUGGAGUGUAAGAAGAAUAGUAGUGAGGAGUAGUGUUGCAUAACAGGGUAAAUUUGCCGUAGUCAGUACCUUGUCCUUACUGAGAGUAUCACUAGACUGCAAUGCUGCACAUCAGGCUCAAUUUUCGUUGGGUAGCACCACAUAGCAUACUGAGAUUGCAACGAAAUAGUAAUGUUGCCUGUUAGGCUAGAGAUGCAUGUAGGAGUACUUUAAACUUUGCUGAGACAUUUAUAAUAGGGUGCAGCACAACAGGCUAGAUAUAUGAGUUAAUGCUAAACAUAAUGCUGUGGUUGCCAUUUAGUGACAAUGCUGCGUAACAGGUAAGAUUUGCAUGAAUCUAUGCUAAAAAAAUGCACUGGGCUAAUAAACCAUUGUACAGAGUAUUACAGAUUAAACAUGCUAAACUAAUAGUCCCAGAAUGACUGGCAAUCUAAUGUCUAGCUAAGCAUGCGUUGAGGAACUGAGUAUUGCACAACAUGUUGGAGUCGUAUGAGAGGAAGACCAGUGGUUCCUGUAGACUUGUGGAGGCUGUGUACCAUAGGAAUGGCUGACAGUAGCGUGCCCCAGAAAGCUAGUCCAGUUUUAGCCUAUGCCCAUGCAUGGGAUGUUCAUAAUGGAAGUAGGGAGAUCGGCAAAGGUUGCUGCACAAUGGGAGCAGACUGGGCCAACCCUCCGGCCCCAGGCCGACAUGAGGGCCAACAUCUUCGAGCUACGGACUUGGAGGCUCAAGGUCAAAAAUAUAAAAAAAAACAAAAAACAAUAUAACACCACAGUAUAAAUAAAUAUAAUAGAAUAAGUGUGUUUAAGUAUAAAUAGCAAUAGUUAGCUUGAAAUGAAAUAUAGCACAGCCUCCCAAGGUCGUUGCCCAAAAUACGACCUUAACAAUAUGUAGAGAAACCAAAAAAAACUAUUUUGGAUACGGCUAAAUGAAUCUAGAAAGGAACAUAAAAUAAACUAUAGUGUAAUACUGUAAACAACAGAAAUUAUGCGCCAAAUAUGAAUGCACUCACUAGAUGGAGGUGAAUAAAUCACUUAAAGGAUGCCUCCCCCGAUAUAAUGGGGGGCCAAGAAUCCCACUUUCCACUUCCAAAUGGUCGAUCUUGUAAAGGACUUUAGUAGAUGAGGGUUUAAAAAAAAACGAGCAAAUUUAUUGGUUAAAAUGUGAGCAGUCACCAUAAGCAUAGGAUAAAAACCAGCAGUGGGUCCUACGCGUUUCGUUCCAGAGAAUUUAUUCAGGGACCGCAAUAAUAUUAAAACCAAAUAACAAUAUAAAUAACAUGUAAGCAAAAAACAUAUCCUAAUAAACCCCCCCUGAAACUACCUUUAAAUAGGGCUAACCCCUAAGUUCAUUGGUGGAUCUGUGGGUGUUGUUAUCCUUUCUUUGAUUCCAUUGGUGUAGUCGUGAAUUCUCUCCAGGUGUUCCCCGUCUUCAGAUCAGUGUGGUAAUCAAAAUUGGCGCUUUCAUGGAUAGCCGGAACCGGAAGUACGAAACCGAAACCGAAAGUGUUGUAACCACAGGUUUCCGCAUUCCAAAUGUGUCUCAGAUGCGUUACACAUGCGUGUCACCUCGUAAUAAAGGCAACGGGACCUCUUAGCUUCUUUCAAACGUUCCACAAAACUAUUUUUAUUUUGAAUGACACAGUUGUUUCAAAGUGAUGCAUGUCCCUUUAGGCAUUUUUAUUGUUUUAUCAAUACAAUACACAUCACUUGUAAUGACUAUAAAAUAUUUUCCUAUUUGUUUGUAGCAUUGAGAUGAAAGAACCCUUGGUUAAUGAAGAGCUUCCAAGCCGCAUUCUUGCAGGUUUAGUAAUCAUGAAACCAGGGAUAACAAAGUUUACCGAGACAUCAGCUCAGUUUGUAGAUGGCACUACAGUAGAUAAUCUUGAUGUUGUCAUUUUUGCCACUGGAUAUGAAGUCAGAUUCCCUUUUCUGGAUGAAUCAGUCAUUCAAGCAGAUUUCAAUGAGGGAUUUUUAUACAAAAAUAUUUUUCCUGUUAACCUGCAGAAGCCUACAUUAUUUUUCAUUGGCUUUAUUCAACCCGUCGGUUCCAUUGCAGCAACUGUUGAAAUUCAAAAUCGGUGGGCUAUGAGACUUUUCAAAGGUAAGGACUGUGUUCAAAAAGAAAAUAUUUAUCAGUAAUUUACAAUACAGAUUUGCAGUUGUUUUAGAAAAAAGAGUAGAAAACUUUGAUUUUGUUUUAUGGAAAAAACAUAACUAUGUAACUUUUGAGGUCUAUUUCUGUUACAUGUUCAAUUAAAAGACAUAUGCACUGCACUUAUAGAAAGAAUGUCUUAAUUUUUUAUAUGAUGUGUCUGGAUUUACAUUUAUUUUAUUUGUGUUUGAUAUGGUUUAAAAAUCUGUGCUAUGUGCUCUAGAGUUUCCAUGCAAUGCCAUAUAGAUAACAUGCAUUUUUGCUAAUUAGCGGCCAAAGACUUCCAGAAAAUAAUGGGAGCGGUUAUCUUUUACUUAUUUUUCAGUAGUGGCUGCAGGUAAUUUCUUGGUAAUUCGCUAAACAAUAUUGAUGACAUCUGAGUCCCAAUACUGUAUUUAUGAAAGAGUAUGGUAUGGUUUUGUUGUAAUAAUCACAUGAACUAAUGCCUUUAUUUGAUGUGACACAUUUGGUUUACAAGUACAACAUUGUCUCCAUACUCAGUGGCGUAGCGUGGGUUGUCAGCACCCGGGGCAAGGCAAGUAAUUUGCGCCCCCUAACCCGUGGAUUUUUUUUUUAUCUAUACACAUUGCAUUUUACUGUCCCCCAACCCCUCCCCCUAAAAAAAAUCUCCUUAUUACAAUACAUGAACAUAUUGAUUUACUGCCCCCACCCUCUCCCCCUAAAAAUACAUUCCAUCAUUACAACUUAUUUUGCAUAUUUUUUUAUAUAUAUAUAUAUAUGUACACAUUGCAUUUAUUUUACUGCGCCCCACCCAAAAAAACUCCCUCAUUACAAUCUUUUUUUAAUUAUUUUGCAGAUUUUUUUUUUUAUCUAUACAGAUUGCAUUUACUGCACCCCAACUCCACCCCCUCCCCCUAAAAAAAAAUCUCCUUAUUACAAUACAUGAACAUAUUGAUUUACUACCCCCUCCCCCUAAAAAUACAUUUCCACCAUUACAACUUAUUUUGCAGAUUUUUUGUUAUAUACACAAUUAACACAUUGCAUUUACUGCCCACUCCUCCUAAAACUAUAAUUUACUUUACAUUCAAUAUAAAAAAAAAAUAAAAAAAAAAUACUUACACUUCUCUGAACACUUUCUCUGAAGAUACCAGCAGCUGCUCUCUCAGGAUGCUCGGCUAGGAGAAAGGGUGUGAGGGUGUACCUGGCGUCCUUCAGGUGGAGGCUAUGCGCAUGCGCUGUUACCGGCCGUGACUCAUUUCAUGACGUCACGGUACGCGCUUGCGCAUGGGAGGUCAGAAGGAGGAGCCACCGACCGAGCCAGUCCGUCCUACACUAUGGGGCAAUGCCGGCCGCAUAGUGAAGGAUCGGAAUUCUGUAGCCACGGCCGGCGGGGCUCAAGAGAGGCAGCUGCUUUGGUGGCCCCUUAGGAAGAACUGGGCCGGGGCAGCUGCCUUUAGCCGUGCGUUAAAGACGGCCCAGCAGCCGUUUUUAACAUGCUUUAGGGCAUGCUUUAGGGCAGCCUGCCCCCGGUAAGCCCGCCCCGCCUGGCAAACCCCCCCCUCCACAGUGGGCGGCGACCCGGCCCCCCCUGCACCCCCACACUACGCCUCUGGCCAUACUGCCUAUGUGUCGACCUGUGUGUUUCUCGUUCCACUGAACUGUCCAAUGUCUUGGAUGCACUGGUUCAAUGCUCCAGCCCCCAACAUAAUCUAAGCUUUAUGAUGCUGACUUUAGCCUUUUUAUAUGUUCCUAACAGUGAGCGUUAAGUAGACCUUUCAUGUUCAGACUUUGUAAUCCCUCGUAUGUACAGUGUCUUCUGGAACUGAAAAAAUGGUGCUAUUUUGUUUUAUUUAGCGUGUUUCGAGUGAUUUGAUUUGUCCUACAUUUUUAACUUUGGACAACUUUCUUUUGGAUUUUAUCUUUGCACAGGUAUGUUUUGUGUACAAGCACCUUUUCUUUCAGUGGCAAGGACUGAAACUUGAUCUAUCUGACCCUUCCUUGCUUACCUUGCCUUCGCCUGCUAUAAUACUUGUGUGUCCUAACAACAAGAACAUCAAAGCCGAUGCAAAUAACAAAACACUACAUUUGUAAAUACAUUUUAUUUUAAUUGAAUUCAUCAUUUGUAUAUUUUCAAGGAUUGCACAGAUUCCCAAGCAACAAAGAAAUGAAGGAGCAGUUGGUUGAGAAUGAAAAACUCAGAAUGAAACGGUAUGAUAAACUGUUAAGUGGCAACUGUUAAUUAGCUUUUAUAAUCAUUAAGAUAUAAUUUUUCUGAUAUUUUUCCAUUGUUUAAAAACCUUUGACUAGCCAUAAAAUGUGGAACCCUGGGGGUAGUGUGCUUUUACUUAGAGUAGCCCUGUGCACUCCUCCAUGCUCCAAUCAUUGCACCUCACUGAAGUCUUACACAAACAAAAAUCUCUGACCAAAAGAAUUUCAAACUAAUACUGUAUGAUGGUGAGCCCAAAAAUGGCAACAUCUGUGUUUUUGACACUACUAAUUUAGAUCAUGCUUUUAUCAUACCCAUUUAAGGUCCUCCCUAUCCUUUAUAUACAGUUGUGUAACACCCACUGAGUUAAGUAAAUUGUGAUGCAGGACUGGAGGUAAAUAAUAGAAAUAGAAUAGUGUACACUGCAUACGUCAUUUAUCUCUUUGAGAUAUAAUGUGUUCAAUGUUUGUGAGGGUGAUUUCAGUUACAGUGAACCUGCUGACAGGUUCACUUUAAAUUAAUAUUAGAUUUUGAAAAGCAAUCCAAUUAGUCCAGUUGCUAUGUGCAUGAGAUCUCCAGAGAACAGAAUUAGGACAUGCCUUGUUUAUGCUUUGUGUAAAUUGUUAAACGUUCUCUUUAUGUAUCACCAAAUAAACCAUAAAUUAUUACUUUCUAAAGGUUUGUUUAGCAUGAUGUUAUAGGAAAAUGACUGUAAGGGAUGAACAUAUUAAUCUAAUUAUGACUAUGUGCAUCUUUUAACUUGACUAAUUAUACUCAUGUUUUACUAUUAAGGUUCGGGACAGCUAAAGGAAAUUGUCGGCGUGUAAAUUACAUUGAGUACAUGGAUGAUUUGGCCUCAAAUAUAAAUGCAAAGCCGAAUAUAAUGAAACUGCUUCUCACAGAUCCAGUUCUAGGUCUAAAAAUCUUUUUUGGCACAACUAACCCUUAUCAGUAUCGUCUAACUGGUCCUGGAAAGUGGGCAGGAGCCAGAGAGGCAAUUUUGACACAAUGGGAUCGCAUUGAGAAGCCCUUGAAGACAAGAGGAAUGAUGAAAACUAUAGGGAGAUCCUUUUUGUCAGUUACAUAUCUCCCUUCAGUUUUGCCAUGGUUCCUCUGUGCUGUCAUUUUGUUUGUUGCUAUUUGGAUAAAAGGCUAAAACUGGGUAACUGGUAUUUAAUUUUUGGAUUUAAGCUAAAGGAAGAUAUGAUAAAUACUGUCUAAUGUUUUUCGGAAUACAUGUAGUAUCUAACUAGUUAUGUAAAUGUAUACUUAAAUUGUAUCACUUUCUAAUUUUUUUCUGCUUCUUAAACCUCACAUUUUUAUCACCUAACUAUACUAACUAUUCGCAACAAUUAAUUAAAAACGUAAAUUAUAAAAAAAAAAGCCGGAAUUUGAGGUUUAAUGUUAGUUGUAUCAAUGCUCCACUUAAUAGCUCGGUCUGUGUAAAAAUAUAUCUGUCACGUAUUCAUCCGCUUAUAAAAAUGUAGUUAAUGACAUUUACUGUCCACACAGGAAAAGUUGUGCUGAGCAGCAACCUAAUUCACAGAAGGGUGAAUGCUGAGCAGCAAUUAUGCAAAUGGAAACCUAGUAACUGAUUUUGGGGUCAAAGGCAGGUUACAGCCUAUCAGAUCUAGAGGAGGGGUAUUUAGGCCCAAUUCUCAUCCUGCUCAGUGCCCUGUCGUGGUUUCCCUGGUGGUUGUCCGAGAGCGCGUUAUUUCUUCUGGUAUUUCUGGUUAUUUGACUUUGGCAUUGUUUUUGACUUCCCUGUUUUCUGGUAUCCCUGACUUCUGGCUUUUCCUUAUCAUUGUGUCACUUUCUGUAUCCCUUGACCUCGGCUAUUCCUGACUAUUCUUUGGUAUGUUAGUCCGGCCAUUCUAAGGUCAGGUACACGUUACCUAUCAGUCCUCUGUGUUACACAAUUCUACGUGCUGGAUCAUACUGUAAUCCUGACAAUAUCCCAUUGGGAGUGAUGACAAACUCAUCAGGUAGAUUAUUGGUAGAGUUGAGCGGACACCUGGAUGUUCGGGUUCGCCAAGUUUGACCGAACUUUGUCAAAAAGGUCGAGUUCGGGCUCGAACUUGACCCGAACUUGACCCCGAACCCAAACCCCAUUGAAGUCAAUGGGCACCCAAACUUUUGGGCACUAAAAUGCCUCUAAAAAAGUCCAGCAAAGGGCUAGAGGGCUUUAAAAGGAAGUAACAUGGGGGUAAGAGUAGGACAAGUGCCCUGCAAACAAAUGUGGAUAGGGAAAUCACUUAAAAUAACAUAAAAUACAUAAAAAUGUAAAAUACAGCUGAGCCAUAAAAUAGCACUAGAUGAAAUCUUUGAUUUUAGCUUUGGAAGAACAUAAAUAAGCAUAAACAUAAAAAAGCAUGGCUGUCAGCAGGGUAGGUAGAGAGAGGGUUGGAGUUCAGGGUAUUCUCGUUCAUUGUUCAAACUGAGCUCAACUCCUGAUGCAUGGAGAAAAGGCCUUCACAAGCCUCUGCUAUUGUGUACAUAGUUUAUACUAAGCGACCCAUUGGUUGAGGAGGAGGUGACCGUGGCAGUGGAGGAGGAUGAGGUAGCCAAUAUUGUUUUUAGGAGGAGAUGGAUGUGGAGUAGGAGGUUGAGGCAGUGGCAGUGUAGGUGGAAGUGUAGGUGGAAGCGGCGGUGGAGGCAGAGGAGGUAUUUUUUUUUGUUUGUUUUUUAAUUGGGGUAGCUCCCAAAAUAUUGGGACACAUUAAAAAAAAGAAACAUUUGCGGCCCGCGGUGCAUUUCUUGCAGUUCAAUAACGCCAUCAGGCUUUUAAAACUUGAGAAAGAGAAGAAUGUAGUGCUUAUGGGGAUCAAUUGUCACUUUUUAGUAGUCUCUGAGGAAUAUAUAGGAGAUCAGCAACCAAGUUCAAACGGGGAGCUGUAGACUCAGCUCUAGUUUGUAUCGCUUUUGGAUCCGUUUAGGCGAUCCUCCCCUUAUCGAAGUUAUGUCACUGCUGGGUCCGUUUGAAUAAUCUUCCCUCUUCUUUGGUUAAUUUUAAGUACUGUGACUCUUAUCCUAGGAAGAGGGUAAAAACACGGACGAUUGUGCAGUACUAUUUGAGAUUCCCUUAUAAGAUAAUAAAGAUUCCCAAAUGGGUACUUACAAGCCUGGAGUCAAGUAAUGUGACUCAAUUUUCAUGUAUUGUGCAGUGUGGGACUGCACUCCCAUCAAGAAAAGGCAGGUGGGUUAGGUGAAUCCAGGAAUCCAAAUAGUAAUAAAAGCUAACUUUAUUAUAAAACAAAAGGGCAUCAAUAUGCCUAAAAUCAAUUAAUAAAACAAAGAGCAUCAAUAUGCUAAAAAUCAGGAAACCAGAACGCGUUUCGGCACUACACUGUGGCUUUUUCAACUGGAUAAAUUAAUACAAUUUUUUGAUUGUAUUAAUUUAACCAGUUGAAAAAGCCACAGUAUUAAUUGAUUUUAAGCACAACCACCCUGGCCCACAAGCUACCAUACAAUGCCUUCAAAGAGUUCAAGGAAGCAGAAGAAGGCAUCGAUUACUUUUUACAAGACUUUGAGCGCCAGUGCCUAUUCCAAGAUGUGGACCCCAGCGACUGGGUCACCAUCCUGGCAAGCAAACUAGUGGGGAAGGCAGCGGAUAUUUACCGGGCUGUACCAGAAGAGCAGAUCAGAGACUAUACCUUUAUUACACAAAUCCUCCUGGCCCGGUAUGCGGUCACCCCCGAGCAAUACCGCCGAAAGUUUAGGGAGACCCGGAAAGGGGAGAAGGACUCCCAUGUGGAGUGGGCCUGCCGCAUCCCAAGGGCCACCUAGAACUGGCUCAACUCCCAUCAAGCCGGAGGAGAUCACCCAGCUCGUCAUGCACUUUUUCAAUGGCCUCCCCAAUGACACGCUGAUGAGAGGCCGCCAGCCCCAGACCCAAGAAGUAUUGGUAUGAGCUGCUGAAGCUAGCUCACAAUAUCCCCUUGCCAGGGCAUUUGGGCAGGAGCCAGACAGUGUCUCGGCUCACCCAAAGUUUCUUCUGGCCAGGCAUCUCUCAGGACCUGAGGCAGUACUGCCAGAUGUCUGCCAGUGAGUUGGGAAGAGAAGGGAUUGGCACAGGGCCCCCCUCCAUUCCCUACCUGUUAGUGAAGAUCUGUUCGGCAGAGUAGCUGUCGACAUUAUAGGUCCCCUAGCCAAGCCUAGUCCCUCUGGGAAGAAGUACAUUCUGACCAUCAUGGACUACACGACUUUGUACCCUGAGCAGUAUUUGGGCAGAGACUGUGGUUGAAGCCUUGAUGCGAGUGUUCUUCCGGAUGGGUUUUCCCCGGGAGAUUCUCUCAGACCAGGGCACCCAGUUUACUGCCCAAAUGACCCACCAACUUUGGAGAUUGUGCACAUUAAACCAAUCAUGAGCUCCCCUUACCACCCCCAGACCAAUGGCCUUUGUGAGCACUUCAACGGUACGUUGAAGCAAAUGCUCUGUACCUUUGUGCCGACUCACAAGGAUUGAGAGAGAUUCCUGCACCAUCUCCUGUUUGCCUAUCGGGAAGUGCCACAGGAAUCGACUGGGUUCUCCUCGUUCGAACUGCCACGCCAGGGAACUUUGGUGUGCUCAGUCCCUUGGUGUGGUGGGCAGUAGCAGACGUUCUGUCUAGGGGACGGCCGCUCUGCUUUUGCACCCUGCUCCCUCUUAUGCUGUGCUGGUGCCUCUGUGCGACCACCGCCUCUUCCUCCAAACUUCACACGUCACUCGCAUGACCUUCAUUCCAUGUGGGGACUAGGACCUCAUCAUCCUCCACAUCAUCUUCCACCCACUCCUCAACCCUGCCCUUCUUGCUGGUCUGCACACUGCAGAAAGCCACAGCAAUUGGCACCUGUGUUUUUCCAGCAUGUAAAGUCUGCAAAGGACAUAUGGAAAUUGUUUUAGAAUUGUAUACAGGCAACAGUUUUCCCUAUAAACUGACCUCUCAGUUUGACUUGUGAAGGUAUUGCCCCAGAAUUACAAUAUUGUUUAAGUACCUCUUAGCUAUUGAUAACUGGUUUAAAUAUAGCAGCUUGUUAUCUGGUAGUUUCUAGUGUAGAAAAUAUCAAUCUGUUUGUGACCGAUGUAGUAAAUUCGAAUCAAAGUUCCAUUUGCAAAAAAAAAAUUCUCGCCCAUCUUCUGUGGGUUAUUGCAUUUAUAAGAUGUAGACUUAUUAUAUCACCCUAGCCAUGCACAGGUAGAUUGUCUGGCACAUUGUUUUGGUGUUUGGUUUUUAACUUUGUAGUUGUGUCUUUACACAAUAUAGAAAUGUAUAUUAAUGCUUCUGUAUAUGAAGCGAUCACAAUAACACUUAUUUUUCACUUUUUUAAAAAAAAAUAUCAGGCUAAGCAAAAAUUGGCAAUUAACAAUAUGACAUCUGAAAAGCUCAUGAAAGGAUGCUGGAUGAUUUUUAAAAAAAGAACACACUACAUGAAGGUCCUGUUCACUAGAGUGUGUAGUCUUGAAUGUAACCAGUAAAACAUAUUUUAAAACUUGUUUAAUCUUGUUACAGCAUGACUUGUAGUCUUGUUUUUAACUUGUCUAUAAUACAUAUUUUUGUAUGGCAUUUAGUGUGUUUUUUCAUUGAUUAUUGCAUUUUAAUGGUCUAAGAUAAUCAACAUGUCAACAGGCAAACAUAACCCCAAUGAUUUGUCUCAGUCUUGCCUUCUAUACUACCUGCACCAUAGGCAACAUUUAUUUGUCUUAAGACUUUCUUGAGAAGCGGUAACUAGCCAAUGUUGCACACAUACACCAGAUAUGAAGUGCAACCCAAUUCAAAAAAUAUUUGAAUAUUUAAAACUGCAUUGUAACCACAGUAUUUGACGGUUUUAUUUGACUCUCAGAUAUGAAGUGCACCGCAGGUUGCAAAUAUACCAUUUAGCACCAGAAAAAUUAAAAAUUUUCAAAGUGUGAUGUAACCACAGUAUUUGACGGUUCUAUUUGAUUCUCAGAUAUGAAGUACACCGCAGGCCGCAAAUGUACUAUUUAUCACCAAAAAAAUUUGAAUUUUUAAAACUGCCAUGUAACCAUAGUAUUUGACGGCUCUAUUUGACUCUUAGAUAUGAAGUACACCGCAGGCCGCAAAUGUACUAUUUAGCACAAAAAAGUGUGAUUUUUUUUUUUUUUUUAUACCAACAAUGUAACAGUAGAAUUUAAGGGUUUUAUUGGACUGCAAGAAAUGCAGUAGGCAAAUGUACUAUUUUGCACCAAAAAAAUUGCAGUAUUUAAAAAUACCUAGAUGUUGCCCACUGAGCUACCAGAACAGGAUUAAAGUAAUGUGCCUGGCACACAUGCAGUUGCAAGUGCACUGCACUCUCUGUGGCACUGGGCUCAGGGCAGGGUACAAAAAUGUAGUAUUAUAGCACCCACAAAAAUACUCGCUGUAGUUUGCAGAUUCAACACCAUAAUUCUGUCCUAAUCCGUCCUUCACAGCUGCAGCAUCCUCUCCCUACACUAAUAAGAGCACAUGUGACGUGACUCCAGCUUAUACAUAGAGGGUGGGUCAGAUGCUGCACUGGCCAAUCACAGCCAUGCCAUUAGUAGGCAUGACUGUGAUGGCUUCUAAGGGCACACGAGUCAACCGCUUGUUGAUUGGCUGCCCUGCAGCCUUUCAAAACGCGCCAUUAAAAUGCCGAACUCCAACCAGAACAUACACUGAUAUAUCCGUGUUCGGGUCCGGGGUCCAAAAACCGUAAUGUUCGGUACGAACCCGAACUUUACAGUUCGGGUUCGCUCAACUCUAAUUAUUGGCUAAAUUCUAAAAGCCAAACCACUGAGAAAAUAAGGAAAAAAUAGAUUUGCCUAGGUGUCCUCUUUGCCUCUAACCUCUCCUUCACCCCUCAUUGUCCAGCCAUGUCCAAUUGAUCACCAAAUCAAGCUGCUUCCAUCUUUAAAACCAUAGCUCUCAUUGAACACCGGAUGCUAAGGCCCUGGUCCAUGCUGUUGUUCUCUCUCGCCUUCCCUGCAAUCCCCUUCUCAGUGGUCCUAGAUGUUCCCAGCUUGCACCACUGCAAUCUAUAAUGAAUGCUGCUGUGAGGCCCAUUUUCCUGUCCACCUGCACCUCCAACGCUUCCCCCCUCUGUCAGUCCCUACAUUGGCUUCCGUUUAGAUGUAGGGCUCAAUUUAAGAUUCUGGUUCUUGCUUCCAAGUCACUACAUAAUACUGCUCCAAUCUACCUAUCCUCCCUAAUACACAAGUAUGUCCGAUCGAGGACCCUGCGCUGUGCCGAAGCAAGGUCUAUCCUCUCUCCGUACUUCUACCUCUGAUGCUCACCUUCAAGACUUCUCCAGGGCUGCACCUUUUCCGUGGAACUCCCUUUCCUUCUCCGUUAGACUUACACCCAGUCUCCACUCCUUCAAAAAAAUCUUUGAAAACUCACUUCUUCGGGAAAGUGUAUCAAUUAACCUAUUAGCAGGUUUUCAUCCUCCAUAACUCCUCUCCUGCAACUGUCAAAAAUUACCCAUUAAGCCCUCAGUAAAUACUUUUCUAGCAAACUACUUUGUUACCACUACUUAUGCCCUAUGUGUCACAAUAUUCCACUCCUAGCAUGUAAGCUCAUUUAGCACUACUUUCAACCCCUUUGUUUCUCUGAGUCCAUUUGUCUGGUUACAAUUAUGUGUCUGUUAGUCCACCCAUUGUACAGCGCUACAGAAUUUGCUGGUGCUAUAUAAAUAAUAAAAUAAUAAUAAUAAUACAUGCCAAUACCUUACUGGCCAUAGCAACUGCUGAUUGAUGUUGCACAUUAUUUCCUAGUUUGUUGCCUAUAACAAUUCCAAAUCCUUCUUGUGUGUUCUUAAAGGACCACUAUAGGCACCCAGACCACUUCAGCUUAAUGAAGUGGCCUGGGUGCCAGGUCCAGCUAGGAUUAACCCUUUCUUCUAUAAACAUAACAGUUUCAGAGAAACUGCUAUGUUUAUAAUAGGGUUAAUCCAGCCUCUAGUGGCUGUCUCAUUGACAGCCACUAGAGGCGCUUCCGCGCUUCUCACUGUGAUUUUCACAGUGAGAAGAGGCCAGCGUCCAUAGGAAAGCAUUGAGAAUGCUUUCCUAUGGAUUGGCUGAAUGCGCGUGUGGCUCGUGCCGCGCAUGCGCAUUCAGCCGAUGAUGACGAGAAGGAGGAGAGGAGGAGGAGGAGAAUCCCCCGCCCGGCGCUGGAAAAAAAGAGGUAAAUUUAACCCCUUCCACCCCCUAGAGCCCGAUGGGAGGAGGGCCCGGAGGGUGGGGGGACGUAGAGACCAUAUAGAGCCAGGAAAAUGAGUAUGUUUUCCUGGCACUAUAGUGGUCCUUUAAGUAGUGUAUAUAAAUAUAUACACAGGGUUGUCCAAAUGUAGAAUUACAGUAUAUGAAACCUUGCUUUAUAAGUUCUAAAUUCUUUUAUCUGCCCUCCACCAUUCUUUACAACUGCCACGGUGAUAUUUAAAUACUUGAAAUCUAACUGCCACUCUGUUGUGUGCCAUUGUGUAUGUGUACCCAUAUAAUCUGUUGUGAUGAAUUUCAUCGAUUAAUUUAUAUAUACUUACAUACACACAGAUUGCAGCUAUAGGUCCAAAUAUAACGUGAAAAUAAACCAGCUCUGUAAUGGGACAUAUGUUUAAAUAAUUAAUCCUAAUGCAUAUAAUGUGUAAUAAUCCACAUAAAUAAAAUAAUAUGUUCAAUAUAGUUCAUUUUGAAAAGUACAUCAUACAUUUGUUUUUAACGCUGAAGAAUGGUUGAUCAACAUAUAUGUAUUCAUAUUUGUAUUCUAUAUAUUAUUCUAAAAAAAUAUUUUUUAUGUGUAAGAUUUGUACUUUGUAGGUGUGUGCACUUUCUGUGUAUAUGUACAAUUGAUAAAGUAACAACAUUGAAUUAAAAAGAAAAAAAACAUAUAAAAACUGUGUGAAAUAAAUUCCUUAUUGUUUACUUAUACAGCUAUACGUUGUGCCUAAAAAGAAAAAAUUCACGAAGAACAACAAUAAUGCAAUAUUGCUAAAACUAAGCCCCCUUUAAAAACCCCAAUUGCUGGAAGUAACAAUAUUGUUCAUCCUAUAUAAAUGUGUUUGACUACCUAGACAUCCUAAAUGUGUUUGACUACCUAGACAGCAAGUGGAGAUCCAGCAUAUUGUUAUAGGGAUAAGUACAAUUAAUUUUAUUUAUUUACUGUUCAUUCCAUUAUUCUGACUCUUGUUUGUUUAUUUUUAUCCAAUAUAUUUUUUACUACUUGGGUUUACUCCAUUAAAGAUGAUUGUCUAGGUUGGGUUAUGUAAAAAAAAUUGUGUACCCACAUGUUAUGUAUUAAAGUCCUGGAAACAUUCUAAGGUAAAGACAGUGUGACACUCAUACAGAUACAAACAGUGACACACAUACAUUCAGAGACAACACACAUAGAUACAGAGACACACACACAUACAUAAAGACAAACACCAACACACACAUACAUAGAGGGCCGCCACCAGAAAUUUUGGGGCCCCUAACUCAGCUCAGGGUCUGGACCCCACCUCCAAAUACCGCCCACAGGAAUACACACACAGACACAAACACACACACUGAUACAAAAGGACACAGAUACAUACUAACAGACACACAUACUGAAACAGACAUACACGCAUACAGGCAUACAUACUGAUACACACAUACUGAGACAUACACACAGGCAUACAUAGUGACAGACACACACGUACUAACAUACAUACAGACACACAUUCAUACAUACAGACAUACUGACAGACAUACAGACACUGACAUCCAUACACACAUACAUUCAUAAUGGCAUACAGACAUACACAGAAAUACAUUCAUAAUGGCAUACAGACAUCCAUACAUACAUUCAGACUGACAUACAUGCAUAUAUACAGACAUACAUGCAUACAGACAUCCAUACACACAAACACACAGCCAUACGUUCAUAAUGAUAUUCAGACAUACAUUCAUACUGACAUACAGACAUACAUAUAUACAUAUAUAAUGACAUACAGACAUACAUAUAUACAUACAUGCAUACAGACAUAUAUCCAUAGACAUACAAGCAUGCAUACAGACAUACAUACACAGACAUACAUACAGACAGACAUACAUGCAUGCAUACAGUUAGACAGACAGACAUACAUAUACAUGCAUGCAUACAGACAUACACACAGACAUGCAUGCAUACAGACAGACAUACAUACAUACAUAUAUAAUGACAUACAGACAUACAUAUAUACAUACAUGCAUACAGACAUACAUCCAUAGACAUACAUGCAUGCAUACAGACAUACACACAGACAUAAAUGCAUACAUACAUGCAUACAGACACACACACAGCUCAUUUUCCAGCCACCCUCCUGUCUCUUACCGUUUCUUUGCAGGAGGGCGGCUGUGAAUGAUGGGAGUCGGCGCAGCUCCCUCUUCACUGCCUGGCUCUCCCUCUUCACUGGCGCGCGCGCUCCUCCCACGCGGAGUGAGCUGGGAGGAAGUGACCACUUCCUCCCAGCAGCACUUGCUGCCCCUAAGUGUGUGGGCCACCCGAUGGGCCCCACGGGCGGCCGGGCCUCCUAGGACCGCUGGGCCCGUGACAACCGUUAUGGUUGUCACCCCCUGAUGGCGGCCCUGCAUACAUACAUACAUACAGACAGACAGACACACUCAUACAGACAAGCACCAACACACACAUGCAUACACACAGACAGACAGACACACACUCAUACAUACAGAAAGACACACACACACACGCAUACAUAGAGAAAGACACACACACAUACAAUCAAUCACACAUGCACAAUGGUUUAAUCACCCUCCUGUCUACUACCUUUUAGACGCAGGCUUAUGGGAGUCAGCGUUCCCACACUGACUCCCUCCUCUCCUCUCCUCCUCUUCCUCCCGUUCGGGUUCUAUAUAAUCUGGAAGGAGUGACCAGGGCAGUCACUUCCUCCCAGCUCAGUCUGACCUCAUCACAGGGGACCUGGUCACGCUGUUAAAGCGCUACACCACUGACCGGGCCCCCUGGAAAUACUUUGCAUCGGGUAGCCCUAACAGCAUGGGCCACCUGAUGGGUUCCUCAACACGUGGCCCUGGCGGUUCUACCAUGUGGGCUGGGGCUACAACACAUGGCUGUCUGGGCACCGCGAUCACGGGCCUGGUCACACCUGAAAUCCCUGCGACCGUGGUAGUUUUGCCACUGCCUGCACCCAUCAUGAGCUAAACAUAAUAGUUGUAGCUAAUUAACUAAUAAUCAAAAUGACAAAUUUGAUGUUAACUAUAGAGAAUCUUUCAGAAACUGAUAAAUCUCUCUAGAUGAAAAAUGUAAUUCCCAAUCAUUUUCUAAAAUGAAAUAAUAUAUACGUGAUUUUACAUCUAAAAUAUAUUCCCAGCAUCAACCUGUUAUUAAUGCAAAUUCCCCAAGGAACAAAUAAUAAUUUCUAUUUUCUUUCUCUGUUAAAUAUAAAAGUAUUAACUGUUGUCGUUUCUGGUAACCAAAGAUAACCAUGAAAUACAUCUACCUUUUUCAUGGUUAUACAUGUUGUUUUGUAACACUGAAAAAGGUAGCGCAAAAAAUACAGUCUAAUCACAUGUUGAUAAUAAACAUAUAAACAUUUAUUGGAUCUUAUAUGAAGUCUAAAAAUAUAUUUAAAACACAAUGACAAAAAACCUUGUACAAUAAUAAUUAUUGCUAUACUGAGUGUGCACACUACUAAGUAAUAUAGCAAAAAAAGACACUGUGUCAAUUAAUGAAAUAUAAGGUAAAAUAGAAAUAUACCAUAAAAAAUAGAAUAGAAAAUGUGGAAAAAUAAAAAUAAAAAUUAGAGUGGAAUGGCAGAAAAAACUGUGGUAAAUUAUAUAAUAUAGAUACAAAAAUAAAAUGACACAUAUUAGUUUUAUACCUACUACAAGCAUUUUAUGGAAUCAUUAACCCCUUUUAUACCCAGAAAUAUCCAUUCUAGACAGUUAGGAUUGUGACUUAGAAUAAAUGUAUGUAACGCUUUUACUUUCUGCAACAUGUGUUAAAUUCAUUCUAAAAGAAGGAAAUGUAUUGAAGAAUUAUAUAUAUCCUAUAUCCUUUGUGUAAUUGGAAUGUGCUGUUAAUUGGGACUGCAUGCCUAUAUAAUAGAUCCUUUUCAAUAUCCUAUACUCCAUUAUCAUCCCUGAAGAAGUGAGUGCAGGCUCACGAAACAUGUAGGAUCGACGGAGAAGAUUGGCACCAGACCUCACACAGAUUCAUCACUUUCCAUGUGAGCGGCCGCAACAUAUUCUAUCGGCAGAGCGAGCUCAGCUCUGGCAGCUACCAACAAAGGAGACCCCCCAUAUAGCAAGACAGCCACAGGGGGAAAAGGAUUUCAUCUUCACUACCCUGUACAGCUCCACAACGGGACUCCCUGGCAGUCAGCCAGCAGCACUUACUAUUUGGAUAGUUUGUAGCAGUAACAGCUUCGAUACUCAGUGCUGCAGCAGACCUUACUCUCUUCAAAUGUAAUCAGAAGGAUGUCAGCAUAAACACAUCCCCAACAGUAAGCUGUCAGCAAACUAUACAAGGUUGGACCCCCCCCCCCCCUUUUCUUUUUUUUACAGUACUCUUUUUUUUUCUGCCAUUCCACUCAAUAAAUGUUUAUAUGUUUAUUAUCAACAUGUGAUUAGACUAUUUUUUGCGCUACCUUAACCAUUUUCAGUGUUACUUUGACUUGUACUAGAAAGUGUAGGGAUACUUUCUUCUAAAGGAGCAGCAUUAAAAAGCACCUCUUUCACAUUGUUCACAGACACACCCCAUAUUAAGUGUAUAUAUAUAUAUAUAUAUUUUUUUUUUUUAUUAUUUUUUUUUCACGCAAUUUUAUUUCUUUGGAUCAUUCAUUACAACAUUGGGAGUAUACUUGCUUUGCACAGUUUACACGUAUACCAGAGAAGUUCCCGCUCUCUUGGUUCUUAUCAUACAUGUUGUUUUGCAUGUGUUUGUUUGUUUAUUUACAUUCAAUAAAUGUGUGAUAAAGAUGUGUUUAUCAAUAAAAUGUGUACAAAUGAAUAAUAUACCACACAUUUAGUAUCGUUCCCUAAUAGCAUGUAGUUUAACCCCUUAAGGACACAUGAUGUGUGACAUGUCAUGAUUCCCUUUUAUUCCAGAAUUUUGGUCCUUAAGGGGUUAAAGUUUCUAGCAUAUUGUUCAAGUGUUCAUGCACUUCCUUACUCUUUUUCAACCUUAUCUUUUUCACCUUCACUACAAAAUAUAGUUUACUGUUUAACCCCUUAAGAACUGAGCCAAAUGUACACGUUUUGAUGAAAACAAAACGUAAAUAAAAUCUGGAAUUUGACUAUAUGUCUGUUCAACCGUAAUUCACCUCUUUCAUAUUAUGUGCACCCACACUUAUUAUAUAUUAUUUUAUUCAGGGGAAACAGGGCUUUCAUUUAACAUCAAAUAGUUAGCUAUGAAACAUAAUUUAAUAUGAAUAAAAUAUUAACAAAUGUGAGAAAAUAAGAUAUGUUCUUAUUUUUUUAGUUCUACAUGACAUUUUAAUUGCGAAUGUCAUAAUACUGUUUGCUUUUACUGCAAUAAAAUACACAUAUGUGUAUUCAGCGAUGUCUCGCCUGUAAUACCUUACCUAUUAUGUACAGGUUUUAUCGUGUUUUGGGAAGUUACAGGGUCAAAUAUAGCAUAUCACAUUUUUCAGGUUUUUCACAUUGAAAUUUGCCAGAUUGGUUACGUUGCCUUCAAGACCGAAUGGUAGCACAGGAAUGAGAAUUACCCCCAUAAUGGCAUAACAUUUGCAAUAGUAGACAACCCAAGGUAUUGCAAAUGGAGUAUGUUCAGUCUUUAUUAGUAGCUACUUGGUCACAAACACGGGCCAAAGUUAGUGUUAAUGUUUGUUUGUGUGUGAAAAAUGCAAAAAACUAACUUGAAUGCCAAUUUUGGCCAGUGUUUGUGACUAAGUGGCUUCUAAAAAAGACUGGACAUACCCCAUGUGCAAUACCUUGGGUUGUCUACUAUUGCAAAUGGUAUGCCAACAUGGGGUUAACUUUCAUUCCUGGGCUACCAUAUGAUCUCAAAGGCAACGUAACCAAUCUGGCAAAUGUCAAUGUGAAAAAACUGAAACGCAAGCCUUAUAUUUGACUCUGUAACUUUUUUACUGUAACUUUUGAAAACACCAUAAAACCUGUACAUGAGGAGUGUUUGAAAAUAGUAAAACGUAUUACAGCAAUUAUAUUGUCAGUGUAAGUGCCAUUUGUGUGUGAAAAAUGCAAAAUAUUUCACUUUCACUGACAAUAUCAUUGUUGUAAUACAUUUUAGUGUUUUAAAACACUAAUAUUUGUGUUCAGCAAAGUCUUCCGAGUAAAAAAGUACAACCCCAUGUACAGGUUUUAUGGUGUCUUGGAAAGUUACAGGGUUAAAUAUAAUGCUAGCAAAUUAAAUUCCCUGGACUUUCAGCCUUGGAUUGUCAGGUAGGUCACGCAAAUUGUAAUUAAUAAAAUGACCUUAAUAUGUAAAAAUAUAACAUAAAUAUAUACGUAGAAUUAAUUAGAAUUAUAUAUAUAUUUAAUCAAUAUCAUUCUACGUGUAUUUUGAUAUUAAUAUAUAUAUAUAUAUAUAUAUAUAUAUAAUUAUACACAUACAUAUUAAUAUUAAAAUACACUUAGACAGUCUAUGUAUGUGUAUGUGUAUAUUUUAUUGUAACGGACCGUUUCAGCACACAAGGGGUUAAAAACCGUUUAGGCGAUAUUCCCCUUUCAGAUGCACAGGCAGCUACUGCAAGCACCAAUCUCCUGAAUUGCAAACACAUGAAUACUCAAACUCCCGAACAGGAAACACACAAAUUCACCAACUCCCGAACCGGAAACACAUGAAUUCACCAACUCCCGAACACACGAAUGUUGUUAAACAGCCGAACAGGAAAAACCAUCCGAACAGUUUACACUCCUGGCAGUCACACUGUAACAGCAUACAAACCAAUUCCCCCCAAGAACGAGACGACACUUCGUUUGAGGAUCAAUCAGAACUGAUUUACUGGGGCUACCUGCCCCGCUUUUAUGCAGGUCUCCCACCUGGUGGACACUCCCAUAGGGGCCAGAUGGAAGACUGGGAAACAUAUUGGACAUUGACCAAUCACAAGCUUACAAUCCCACAAUGCAUCACUAUCCCUCCUCUCUGUCCUGGAGAUAAUUGGGAAGUAAUCCAAUUAUCUCCAAGGACAGAGGCAAAACUCCAUUAACCACAUGGCAGACAAAGGACAAUAAAAUACAUAAAAUUACAUACUGUUACAUUUAUCACAUAGAACAUACACAUUCUACCUAUCCCCAGAUAGCUUAGAUCUGAGCGCCCGUUACUACCGGAUGGCGCUCAGAUCACAUACAUACAGUUCAAUCACCAUGGAGCCAAAAUCUUUCAUACAGUCUUUCAGUAUACGGAUGGGCUCCAUGGCAUAGCUAUCUGGGGUGGCAUGGUUUAAACAGUAAAAUACCGAAUGGACCGGUGUUCGGAUAAUUGACUGCAGGUAGGAGAAGGGAGGUCGGCGGCUCAGCGGUGUUUAUGACUUUAACAGUCCACAGAAAAGCACAAACCAGCCUUUCUGCUGGGAAAAAGAAGAGUGUUAAACAUGGGGCCAUAGUCUAAAGGGAGCAGGCGAGCAACCGGGCUCCUUCACUGGCCAGUGGUGAGGUUGGUUCGGCCACAAUUAUUAUUAUUAUUAUUAUUAUUGCGAUUUAUAUAGCGCCAACAGAUUCCGUAGCGCUUGACAAUAUACAAUAGAGGGGGGAUUUGACUAUAAAUAGGACAAUUACAAGAAAACUUACAGAAACGAAGGGUUGAAGAGGUCUCUGCUCAAACGAGCUUGCAGUCUAUAGGAGGUGGGGUAUAAAACACAUUAGGACAGGGAAAAGAAGUCAAAAUAGGUGGGAGUGGAGCAGAGCUGGAGGACAGAGUAAAGUGCUGCCCUUUAGGAGAGAGCAAGAGGCAGGUAUGUGAGGUAGAGGUUAGUCUGGGAGGCCAUAGGCUUUCCUAAAGGAAUGAGUUUUAAGGCACUUCUUAAAUGAUUAAAGACUAGGGGAGAGUCUGAUGGUGGAAGGCAGGCUAUUCCAUAGGACAAAAAGUUCUGCAUGGGCGAGUUGGCCGUAUGGGUACAAGUGGCGGACAGAGCGGAGGGACCGAGAAGGGACAUAUCUAUGAAUCUGUGAGGAGAUAUAAGAGGGGCUAAGAUUAUUCAGUGCUUUAUAAGUAUGGGUUAGCACUUUGAAUUGACUCCUAUAGGAUACAGGAAGCCAAUGUAAGGACUGACAGAGGGGUGAGGUGUGAGAGGACCGACUAGUGAGGAAAAUCAGUCUGGCGGCAGCAUUCAUUACAGACUGUAGUGGGGCAAUACGGCUAUUGGGAAGACCAAUUAGGAGAGAGUUACAAUAGUCCAUGCAAGAGAUUACUAGAGCAUGGACAAGCUCUUUAGUAGCAUCUUGUGUAAGAAAGGGGCGGAUGCCGGCGAUGUUUUUGAGGUGGAAUUGGCAUAAUUUGACAACAGACCGGACAACAGACCAGAAUCAAAAGUAACACCAAGAUAUAUAAUAUAUAUAUAUAUAUAUAUAUAUAUAUAUAUAUGAUCUAAGUAUAUACAAUUUUAUUUUAAACUGUUUUUAACUUUUAUUUUAAUUUUUUUCAGGCAGCAGGGGGACUACCUGUCAUUCCAGGCACUCCCCCUGCUGGCAAUGCUGUGGACGGCUAUUCCGUCCAUGUGAUCGUGAGGUCCUCGCAAGGACCUCGCGAUCACAUGGCCCAGGAGGGCUGAAACGCAGCAGGGGGACUUCCUGAGAUGCCAGGUAAGUCCCCCCAUCGCAAUCGCCGGCGUGGGAUUGCUGGCAAGUGGGUAAGUACAUAGGACGGCGGGGACGUGCUCUGCCCCUGUUGGUGUUCAGAGACGGGUUCUCAAGGGCGACAUAGCACGCCCGCCAUACCUAAGGGGUUAAAGUUCAAUGUUUAUGUUGUUUCUGUAAUGACAUGAACAUGCAAUUUGCCUGAUGUUCAUCCCUGCUGAAAAUAGAUUGGUAAUCUUCUGCUAGUAGGCAUAUUUGGUUGUCUGUUUUUUCUCUCCCAUUCUGUUAGGUAAUCAUCAGGCAUGUCAUACUCUUUGGUUUAUUAGAGACUGGUGUGAAACAUUUUCUAGUUGCCGCUAAAAGUUCUGUGAAAAUGGCAUUUACUAGUGGUAGUAUAUAAUCAGUUGGGCUGAUGGAAAAAAAAAAUUCUAUGUGUGAGUUAAAAAACUUAAAAAACUUCUGGAGUUAUCCCUGCUGCCCUUAAAUAUGCAACUGUAGUACCCAUACUGAAAAAAAAUAUUUUGACCCGUCCUCCCUUUCUAACUAUCGUCCCAUACCCCUGUUCCCUUUCUCUUUAAAGCUUAUGGAAAUACUUGUCUUUACUCAUCUGUCUCCUUCCUCAACUCCAGCUCUUUCGUUGACCCUCUUCAGUCUGGCUUCCGCCCCCUCCACUCUACCAAGUCUGCUCUUAUCAAAGUUAUAAUGACCCAAUAACAGCUAAACCCAAAGUCCACUUACCAAUACUAAUUCUUCUUCACCUCUGACUUUGACACUGCUGAUCAUGCUUGCCUUCUUCAAACUCAUCACUGACUCAUGACACUCUCCUCAUGACUCUGACAUGGUUUCCCUCCUAACUCUCCCAAUGCUCAUUUAGUGUCUCCUUUUCUAAUCAUACCUACUCUCUUUGUCCUGUCUUGGCUGGAUUCCGCGAAGGCUCUGUCCUUGGUCCCCUUCUAUUUUCUCUUUAUACUGCCUCUCUUGGCAAACAUAUUACCUCAUUUGGAGUCCACUACCACUUGUACCUGAUGGCACCCAGAUAUAUCUCUCCUCCUCAGACCUCUCCCCUGCCAUCCUCCAAUGUGACCCUGCUUGUCUUUCUUCCAUCUCUGACUGGAUGUCCUACUGUUUUCUGAAACUCAAUCUCUCUAUAACUAAGCUCCUUGUCUAUCCUCCUCCUAAUACUGAUCUUCCUCUUUCUCUCUCCCUUCAAGUUUGUGGCACCCACAUCCAGUGGUGUAUUUAGCGCAAGGUAAACUAGGCAUUUGUCUUGGGCGGCACUAACCAAGGGGCAGAAAAAAUGCCACCCUCAAACGCCCACUCAGGUGCCCCCUUUGCUCCCCCCAUCAUGUGGGGUCCAAGCAGUGGCGUACACACAACCCAUGGGGCCCCGGUGCGAAAACUGAUCCGUGGGCCCUCCCACCCCGCGGUUACUCUGCGUGGGCCGGGGCUGCAACACAUGACGGCAGGCACCUGCGCAUUCGGAGCUGAGAGGCGGAUCGGUGCAGAGGGAUCCCCAGCGCCAAGGGAGUCCGGCGCUGGAGAAAGGUAGGUGUUGAAGACACACACACUCUCAUGAACAGAUGCAUAAACACUAGCUAACAGGCACACACAUUUACUGACAGACACACACUCAGUGACAAAACACAUACUCACUAACAGACACCAAACAGACUCACUAACAGGCGCACACAAACUAAUACACUAAGUAACACACUCACUGACACACACAAACUAACACACACACACACACACACUCUAACACUAACACACACACACACUCUAAAACUAACACACACUUUAACACUAACACACACACACUCUAACACACACACACACUCUAAAACUAACACACACACUCUAACACACACACACACACACACUCUUACACUAACACACACACACUCUAACACUAACACACACACACACUCUAAAACUAACACACACUUUAACACUAACACACACACACACACACACUCUAACACUAACACACACUCUAACACACACACACACACACACACACACACAUUUUUUUAAAAAUGCAAUCCCUCAGCCUCCCUACCUUUGGGAGAGCUGAGGGGAUUCCCUGGGGUCCAGUGGUGUUGCUGGGCGGCCGGUUAGUGUUGAGUGUGUGGGGUGGGCCAGGCCCGAUCGCAGCCGUGACCCCUGUGACCCCGGUAAGACCUUGCCUGCUGGCCACCAUAUGGACACCCCAGCGUACGGCUAUAUUCGAAUCCAAGGUGGCGAGGGAGCUCUGAUCUACUUGCUCUGCUCCCUCGCACGCCAUUAACUGAUGCCACGGUAGCCAGAAUAUGACGUCAUAUUUCGGCUCCUGGCUUCGGUAGAUGGCCCCCGAGGCGCGAGGGAGUAGAGCAGGGAGAUCACAGCUCCCUUGCCGCCUCGGAUUCUAACACAGCCACAUGCCUCCUAGCAGCCCCAUUGUACCCCAGGGACAGAAAGACGCCGGCUCUACAGGUAGGUCAAGAGUAUUUUAAUAAUAUUAAUAAUUAGUGUGUGUGUGAGUGUAUGUGUGUCUGUGUGUGCAUGUGAGUGUAUGAGAGUAUCUGUGUGUUUGUGAGUGUCUGUCAAAUCAGUGAGAGUCUGUUUGUCAUUGAAUCUGUGUGUGACUAUCAGUGUGUGUCUUUCCAUGAGUGUCUGUCAGUGUGCGCAUCUGUCAGUGUGCAUGUGUGUGUGUGUCUGUCAAUGAGUGUGUGUCAGAUCUGUGAGUCUGUGUCUGUCAGUGAUGUCUCUGUGUUUCUCAUUUAGUGUGUGUGACUGUCAGUGCGUAUCUGCCAGUGUGUCUGUUGGGUAAUUUGUGUGUAUCAAAUCAGUGAGUCUGUCUGUCAGUGACAUCUGUGUGUUUGUCAGUGAGAGACAGAAUAACAAAAAGAAAAUCCAGAAAAACGCAUGUCAAAAAAGAUAUAAAUUAAUUUGCAUGUCAAUGAGUGCCAUAAGUAUUUGACCCCUUCAAUUUAGUAGUUGGUGGCAAAACCCUUGUUGGCAAUCACAGGUCAGAUGUUUCUUGUAGUUGGCCACCAGGUUUGCACACAUCUCAGGAGGGAUUUUGUCCCACUCCUCUUUGCAAAAUCCUCUCCAAGUCAUUAAGAUUUUGAGGCUGAAAUUUGUCAACUCAAAUGUUCAGCUCCCUCCAUUGAUUUUUUUUGGGAUUAAGGUCUAGAGACUAGCUAGACCACUCCAGGACCUUAAUCUACUUCUUCUUGAGCAAUUCCUUUGUUGCCUUGGCUGUGUGUUUUGGGUCAAUGCAGUGCUGGAAUAUCCAUCCACGACCCAUUUUCAAUGCCCUGGCUGAAGGAAGGAAGGAGGUUUUCACCCAAUAAUGGGAUGCCCUGUCCAUUGUCCUUAGCAGAAAAAACCCCAAAGCAUAAUGUUUCCACCUCCAUAUUUGAUGGUGUAGAUAGGCAGCAUUCCUCCUCCUCCUCCUUGAUGCCAAAGACCUUGAUUUUGGUCUCAUCUGACCACAACACUUUCAUCCAGUUCUCCUCUGAAUCAUUCAGAUGUUCAUUGGCAAACUUCAGAUGGGCCUGUACAUGUGCUUUUUUGAGCAGGGGGACCUUGCAGGCAGUGCAGGAUUUCAGUCCUUCACGGUGUAGUGUGUUUUGUCCCAGUUGCCUUGAGAUCAUUAACAAGAUCCUCCCGUGUAGUUCUUGGCUGAUUCCUCACCGUUCUCAUGAUCAUUGAAACUCCACAAGGUGAAAUCUUGUUUUAAAUAUGUUUAUUGGUAUCUUGUCUUGUGCUCUUACAUCAAACAGAUUUUCAUUAAAGCGAACAGUCGCCUGCACAGAGGCUUAAGUAUCUGUAAAUAAGAGUAAAUGCAGAUUGUUGCCUGCGCAGAGCCAGCGUGAGUCCCUGCCAUACAAGGUGCUCCAAAUUGAUGCACGGGAGUAAGUCAUCGGUUGGCCAUCUUGGCCCCGGGUAUGUUAGGUUCCCAUGCAGGAUGGGCCUCCACCCCCAGUCUCCGAAGAUUGGACUUUCAGGACUGGAUCACCCCCACUGGCCAGAAGGGGGGGAGGAGCAGGCAGGGGUCCCCGUCUCCCACUCUUUCAGUGCAUAUGGUGGGCCUCGUGCACUCCUCCAGGCGAGGGCCUCGUAGAGUUCCCGUGCUCAUUGCUUGUUGUUAGCGGGGCAGGAUCUCCAGUUUUCCACUUCUGGUUAUGUCCUCUCUUGGUUCUCGGGUUGUGCCCGAGUUCUGUCGGGUUCUUAGGGUUUUAAGCAGGUUAUUGUGCGGUGUUUAGUCAGAGCUGGCUUAGUUUGCUGCCGCUCCGUUUGGCAGCCUUGCCCCCCCACCGCUCCCCCUGAGGUGAGAUCUUGCAUGGAGCAUCAGACCGAGGGAGGCUGGCAGUUGUUUUGUGUUUCUUCCAUUUGCGAAUAUUUGUACCAACUGUUGUCAUAUUCUCACCAAGCUGCUUGGUAGUGCUCUUGUAGCCCAUUCCAGCCUUGUCUAGGUCUACAAUAUUGUCCCUGACAUCCUUGGAUAGCUCUUUAGUCUGUAUGGACUCUAAUAAAACCACUUCUUCAGGCAGAGAAUUUGAUAUCCUUAUUGUUCUUACGGUAAAAAAACCCUUUCCUUUGCCUUAGAAUAAAUCUUCUUUCUUCCAGUCUAAAUGCAUGACCUCGUGUCCUAUGUAAAGUCCUGUUUGUGGAUAGAUUUCCACACAAUAGUUUGUAUUGGCCACAAAUAUAUUUGUAUCAUGUUAUCAUAUGAGAAGCAACAUUUUUCUAAACUUAAGAGGUUUAAAUGUGUUAACCUUUCUUCAUAGCUAAAAAUGUUCCAUUCUUUUCAUUAAUUUUGUAGCUCUUCUCUGCACUCUUUAUAGUGCCAUAAUAUCCUUGAUUGUUUCUGUGGAUAUGUGUCUUUUAUACAGGCAACGAGCUGAGAUUUGGAGCACUCCCUAUAAGAGAGUGCUCCUAAUCUUAGCUCAUUACCUGUAUAAAAGACAAUUGGGAGCCAGAAAUCUUGCUUAUUGAUAGGGGGUCAAAUACUUAUUUAAAAGGACACUGCAGGCACCCAGACCACUUCUGCCCAUUGUAGUGGUCUGGGUGACAACUCCCACCACCCUUAACUCUGCAAGUGUAAUUAUUGCAGUUUUUAUAAACUGCAAUAAUUACCUUGCAAUGUUAAGUCCUCCUCUAGUGGCUGUUUGAUAACACAAAAAGUGUUUUAAGCAACGCUUUCCUAUGGGGAGGUCUAAUGUGAACAUGCGGCCAGGUCUCCCCCGCCAACGUCAGCCCUGUAAUAUGCAGUAUUCUGAAGGAGAUAUUAAUUAAGUAAUUAGUAAUAUGCAUACUGAAUUUUCAUAAUUAUAACAAAAUAAUAAUUAUCCCUGAAAACAUGGUGGGUCUGGUAACCCUAAUUAAAAUGCUAGCUCACCUGUCACGUCAAGGCAUAGCUCAACGGUGACUCCUACACUAACAAUUCACCUUGCUGCUUUGAACUAAAAGGCAAAAUCUCUAGUGACACAGGGCUGUUGCCCACCCCAUGCAUUCUUUAUUACAUGUGUAGUGGUUUAGAAAAAUGCCACUUUCUGUCUCAUUAGAGAUUUUGGUUUUUAAUUCAAACCAGCAAGGUGAAUUGUUACAGGGUUAUUCACUAGAGUGAGAACUCAAAGUAAAUUUCAAAUUUAAGGUAAAAAUAGACAAACUGGAGAAAGUCAUGCUUUUAGUUUGGCUACUCUGGCCUUAAAUUUGAAAUGUCCUUACAAUGUUCACUUUAGUAAAUACUAGAUGUGGAAGAUAAGCUUACACUUUAAUGGCCUUUGAAGUAAUACGAAAACGACUUCAGCUAUUUAAUUGUGCAUAGGUAACGUUUUUGUGUUUUUCACUUUAUGUAUUGGGGCUGUACUAUAAUCAUUGCUAGUGCCGAGGAGUAAUGUGAGUUUGAGCACAGAGGUUAAUUGUGUAGGUUUGUGUGACAGACCCAUCUGUAUGAUUAUUAUUUGUGGAUUCAUCUGGUUUACCUUCCUUUCAUGGAAAUUGCUUAUUUCUAUAGCCCAUGCGUAUGAUGGACUUUUUCACCUAACAAAUCUACCGAACGGACGGCCACCCAGAAUAGAAGUGUGCUGCUGGUUAACCUCUUGAUCCCAAUUAGAACGUUGUGGUUAACCGCAGACACUUCUCAAUUAAAACCGAAUACAGGGUGGUCAUCGUUCGCAUGUCGACCACGAGGCAGCUGCCAUUUUAGAUCACACGAAAGACCAGUGGCGUUCGUCAUUGAUUUCAUGGAACUAAAAAUGGACACUUUUUCUGCCGAACACCGCUGAAACAACGGGUCACCCUUCUCCGUCGACGAAAGCAUGCGAACACCGGCUGUUCGGGAGUUUUGAAUUACAUGAAGAGACUUAACCCAGAUAGCCUUCCCAUGAAGUCAAUCGCAUACCGAAAGACUGUAAGAACUUUGACUCCAUAGUGAUUGAACUAUGCGUAUGGGAUCUGAGCGCUAUUUGCUAAUAAUAUGCCCUCAGAUCCAGGCUAUCUGGGGAUAUGUGAUGCGAAUGUAAAAUGUUCGGUAGUUGUGUAAUUAUUUAUUUUUGUGUGUUUUCUGGUAUUUUACUUAAGAUGGCGAUUUGUCUUUGUCCUGGAGAUAAUUGAAUUACUUCUCAAUUAUCUCCAGGGCAGAGGGGAGAAAACCAUAUUGCAUUGUGGAAAAAGUUUGUGCCUCUAUGUCAGAAAUGUCCAUGUGUCCAUCUGCCAUCACAGUCUCCCAUUUAGUCCCCUAGGGGAGUGUCCACCAAGUGGGAGACCUGCAUAUAUACGGGCGGGUAGCCCACAGUAAAGCCAGAUCUUGUUUUACCCUCAAUGCGCAGCUUAGUCUCUUUGUUGGGGGGAUUUAUUACCGACGACUAGAGACUGACUGCUGGAGCCGAAAGCCGCUUGGUGGAUAUAUUUGUUCGGCGGCUAGUGACGGUUCGUGGAUUUAUGUUCGGGAGUUUGGAACCGCUUACGGAUUCCGUUCGGGAGAUUACCGCUUCCCCUGAUGGUGGUUUGUAUAUAGCAGCCUAUGCGAACGGAGAUAGUGAGAUUGCGAAGGGGGAAGCUUAACUAAAUGGCGGUUUCCCUUACAGGCACCAGGGGUGUCUUAACAGUUUGUAUUUGUAUCUAUCACACAGCCACUAGAAGUGAUUCCUGCUGUUUCACAGAGUUUGAGUCUGUGAAAUAAUGUUGGAUGUUUUGAAGUUUUGCAUGAGGAUGUAUAGCGUUCUCAAAAUCCCCAUAGAAAAGCAUUGAUUCAAUGCUUUCCUUUGGGGAAUGCCUAAUGCGCAUGUGGCGCUGGCAUUAGGUUUCCCCUUGAUGCUGACGUUGGAGGAAGCGAAGACAGAUCAAGUGAGUUAAGUGAAAGAAAUAGUUAUUUACCCCUUUCAGUACCAGGGGGGACAAAGGAACACUACAGUGUUAGGAAAACAACUUUGUAUUAUUAACACUAUAGUGUUUUUUUAUGGUUUAAUAAGUGUACAGGGGCUUAGAAAAAUACUAUUCUCUGUCUCAUUACAAAUUUUGCCUCUUAAUUCAAACAGCAAAGUAGACAUGGCAGGAGGGCUUACAUGUUAAUGGCCAUUGGGGUCAUACAAAAAAAAAAAACUUUAGUUCUUUAAAUGUGCAUAGGUAUUUAAAAUAGUGUGCAAGUAAUUUUUAUUAUUUUUUAAUUUAUUUUAGAUAUAUAUAUAUAUAUAUAUAUAUAUAUAUAUAUAUAAAUUAUAAUAAAAAUAGACACACACAUGUAUAUUUUAGUUGUUAAUGCACUCAGAUAUGUAGCAACAAGUCAACGAAAGAAAUAAAUAGCACUGAACAGAAUUUGUUCGGCGGCUGAUUUGUUCAUUGGAAAUUCAUUCAUUUAAGGUCUAUAUUCAUAUUCAGACAACAUUUUUGAACAUUUUAAUUUUAAUAUUUUGUUUAAUUUUUGACAUGGCUGAAAACAAAUGCACGUGUCUACUACUUACUUGAAAGGCGGCGGCUUUCGCUCCCUCCUGAUUGCUGGGGAGGAGAGGGUAGGGACGUGUAUGAUGUGUGCCUGUAGGUGUAUGAUAUACAUAAAACAUGCAAAACUUGGAUAGAUUUUUGACAUGCUGGGAGGAAAUAUAUGUCUUUGUGUCUGAAUCUGACAAGCCAAAUAGGUCACUAAGUUUCUCCUUAAUGAGACAUUUCUACAACAAGUUAAUACACGGUAAUUAUCCUUGCACAUUAUAAACAAUACAUUGAGGUAACAUAGCUAUGAUGCUUAAAGUGACUUGUGAAAAGGUUUUCUGUGUCAACAACCAGAGAAGCUUGGAAAAAAAAUCAAAACUCCUCAAUCAGCCUCUUGCUGCUUCCUUACACUCAUUCUUACACAUAUUAUAACAAAAAAGGCGGAGCAUAAAACUGUGAUUCCAAGACUUUUUUUAAACUGACUUUAGGUAUUGAGUCACAGUAACUUUUUAAACUCAGGAGAAGCAGAGAUCUAUUAACUCUAAUCUUCCCACAUCCAGAAUUGGACAUUUUGAUUCCAAGAGGUAAGUACAUAGAAUGAAUAAUAAGAGUAAGAAUGAGCACUGUCAUUCUCAGAUAGAAUAAAUAACUAAUCCAAUACAAUCAAGGUAGCCUACAUCGUUCUUUUUAUUUAUAUAGAGAAAGAGAAAGUUUAACGCCCAUAUCUGUACUGUAAGCAGUUAUGCAAUCUGAAAUAAGGAUGUCUUAGCUAUGUCUGAGUAGGCUCAUUUUAACGAAAGAGUUACAGAGAUUUCUAUUCUUUCCAGAUUGUAAUUGUAGGUGAACGGUUUAAUUUGAAUCUCCAUUCUUGGAAAAGUUUAAUGAAAGCAUUUCAAAUAUAUAGGUGGCAGCUGUAUUAGAAAUUUUGAAAAUGUAUUAUAUGGUAUAGCAUUUAUUAAUGUUUCUUCUUUGACAAAACAGUUAUGUAUUCUUUUUGCUUUAUUUUCCUGACCCAUUUAUAGAAGUCAUUAGACCAAUUUUCAGCCACGAUUGUUUACUUGUUUUGCUGAACAGAUGCAUAAAUACAUUGCAUAUCUGUCAUAGUUCUUAUAAGGCUACGUCCCCAUUUAAAUAGAAAUCCCCUGAGUAUGAAAUUUAAAGGAACACUCCAUGCACAUGAUCAGUAUGGUGCCAAGGGUCCUGGUACCUUCCCAGGAUAAGCAGUGAAGCUGUGAAUGGUUUGAAAACAUACCAGGGGUCUAACAGGUACCAGCCAUAACCCCAGAAACUAUGUGCAAAGAGCUAAGCCAGCAAUGCACUAAAGAGUUAAGCUCCACAGUCAUUCCGCUCAAGAGCUUCUUGCUCCUAACGUCUGGGAUCGGAAACUGGCAUAUUCCAGGUAGGCUUUCCAACCUUUUGCAAUUGGUAUGACUACUUAACCUGGGAGUGCGCCAAGACACUCCUGGCACAAUUACAAUAACAAUGAGAGCGUGGUAUAGUGUUUAGGGUGCUUGGAGUGUUGCUUUAAGAAAUACAUGUGAAGCUGAACUGGGUAUUUAUUUUUUCACUGCAAAUUGAUAAUUUUUUUCUUCAUUUUCUUAAAGAGUUACUCAAGCACUAUUACUACUACAGUGUUUUGAAGUGGUCAUGGUGCUCUGAGUCUGUAUGUGCAGCAUUUCACUACUAAACAUUACAAAUAAAGAUAUAUGUUAUCUUGCUGCAAGAGCUCUAACUCCAACUUCGGGAGUAUUAUUAGUAUGCCAUUAUAUCAAUUCUGUGAAUAUUACAUGCACAUUCAUUAGAUAAAAGCAUUCAGCUGAUGAUCUCGGACAAUGAAUGACCUAAUGCACUAUAGGAGGAUUGGUGCCUGAUAGAGGCUUAGAUAAGAGGGCUAACCAUUGCAAAACUUUUUGUCACAUUACCGGACAACACAAAAUAUUUUUUCAUAAUGGAUCGGAACACAUGUUUGUAAUCUAAUUUAGGAACACAUGCUUGUAAUCUGAUUUUUUUGAAAAUCCACUUGGUUCAACUAACCAAUUCUUUUUAACAUCACAUUUUUCAUUUUUCCAGCAUUGAGAACUAUUAUUACUGGUAACUCUUGCAGGACUGGUUAGGCAGCCUUUCUUUAAACUCUAUGACAUCUUUAAACUCCAUGACUUAAAGAAGAUUGAUUCCUUAAAUUCAAAUCAAAAUGCUUAUGAUAUCUUUAAGCGAUCUGUAUGUAACUUGAGAAUAUAUAUUGCACAAUGCAUACCAUUUUUCAAUGGAAUGAUUAUCUUUAAAGAAAAAGCAAGACACAUAACAGAAUUGAUGUAUCUCUUGUGCAGAUACAUUCUGGUUCGGGACUGCUCUUAUGGAUAGGAUCAGUCUCAUGUACAACAAAUGGUAUAGGUUCAUUCUGUGAUGGCACAAGUGACCAAAAACAGUUUUGAGACCUGAGCUGUGAUUUUCCAAAAGGCUAGCUAUUGAGUUUCCCUAAGCUUUUGUCUGUUCUUAAAAAUCUCAUAUUCUCUGUUUUUCUUGCAAAUGACAGAGAAAACUAUUUUAUACAGACUUAAUUAGAUUAAAGCAUUAAUUAAUAAAUCACAUUCAGGGAGAUUUAUCAAAAUUACCUAAAAAAUGGUGCCUAGUGCUACAAAUAGGGGAAAUCGACAUGGAAAUUAGUAGCACCAUUAAAUGGACACUUUGCAGCAUAAUGUAUUUUUGUAUAUUUUUUUUAUUAUUAAAUGGAGUGCACGGGCAUACACCACAAUGUUGUACAAUGGGUGUCAUAUGUACUGAAAGGCUCCAUAAACUGUUCCAACUCAUGUGGCAACAGGAGACAAUUCUCCAGGAAUUUAAAGAUGCCUCCAUUAUAAAUCUGUACAAGAGUAAAGGGAACCGGCAAGCAGGUGAUACCUAUAGAGGUAUAUCCUUUCUCUAUAUCACAUAUAAGAUAUUUAUCAGGACCCUGCUGAGUCAUCACACAGCACACAUUGACCAGGCACUUCUGUCAUUGUGGAUUCUGGACGAUUCUGGGACCAAUGACAUGACAUUUGCUGUAAAACAACUGCAAGAGAAGUGUCAGGAGCAGAACUCCGAAAUGUUCUUAACCUAUGAUGACCUGACCAAGAUUUUUGAUACAGUUUGUAGAGAAGGCCUGUGGAACAUCAUGGCUAAUUAUAGAUGCCCAAGGAAGUUCAUUGUCUUGGUCCAACAACUACAUGAAAGCAUGCAUUCAUGGGUCCAGGAUAAUGGCGAGUCAUCUGAGAUGUUCCUGUUACAAACAGUGAAGCAGGGUUAUGUCCUAGCAUCUACACUUUUCAGCAUCAUGUUUUCUGCUAUGCUGACCAAUGCUUUCAGAGACUGAGACGUUGAAAUUGGCAUCAUGUAGUGCACUGACAGUCAUCUGAAGGAGGCUUCAUGCAAAAAACAAGAUAUCAUCUAUGAUUUCCUGUUUGUUGAUGAAUGUGCCCUUAACGCUCCCUCCGAAGUUGUCAUGCAUUGCAGUGCAGAGAAGUGUUCCAAUGCCUGCGCAAACUUUGGUAUAACAAUCAGAACAAAGAAGGCUGAAGUUCCGCAUUAGGGAAACCCUAUGUUGAGCCCAACAUCACCAUUGAUGGCUAGAGACUUAAUGUAAUGAACAGAUUCACUUACAUUGGGAGCAACUUGUCCAUUAACACCACCACAGACAAUGAGGUGAAUAUCAGGCUUGCUAGAUCUAGUGCAAUCUUUGGCAGAUUAUAUGCCAAUGUCUGUAAUAGAAGAGGUAUCACAACCCAAACAAUGUUAAAAUUAUACAGGGCGGUUGUUCUCCCCACACUGCUCUAUGCUAGCGAAAUUUGGACCGUGUAUCAGUGCCAUGCCUAAAAACUGAACUAUUUCCACACAACAUGCCUCAGUAAAAGGACAAGACAAGAUCCAGGACACUACUUAGCAUUUUUACCACCUUGAUACAGUCACAGUCAUGCUGAGCAGGGCAUGUAGUCUAUUUGUCAGACCAUUGGCUACAAAAGAAAAAAAGAUAAUUUUUUAUGGUGAGCUGCAGGACAGUGGUCCGAAGGGGUCAAAAGAAUAGACGUGCACCAGUGAAAUUUUCAUUUUGUAUGAAUGAUUUCGUACUAAAUAAAAAUGUAAUUCGGCAAUCCCGAAUUUCAUCCACAAACUAUUCAUUUUCGAACGAAAUUCCUUAAAAAUAAUUUGUUUUCGUCUGUUAGGACAAAAGCAAGGAGGGAGCCGGCAGUGCUACCAGCUCCCUCCUUGUAAUAAAUAACUAUUCCUACACCCCCUGCAUUAAAACCAGUGGGGGUCACUAUGACCUCAUAUUAAUAAAAGGGAGGUUAAAUGCAUGACCCUACUUGCUGUAUGCCGGGAGUAGGGGCAUGUCGCCUAAACAAAUUUAAAAGUACUAGUGAUUGGGCACUAGUGCCAUAUUGCUGCCCUGUCACUAGUGCACUAAGGGGGGACCUGGCACAGGUUAAAUCCUGCCGCAUGCCCCUAUCUGUAGCAGGUCCCCCCGUGUAGUAAGGGCAUGUUGCCUAAACAGCGAACUGUCAUUUAAAACUGAAUAUAAAAAUCAGUAUCUUAUAGACAUGUGCAUUCAUUUUCGUACGAAUAUGAUUUCGUCUGAAAAUUCUGUUUUUUUCAUAUUUGUUUACUAAAACAUAAACAAAAGUCCUACAAACGAAAUAUAAACAAAACGAAAUGGCAUUACCUUUUCAUUUUGUUUUGUUCAUUUAAUAAAACAAAUUUAAUAGACCCCGUGCUGCAGGGGAAUUAACCCCCAUAGCACGAAGAAAUAACACUGCGCAAGCGCGAAAAAAAAACAAGGAGGGAGCCAGCAGCGUUACCAGCUCCCUCCUUGGAAUAAUAUUAAUUCCUACUCCCCCCAUUAAAACCUAUGGGGGUUGCUACUAUAUAUUUAACACUAAAUAUAUAUAUAUAUCAGUAUGGGGGUCACUAUGACCCCCUUAUUGAUAAAAGGGAGGUUAAAUCCUCCUGAAUGCGCCUACUCGCGCCAUGCCGAGAGUAGGGGCAUGUCGCCUAAACAAAUUUAAAAAUACUAGUGACUAGGCAGCUAUUGCUGCCCAGUGGCUAGUGCAAUAAGGGGGGACCUGGCACAGCCAUACUGAUUUAUAUUUAGUGUUAAAUGACAGUCAUUAGUAGUUUUACAUUUUAGUUAUAUUCUGUUUCCCACCCUGGGCUGAAAAGCAACCAAUCACAGUGUUAUGAGUCAAAUUACGCAGCAUGGGAAAAUUCCAAAUAUCUUUCCCAUGCUGUGUAAAAUGACACAGAGCACUCUGCUCACUGUCAUUUAAAACUGGAUGUAAAUGUAUCUUGUAUAGAAGUGUAAAGAGUACAGUGAGAGUAUGUGUAAAAAAAUAGCUAUUUAGAUCAGUAGCACAGCCUUAUUGUGUUACUGAUCUAAAUAGCUACUUUUUCAUUUUGCAACAUAUAGUUUUUGCUAUAACUAUUACACGUACUCAUAAGCUAUAUAAGAUACUGAUUUUUAUAUUCAGUUUUAAAUGACAGUGAGCAGCCACUGGCUGCUCGCUGUUUAGGCGACAUGCCCCUACUACAUGGGGGGACCUGGCACAGGUAGGGGCAUGCAGCAGGAUUUAACCUGUGCCAGGCCCCCCCUUAUAGCUGCCCAGUCAUUAGUAGUUUUAAAUUUGUUUAGGCGACAUGCCCCUACUCGCGGCAUGCCGCAAGUAGGGGCAUGUGGGAGGAUAUAACUUCCCUUUUAUUAAAAUGGGGGUCAAAAUGACAAUAUGGCAAUGUUAUUCUCCGUGCUGCGUGGGUUAAUUCUUCUGCAGCACGGAGUCAUUUAAACGAACAAAACUAAUUGAAAAGGUAAUGCAUUCGGCAUUUGUCCUUUCCUAUACAAAUAUGAAAAAAAACGCAUUUUUGGACAAAAAUGAAAGCACGUAUCUACAAAAGAAGCACUUCUCUCAAAGUCACCCUCAAAGCAUUUAACAUCAGCUAUGACUCUUGGGAAUAGAGAACAAUGAAUCAAAUGACAUGACACUCUUUCGAGUAAAAAAGGUGCUGACUCAUGAGAGGCCAAAAGGAUGGCUGCAGCAGAACAAAAGAGGCAAGCUAGAAAAGCUUGGGCCAGUAAUCCUGUCGGAGUUGUCCUCCAUCUGUCAUCUGACAUUCCAUGCAAGAAUUGGCCUUGAUAGCUAUAUGCGCACACACAAAUGGAACCUGCACUAGCAAUUCAUGGAUUACUUCGUCAAAUCGAUAGACGAAAAACAUGUACAUGUAUAUGUGUAUGUAUGCAGUACAAGAGAAAUACUGUUUGUAUAGAAUAGUGCAGGCAAUGAUUUCUUGCAGCAUGAAGUCAAAAUUUCAGAGCUCAUCUGUUAAGAAGUCAGGUUGAGUAACACUCACAAAGAUAAGGAAAUGACAGCACUGGAUUGAGAUCUUGGUGAGUCAUAUUGCAUUGUAUGUAUUGUUACAUUGAAUACAUUGUAAAUCUGUGAUACAGGAUGCCUUCAAUGUAUCUGGGGCUGAUUUAAGAAAACUUGUUUUGUUAGAAUUCUGUGUAUGUUUUGUUUACGUAUUGUACAGUGCUUUGGAAUAUGUUGGUUCUAUAUAAAUAAUUUGAAUUGAAAAAUAGAAUUGUAUUUUAAAUACUUAUAUCUCUCAAGUCUGUCACCUGAUGGUUAAUGAUAUUUUAUGUUGUACGCCAUUUUGCUUGUAAUUCCCCAUUGUUAUCCUACUUUAGUUUUGUUUUGUUUUUAAACAUUAUUGUCAGUGGAAUGUAUUAUGUCCUAUGUCAGUAGAAGGUUCAGGUCCUGUGUCGUGUUAGUCUUCAAUAAACAAAUAAUCCCACACACCAUAAAUAUUAUGAAAAGUUUAAUUUCCAUCAGAUUAUGACAAACACAAACAAAAAUUAACUACAAACUAAUUACUUGUUUUAAUGCUUAGAAAGUCUAUUCUUUUCACAGGUUAUACAAGACCUUAGUUGGGAGAGAUUGACAAAGAGUACCAUCAAUAAUGAAAGUAGCAAUAAUUGGAGCUGGUGUCAGUGGUCUUGCUUCAAUUAAAUCCUGCUUAGAUGAAGGUUUAAAUCCCACUUGUUUUGAAAAGAGUGAUGACAUUGGUGGACUAUGGAGAUAUACGGUAGGUAUACCCUAAAUGUAUGUGAAUGUCACUUUGUGACACUUUCUCACAAAUGGAACCAAAGAUGCUUACAGGAUUUAGCUAGAUAUUUAGCUUUUUAGUAAUUUCUUGUAUAAAAUUUUUAAUCAACGUCCUUUUUAGUUAUGUAUUACAAUUACUUAAAAAAUGCUAAUUUUAAAAAAACCUUUGCCUUCAAUGUUUUGUAAAAAGCGUUUGCACAAGAUGUAACCAUGGGGUAUAAAAAAGGCAACUAUUAAUCAAAAACACAAUAAGUUAAUACAUGCCUUUUCAUGACUGUGUUAUAUUCACAGUCGUUUGACUAUUUGCACCUUUACUACUUAGAUGAUUAUGCUAUGUUUUCAGCCAUUUGAUUAUUUGCUGUGUUAUAACUUAAUAUUGUAUUGUGUAUUGUGACAGGCAAGAUAUGUUUCUAGUCUUCAGACUAUUCUUUUUUUUGCACAUUCUUAAGUGCAGAGGUAUAUAAACAGGUCAGCAAUGAUGUAUUAUAGAAUCAUAAGCUGUAUAAAAAAAACAUGAAACAAACCCAGCAUGUCAAGAUCCUCUGCAGAUUAAAAAAUAUAUAAAACAUGAAAUAUAAACAGAUUUGGUAUCUGUGUUCUAGCUGUAGGCAAAAUAGACUAGGUAUAAGACUGAGACACUGAGAUACUGAUCAGUGAUAUGUACAAACAUAAGCAAAAAAAGGGGGAUGAUCUGCUGAACCAAUCAUAAAUAAAACAACAUAGCGUAUAACUGUGUAUGAUGAAAAAUUGUAGAAGUUAUAUUCACAAAUGGCCACUCACACUUUUGCUGAAGUUUGCAAGCCUUGAAUAUUUUCCUUUUCAAAAUAGGAAUUCCAAAUCCUCGGUCUGGGUUAAAAUCUCUCCAGAAGAUUUGGAAUUCCUAUUUUGAAAAGGAAAGGAAAAGGAAAAUAUUCAAGGCUUGCAUACUUCAGCAAAAGUGUGAGUGGCCAUUUGUGAAUAUAACUUCUACAAUUUGUCAUCAUACACAGUUAUACGCUAUGUUGUUUUAUUUAUGAUUGUUUCAGCAGAUCAUCCCCCUUUUUUUGCUUGUGUUGUGUGGAAGACAAGAUGAAGUCUUUUGGGAUACUAUUGGAAAUCUUAUCCUAUACAGGAAAGUUCCUUUCUGUUGAUAUAAAUUAAGCACUUAUUAGACUGUGGUGGGUGUUCACACAUAUUGUUUCUUUCUGUACAUAUGUACAAACAUGCAAGGCAAACAUUAGUGGUAAAAAAGUACUGGAGUCAAGCCAACCGUACUCAUCCAAUCUUUUAACAAAAGGAAAGCAAAUAAUAAUAGACGGACAGGGGGGAUUGCUCUGCAAAAAUAAUAUUACUUCUCAUGGAGGCUAGAAAAAAACCACAGCAGGACAUAAAAAAAGACAUGUGCGAUAGCAUAGGAAUUGUUGACAUGCUCAGGCUAGUGCGCAAUGUAUGCAUUUAAAACCGGAAGAUGGUGCCAAUUUAGCCUAAAAUAUCAUCGAAGCGAAGCACUAAUUAAGUGUAAAACCAAUUAGGCAUGGGUAGCGUCCCUAGUAGUUUGAUACAGUUACUAGAGAUCAGCUUAACUGGGCAAAGCAACACAUGUGAAAGCAAUAUAAAAUAAACAAAAAUAAAAUAUAAACCUUGAAGCCUACAAUGCUAGUGGAACAUAGAGGAUAUGGAUAAAGUACAUUAGUGGCUCCCACACUAAGAGUGCUCUUAUGUCUUACACCAAUACCCCAGCUCACUCACAGAGUCACAGAACAAGAGUAAGUCCCAGUCAUACAGAGUAGGCCACAUUGCUGGCCCCGGGUUCCACAAGAGCCCAUGUGCAUCUUUCAUUGGCCUGAUCACCCUUGGCACCAAGAGCAGAGUCCCAAGAGGCUGCAACCACACCUUGAUGUUGAUAGCUUCCCCUCAGGGGAUAUGUGAUGUGCACUGGUGUUGUUCCCCCCAAGUUCUCCAGGAAAGCAACUGUGAGCAUCGGACUGCCCCGGAGGCAUUCAGGCAACAGCUGUGCAGGAUCUCCCCCCUCGCUUCUUGCGAUUUCCAAGGGUGCGAGUGGUCGUCCGACAAGAUAGGUGGAAGGUAAGUAUAUGGUGGAUGCAAAGUCCCUGACCUAGUCGUUGACUGCAGUGGCCUUCGGAUUAGUGGUUAUAGUGUUGUGCUUGUCAACAGUUUUUAUGUCAACAGUUGGUAGGGAGGGACAUUUUGACAUUUCUCAAUUGCUUGGUGCAUCAGCCGCCGAUCGCCUAGGUGGGGGUUCCCCCUCAUUCAUCAGCAGGUGUUGUGAGGGCAUUGGGAAGUCCUUUUGUCUCUCUGCUAUGUGGUGUAGAAAGAUGUCGAAAGAUUUGAAGAUGUCAUCCAGCAGUUGGAAGGUGUGUUGUGGCUGGACCAAUGCAGGAGGACUAACAACGUUUUCCGCCAUGUUAGGGGCCAAAAGCCUCUAUUGGUGUUGCUGCCAUGGGGCUCAAGAGCUUUCCCCAGGGACCAAGAAAAGGUUAACAGCAAUGUCACCACACAGGCUAUGUCCCAUGACCCAGACAAUGUCUAGAAAAGGUGAUCUUCAAAAACUCAGUAACCAAGUCAGUAGAAGACUUGUGAAUGCACAACAUGAGUUUGCUUAAACGAUAUGGUGAAAUGGUUUUUGGUCAGGUGAGACCUAGAGAGUGUUUUUUUAAACACAAUUCAAUACUGCCAUAUUAAAAAAAUAAACAAAAGAAAGCAUUUUUCUUACAAUGAAGUAUAUUUGUGCCAGCAUCAUAUUCUUGGAGUACUUUUUACCAUUAGGACAUGGGAAUCACCUGAAAAUUGGAAGAAAAGGAAGAAUGGAUGAAGCAAAAUACAGAGCAACACUGCGGGAGGACCUUCUUUGGUCUGAUAAAAAAAAAAAAAACCUGAAGAAAGUUUAUCUUUUAGUAGUAAAAUGAUCCUAAGCAGAAGUCAAAAGCAUCUUUAGAAUGGCUCAAGAACAAAAACAUGAAUAACCAUAAAGUCCUGGUUUUAAUCCUGUAGGAAUCAAUGGCAAUAGGUUAAAAUUGCAGACACCCAAUAAACCCGAACAACCUGGAGCAAAUAUUGCUCCCAGUCACCAUAUAAGGCUAGUAGAUAUUUCCAGCUAUAGACUUUAUGUGCCUCAACUAAAUAUUAAUACAAGUGGUUGGAAUGCAUAUGUAAGAAGCAUGUUUUAGUUAUUUUACCACAUUAAUUACCACAUUUUGGUUUUAACAUUUCUACAACAGCUGAGUUUACAAUGAAAAUCUUUUUUUAUAUGUAAUAUUUGUCAUUAGAAAAACUUGAUAAUUUUUAAGCAGUUUAAAUACUUUUGAUAGAAUCUGUAUAUGUGUUAGUUGAGAGGGUAUGCUUUGAUGGCUUCAAUGUAAUUUUUUUAAAUAAAAUGUAUGUAUUUAUGGAUGCAUUCCAUUUUUGCUACAGUUUUACUUCCCAGUCAGAUAUGGUAUAAUAUCCAUGCAUAUUUUUUAUAACUUAGCUUUGUGUUGGGUUAUUUUUUUCUCCACCUAUUUUAACAUUUUAUUUUUCUUAUAAAUGUAUCUACUUUUUAUAUUCAUGUUUUAAUUCUUGACAUGCUUUUUUAAACGGUGAAACUUAGAAUGCAUGAUUGUAUUUAAAUUUAACAAAUCAUGUCCUUUGGUAGGCAUAAAACCUAUUGCAAAUGUUCUACCACGUCAGGUCAUUCUAAAACAUUUUUUGUGUUUUUAAAAAUGAUUUUUUUUUUCAUUUAGUGAUAUUUUUGUAAAUAUAUUAUCACAAUAUUCAAAUAAUAUGUUAAUAUUUAGCUUCUUUCAUUUUUUUUAAAUUCAUUGUAUUAAAUGUCAUACAGUUUUUGAUGUUAAUCAUUAAUGUUUUUCUUUGUCUUUUUGAUAAAGUAUUACUCAUUUUCUAACUAUGACUUUUCUCACUGUGACAUUUAUAACAGCCACAUAUUGAAAAUGGCCGGGCCAGCAUAUAUCAAUCAGUCGUCACUAACACCAGUAAAGAAAUGAUGUGUUUCAGUGACUUUCCAUUUCCAGAAAACUCCCCCAACUUUCUUCACAAUACUAAACUUCUGGCCUAUUACAGGGCAUACGCAGACCAGUUUGACCUACUUAAACACAUCCAUUUCAAGGUAAAUUACAUUUCUCAACUGCAUUUGUCUUCUGUAAAAGUGACUGCUGAUGGGAAUGGAUCCAUCUUCUAUAUUGUUUGAUGUAGCAUCUCUUUUUUCGGGGUUAUAUUUGUGAUUACAGUGGCAUGUAUUACUUUUUCUUGGUCAAUGUUUUGAAUGCAUUAAUAUUAGACUCUGGGGCAAGAAUAUGAAUACAUCCAAUGUUACCAGUUAUAGUGGGGAUUGCUCUUUAUCUUUAUGAUGGCUCUUUAUCUGUAUAUUAAAUAAAACAGUGAUUGCUUCCAAGUUAGUUUUUUUCUAGAUGUAAUGUGUCUAUUAACUAUUAUGGGGUUGGAACUUACCAACAUAGGAAGUUCUUGUGAUGACAAUAAGGGUGAAAACUAAAGAUCGUAGAUAAAACAUGGCUCCAAAGCACAGUUUGAAACAUGUUUAACGUAAAAUCUAAUUUCACUUCUAGAUGACUUAUUAGUGAACACUAUAUCCAAAUAGAUUGUUGAGUUUAGUGCAUAUAUUGGGUGGAUCCGGCAUACAUUUGUGAAUCAUAAUUCGCGGGUCAAUUUAAAAAAUUAAAAGAAGUAUCAUUACAGGCUUACCAAACUUUAAACUACAGAGCUCAAAGAAAUAUACCAAAUCCACUCACUUACAUGUUUCCCAUAAUGAUACAAUUCAGAAAAGUAACUACAUAUCAAAAUUUAAGUUUUUGUUUUUUACUUUCAUUAACAGUUCUAUACUUGAGAAUUGGCAAUCGUUUUUAUGUAUUGUUUCAGACUCUGGUGUGCAGUGUAAAAAAAUGUCCUGACUUUCUCUGUACUGGCCAGUGGAAUGUUAUCAUAGAAAAGAAUGGAAAACAGGAAACAUUAAUCUUUGAUGCUGUAAUGGUCUGUUCUGGGCACCAUGAACAACCAUUUUAUCCAUUGGAAUCCUUUCCUGGUGAGAUGAAAAAUCACUAACAUUUAGUUGAAUUAAAUCUUAAAACUAUUCCAGAUAUGCUCUUUGGAAUGCAUGCAUGCCAUAUCACAAAUAAACUGAAGACUGCUGAAUACACACAUGCAUAUAUACACACACAGCCUGCUGAGUACACAGACAGACUGCUAAAUACAUACACACAGACUGCUACAUAUACACACAGACUGCUGACUACAUACAUAGACUGCUGAAUAUACACAGACUGCUAAAUACACAAAGAGACUGAUGAAUAUACAUAGAGACUGCUAAAUACACACACAGCCUGCUAAAUACACAAAUGGACUGCGGAAUAACUAUAGAGACUGCCAAAGACACACAGAGACCACUGAAUACACACACACAGACUGCUAAAUACACAUAGAUACACAAAUACACACAUAACACACAAACACAGACUGUGAAAUACACACACAGGCAGACUGAUGGAUACACACAGAAUGCUGAAUUCAUACAUAGACUGCUUAACAUGCACAGACUACUGAACAAACAUACAGACUGAUGAAUACACACAGACUGCUACAAACACCCACACAGACUGCUGACCACACACACAGACUGCUGAAUACAUACACAGACUGCUGAACACACACAGACUGCUAAACACACUCUCAGACUGCUGAAUACACUCACUCAGACUGCUGAAUACACACAAAGACAGGUGAAUAAACACAGAUUGUUGAAUUAACACACAGACUGCUGAAAACACACACACAGGCUGACUGUUGUGAGGGAUGCAGUGUUUGUGAUGGGUGUAGUGUGUAUGUGUGUGUCAGGGUGCAGUGUGUGUGUUGGGGUGCAGUGUGUAUGAGGGGUGCAGUGUGUGUGUGAGAGGUGCAGUAUGUGUGUGGCAUUCAGUGUGUGUGGGGUGCAAUGUGUGUGAGGGGUGCAGACUGUGUGUGUGUGGAAUGCAAUUUGUGUGUGUGCGUGUGUGUGGUGCAAUGUGUGUGUGGGGGGUGCAGUAUGUGUGUGUGUGAGUGUAGGGUGUGUGUGAGGGGUGCAGUAAGUGCAAAGUGUGUGAGGGGUUCAGUGUGUGCAGUGAGUGUGAGGGGAUUAGGAUUAGGUGUUUGUGUGUGUGUGUGUGUGUGUUUGUGUGUGUGUGUGUGUGUGUGUGAGGGGUGCUGUGUAUGUGUGAGGGGUGCAGUGUGUGGGGGUGUGAGGGGUGCAGUGUGUUUUUGUGUAUGAAGGCAAAGUAUGAGUGUGUUAGGAUUGAAGUGUGUGUGAGGAGUGCAGUGUAUGUGUGUGAGGGCUGAUGAGUACAGUGUGUAAGGGGUCCAUUGUGAGUGUAAGGGAGGAUAAGGGAGAACAUGUAUAUUUUAUUAUGAUUUUAUAAAAAAUAUAAUAAUGCUCCCCCCCUUUGGCAAAGGGGGGGGAGGCAAUCCCUGCAAGCCUUAAUGGUCUGGUGGUAGCGAGGGAAGGUUCCUUUACUUCUACCACGAACAAAGUGCUGGGUCGAAAUGUUGCCAUGGUAAUGUGCGGCAACACUCUGACCUUCCUGCUCGUGAGAGGAACACAGAGCCUCCUGGGUCCUACUUUCCUCCUGUCUUCUCACCUAACAAAGUGCAAGUGGGCCAGUGAGGAAGAUCUUUGAUCUCCUCAGUGGCCUAAGAAAGUGUUAUGGACCAAAAACAAAACAGAGACAGAACGUAAAUGCAAAACACCUUUAUUAAAAAAUUGCAAAAAAUGAGAUAAAACAAAAACAAAUUCCAGGAGGCAAGCAGGGGUCAGUCACCAAAGCAGGUAGUCAGAUGAGCCGGAAUCAGGAUAAUGGAAAGCAGCAGAGUCAGGAACCAGGCCAAAAGUCAGGAACCAGGAAUACACAGGAAACAGUAAGUCUUCUGGAAAACAGGUAACCACGCAAGGGCAAGGAAGUACUGGCACUUGCUGCUUAUAAGGGCCGCACUGAUUAGCAACAGGGCUGGCUACUAACAACCAGGUGAGUAACUGUGGAAACAGUAAUGAAGGAGCUGUUCAUUAAAGGCAGCUGAAUAUCUCAGACACAGAGAAUGGAAGGUUUGCUGUUUAAAAUAGCAGAGAAACCCUGACAGGCACACAGUAAGUAAUGAAGUCAGACUGUGCUAGGAGGAAGUGACUGCCUUUGUCACACCUCCCAGCUUAUGUAGAGCCCACACGAGAGGAAGAGGAGGAGAGGAGAACUCUGGGAACUCUGACACCCAUCAGCCUGAGCCACUGGACCCCAGGGAAGUCACCCUCCUGCAUCUAAUAGGUAGUAAACAGGAGGGUGCAUGUCUGACUGAUUCUUUGUGUGUGUGGGUCUUUCUGUAUGUGUGUGUGUGUGAUUGUUUCUGUGUGUGUGUGUGUCUGUAUGCAUGUAUGUAUGUAUGCAUCUAUGUAUGUAAGUGAACAGAGCCAGCAGAGAAGAUGAAAGGAUUUUCCCUGUCAGCCCAUGGGCAUUGCUGUGGGGUCCCUAUGCUGGUAGGGCCCCUGGGCAAUUGCCCAGCAUUCCCAUGCGGUAUGAUGGCCCUGUCUUUAAUUUACUCAAACUUCAACACCAUGUAACAGCAAAGGUGGUGGGGUGGAGUUUUUAAAUAUCAUCUAGUGCUACUUCAAACCACUGCCCCCUGUUUUUUACUCUCCUUUUCUUCGUUUGAAGUCCACUCAAAUACACUUGUUCAAACCCAACUCUACUUGCAUUUUUGUUACACAUCACUCCCUGACUUCCCUCUUAUUUUUCUAAUUUUUCUGCCUUCCUUUCCCACUUAAUGUCCUCUAAUACUCAAUAUCUCAUCCUUGGGGUUCUUCAACAUUCCAACUAACUCAUCUUUUUUUCUCAGUAACUUCUACAUAUAUUUUCAUUACAUCCUCUUUUGCACCUCUUAUACUCCAUUUUCUGUCUAAAAUGACUACCUCAUACUAUAUCUUCUAAUAUUACCCUCACUCAACAUCCUCAAACUUUUUCUAAGCUCAGCAGGAACUUUAAUUUUCAUGACCUUGUCUAAUUGUUUUGCUAUCUUGUAUCCAUGAGACAACUAGCUUUGACUUAUUUCUCCAGCCCGGGUGUCCCUGUAGACACAAGACAGUGACACUUAUCCCCAGAGUGCUGGCAGAACCAAAUGUAUUACUUUGGUGUAUAUUUUAGAGUUAACUUUAUUAGGCAAUAGAUGCUCAUCUGUUAGCACUACUUAGUUGUGGUUCCCCUUGCCUGGAAUUAGGAUAACCUGCUUGCAACAUUAUUGCUCUUAGGUUUUGUACUGUUUCACUAUAGUACUUCCAUGCUUUUUACACUUUGCCUACCUAACCUGUAUACUCAGUUGGAUCUACCAGCUUGUCAAAGAGCCAUCAUUACCUUAAUUAGAGUAUCCUUCGAUAAUUAGGAUUAGGUUCCGUAUCUACAUUAUGUAGACCUUAACACCACUGUAUAUAUUUUGUAUAUAUCUAGUUACUUGUUUUUGUUGUCUAUUUUCACACGUGUAAAUAAUAUUCUGUUCACACUAGAUCUAGUUCUCACUCAGUUUUCACGUUUUUAUGUCAAUGUGGCAGUAGUAUAUCGAUUCUGCUCUCUUUUAACUAAUACAUUUCCACUCUUAAACAUAUAUCAAAUAAAGGUUAAGUUUUAUUCCAUUUCUACUUAGUGAUCAUGGUAUUUUUCCAGUCUUUGGAUGUGUGUAGUGUAGUGUAUUCCAAUCUGUGUAUGUGUGUAGUGUAGCGAUUAACAUACCAUUAUUAAUUCUUAGGCAUAAAAAGAUUUAAAGGCGAAUAUUUUCAUAGUCGACAAUACAAGAACUCACAUGGAUUUGAAGGAAAAAGAGUUCUCAUAGUAGGAAUGGGAAAUUCGGCUGCUGACAUUGCUGUUGAAAUCAGUCGAACUGCUUCUCAGGUAACAUUCUUUCCUUUCCUUUGUUUUUAUUUCUUUUCUCUCUCUUUCUCUCUCUCUCUCUCUCUCUUUCUCUUUCUCUCUGGAAGGGUGACAAUAGUGUUGAAUAUUUUCUUUUUUUAAACUUUUUGCCUGAAAUUGGAUUGAUGAAAGCUAAGCUUGUGCAUGGCAAGAAGAUUUGGUUUGGUCAGAACAUUUUUUUUUUUAAAUAAAUAAAUAUUCUGGAUGGCCAAACAUAUGUCUGUUUAGCUCGACAGAAUUUCAGUACUGGAAAACUGAUAUGGGAAAUGAAUCAGGCGAACCAAUGGGCAAUUGUUGUACUGCAAAAUAUAUACAUAAUAUAGUAUUACAUAUCUAUUUUGCAGUACACUGAGGAACAUUUUAUCUCCAUUUUGUGCACAGAUCAAGUGGGAAAAAAGUAACCAACAAAUGGAUAACAGAAGGAGCAGUAAAUAUAUUAUAUAUGUAUAUAAACAUAUACAUAUAGAGUUUUUAUUGUUUCACUUAUCCUUCUUUUUCCUCUUUAUUUGUAACUUCUCACUUGAUCUGUGAAUAAAAUAUUCAUUAAAGUGAGCAUUCGAGGUGAAUUCAAAGUGAAUUUAAAAUGUUUUCACAAUUCCUUGUUAAAAUUGUAUUAUUUCAACCAAUAUUAUUGGAAGAGUUGUAUAACAGAUUAUUACUUAUUGCCACACACUACCUUCCUGAUUCGUAUUCUUGUUGCUUCUUUAAAAUUAUCAAAACUCAUCGUUGGGGGUCUUGGUCGAGGUGAAUAUUAGUGAUGUAACAAUACGAGGAGUGGCAGCUGAGCUAGUCCAAAUUUGGGUACCAAGAAUGUAGCACAAUACAUUACACUUUGCAUGUUAAUCGUAUCUAUAGCUCACCUAAAUAAACAGUAUGUGCUAUGUUAGAAAAUAACCUUAAUUCGUGAUUGUUUCACUUUAAUACAUAUUUAGUCCUUUUUUCCUUUUUUAUGAACCUCCCAUGACUACUUAACUAAACGUGUAUACCCUCAGUUUCAUAUAUAAAUAAUUUAAUUAUCUCACUAAAUAUUUGACACUUAAUAAUUUACUCCAUCCUAAAAACAUUUUGAUAUUUUGUUUAUUUGUCCAAAAAAAUUAUUUUUAAAUUUAAAUGGAAACCUAGUCUGAGUGACUUCUGGCACGAAUUAUUGACAGUAUAUUUUUCAAAGCGUUUUGUAAACAUUUCAAGAUGAUCUUUUUGAGAACAGAUGCUUGUUCUUAAUAAACAUUUUCUAAACUGCAUUAACUAAUGAAUUUAGUUUGAAUACAAGUAUUUCAACAACAGAUUAAGGUACAGGUACUACUUGCCCAACAUUGUACCUGCUGGCAUGGUCUAUACAUUUGAGAAAAUUAUAUGGACUUAUGUUAGAUCAAUUGUUAAACAUAUUUUUAUCCAAAUUACCAAAUUUUUCCCUAUUCUGGCAGGUCUUACACUAUCCUAACCUUAAACUACUCUUAUAAGAUUGACCCAUUGUUUCAAUGGGCAGAUCAUGUUUUCAAAUGCUGUACUGUAAAUUGGGUGGCAUAAAGCACAAAAACUGUAAUGCUGUAACUCUAGGUUAGAGCGAUGGAACUCUGAUGCAGGGAACAGCACUCCCUUACUAACAGGACCCUCAGGAGAGGCCUGGAACUGGAGAAUGAGUUCUGAUAGGUUUGCAGAAUCACUGGGGCUUUAAUAUAGAGCAAUAUAUCUAACGAGGGGCGAGACAAAGGCAUAGUCAGGAGGUCCAUAGGUCAGGCAGAGAAGUAAUAGAGUCAGGAAAAAAGCCAAAGGUAAUUGGCCAAUAGAGACAACUGUGGAGGUGGGGUAAGAACAGGACAAUAGCACACCACGACAGUAGCAAGCUGCAAAACAUCAAAGCAACUACUGGGAUGAGAGCUGUUUUUUUUUAGGUCAAUAGGGUCAUAUGACCGGUUCUUACCUGUAGGUGGAGUCCAAGUAGUUUCCAUAAAUUAAGCCCAGAACUCUGCAACAUAUUGGAUGCUUCACUGUCCCUUCUCUUUUCCACAACUGAAUCCACUGCUGCUCCAUGGUCCUUCAGGGGCACCACAUUAUGUUGGCCAUUUUGGAUGUGGUGCUGCUGACACAGGCACCCUGCCAGCAUGCCUCACUGGAAGGGCAGCAGUGUGCUGAGAUGGAGCAACAGAGGCCAGGACCACCAUGGCCCUACCUCAUGGAUGUCAUGCCUAAGCACAGGUAAGUACUACCAGGCAUGACAAAUGUAUAGUGUGACUAACACUGAUACUGUCCUUGAGGCGUGCCUAAUUUCAGUUAAGCAACUGGAUAUGUCUGCCAUUAAUUUAAUCUCUCACUGGUGACUAAUAUGCUGGGAGAGAGGAUGGGGUGACAGCAAGUAAUUAAGCAUUUCUCUCCAACUUCUCACCGAUCAUAACACUAAAGUGAAAGGUGCCAAAGUAAGAGCAUCUCAGGUUUAAAUUCCAUUACCAAUGGAUAUAGCAUUAAUUAACUCAUAUCUCCUAGACUGAAAACUUGUUUGAGCAGGAUCCUCGUUGCCUAUUAUAUCUGUCAACAUAAUUUUGUUUGUCAAUUAGGUGCUGUAAUAUAUUCCUGUUUUAUAGUGAUAAAGGGCUAUGGGAUAUAUUGGCACUACAUAUGUGAUAAUAAUACAUUAUUAAUGUCCAUGUAGGUGUUUCUCAGCACUAGAAGAGGAGCAUGGGUAAUGAGCCGUGUCUAUGACCAAGGUUUCCCUUGGGAUAUUUGUUUUGACACAAGAUUUCAGAACUGGAUCAGGAAUACACUUCCAACUCCAAUUAUUGGCUGGUUGACAGAGAAGAAAAUGAAUACAUGGUUUGAUCAUGCAAACUUUGGUCUUCAGCCUUGUGACAGGUACACUGCAAGUGGUACUGCGCCAUUAGACUAUAUUUGCACGUAACAAAUAUUUGAAGUUGGAUGAAAUCUCUAUAGUUGCACAUUGUCAAGGUUCAUAAUGAGGUUAUAGACACAUGAAUUAUGUAAUUACAUUGUCUAUGUUGAAUGAAGACUAAAGUACAUCAAGUUCAAUGCUCAAGCCCAUUUUUAUACUAUUUAUAAAGGUAAAUGUGCAAUAAAAAAAAUUAAAUGGGUUCCAAAAUAUGGUGAUCUUAAAAGGGGUAUGCAAGUAGAUUUUUCUAGAAGACCUCAUAAAAUGCUUACUCGCUCUUAAUGAAAAACUCAAAUUAUGGUAUAGUUUAUUAUAUAAAUGUGCACAAUAUCUUUGAUUAUAAUUAUGGAAAUGAAACACUAUAGAUUGCUAAUUUGACUGUUUAUUACAAAGAUAUUUUUAACUUGAAAACACAUAUUUUGCUUUUCAGCCACACAGGGUGUGUGCAUCUUCAUGCAUCUUCAUAUAGCUUAUCUGCCUGUGAUUAAGUGUAAGAACUUUUCUACUUUAGGUUUCUUUAAAUGUGUAGCAUUUUAAAAAUGUACUGGAGAACUGGAUAUCAUUUUUUUUUCAAGGGACCAACAUUUUCAGGAACAUAUUGGAAUUCACCUUAACUUCUUUGAUCUUCAAAACCAUUGUACACUAUAUGAAUGAAACUGUUAUAAACAGAAAAAAAAUUAUUAUGAAGACCGCAAAACAUCAUAGCCACUGCAGUCUGCUGUUGUAGUUAUUAUACCGUUCUCACGGUAAUCUGUCAAAGAUUUUCACACAGUUUGACACUACCCUAAGUCUUGCAUUGUCCAUGCUACUUUCCGUUUUCUCAGAGAUAUAGAAACUGGAUAUCAAUUUAUUACAAUACCAGAACUCCUUCAUUGGCUGAGAACACUUAGCGGAUAUCCUGAGUCAAUGACUGCACAUUUACAUCAGCAUCUGGCUUAUCCUGCCUGAGAGGACCAGAAGCAGUAAGUCUGUAUGGUGAGACCAAGGUAAGUGCCAAACUGUGCAAAAACAUUUUGACAGAUUAUGCUGGAAUGACCCUAGGGCACUCAAGCCACAUUGUUUAUCUACAUUUCUACUACUAAACAUAUAAUAUGUUCAAAAAUCUAUAGAAUAAAAUAUAAACAAAAAAAAAAUAAAUGUCUAGAUUGUAGGUUAGACCAAUUGCAGGUUAAAUAUUGCUGGGUCAUUAUAGAGUAUAGAAAAACAUUAUGCACAUUUAAAACUUACAUUGGAUGCUUUCAGGAUUAAAAAACAAAACAAAAGAUUUCUUUAUGCUAGCAAAACCUCCUCUGCAGAGAAUGCUAAUUGGAUAUAUGCUAAUAUACUAAAUUUUGAAUUGAAUGGAAUCAAUCAGGUUAUUUAAAAUUUUAGGGCAACAAAUAUGAAUUGGGAAGACAUUUCCAACUCAUUUGGAAAUUUUCAAUAUACCGUACUGAUGUCCUGAUAACUAACAGUUUAGAAAAUAACCCUCUUAGUUUUACAUCAUAAUGUUCAUAUGUAUACAUUUUAAUAUCUUCUUACAAUUCCACUUUUUUUAUAGAACCCAGUUUAAAGAGCCUUUGCUGAAUGAUGAAAUUCCUAGCCGUAUAACAUGUGGGUUUGUGACAGUGAAGCCAAACGUGAAGGAAUUCAGUGAAACUGCAGUGACAUUUAAUGAUGGAACAGUUGAGGAAGACAUUCAUGUAAUCAUAUUUGCAACAGGAUAUGCAUAUUCUUUUCCAUUUCUGGAUGAGUCACUGACCAAUAUUGAGACCAAUAAAGCAGAUCUAUACAAAUGUGUCAUUCCUCCAAAUCUUGAGAAACCAACAUUGGGUAUUAUAGGCCUUAUUCAACCUCUUGGUCCUAUAAUGCCAACAUCAGAACUUCAAGCUCGAUGGUUAACCAGUAUAAUCAAAGGUAAGAUAAAGAAGGACCAUCUGAAUUUAGAAAUUAAUUGAAACAAAAUGAAAACUGAUCACUAGACACUGUCACUAGAGAUUACAAUAUUUUGAUGAAAUCAGAUAACUAUUACAGGUUCGUAUACAUUAUUAAUUGUAUAGAUUUGUAGCAAGCUUUUCUGCUGACCACUUAAAGUUCUACCUGAGAACUCAGCAUGUGUAUAGAUUAAUUAGUAUUAAAAAAAUUACAAUGUUUUGUUACAUUUUCUUUACGCUGUUGAUUACAUACUAAAAUAUUUUUAGAUAUAAAUUUACCAAUAAUAAUGCUUUGUAGAGGUAGCAUUCUUGUUUUCUCACCAGCUGUGAAAUAUUAUGUCUUUAGAACACAAGACCAGUAAUGAGAGAGUAAAUAUAUUAAAAAUCUAAAAAAUAAUAAUCAGCAUAUUUUAUUUAUAAUAUAUAUAGAUAUAUAUAGAUAUUUGAAACAUAGAAACACAGAAACAUAGAAUGUGAUGGCAGAUAAGAACCAUUCGGCCCAUAUAGUCUGCCCAUAUUAAAUUUGCUUUCAUACUAGCAAUUUUAAUUUUUUACAUGUAAUAGUGUGUCUUUAGGUGAUAGGAGCUGUCAAUCAAUGCUUGCCUACUGUAGAGGUAGCAUCCUUGUUUUCUCACCAGCUGUGAAAUAUUAUGUCUUUAGAACACAAGACCAGUAAUGAGAGAGUAAAUAUGAUAUUAAAAAUCUAAAAAAUAAGAAUAAUCAGCAUGUUUUAUUUAUAAUAUAUAGAUAUAUAUAUAUAUAUAUAUAUAGAUAUUUGAAACAUAGAAACACAGAAACGUAGAAUCUGAUGGCAGAUAAGAACCAUUCGGCCCAUAUAGUCUGCCCAAUUUAAAUUUGCUUUCAUACUAGCAAUUUAAUUUUUUUACGUGUAAUAGUGUGAUGAUAGGAGCUGUGAAUCAAUGCUUGCCUACUGCUCUACUAGAUGGUUUAGGAUUUGUCUAUUAAUAUGUAGGGCUAUUCGCUAAGCAGGGCGUGGCUAAAUAGAAAGAUAAAUGGAAAUGGAGAAUUUAGGAGACUCAAUAGCUAAGAUGGAGAAUUAUUUCACUUUGGGCUUUUUGGCUUAUUUUUUUUCAAAUAACAAAUGUGCUUGAUUAGGCAUAUAGAAACUUGAAAAAAUGAAGAUGAAAGCAGAGUGCAAAAUAUAUGUAUAUACAAAUGCAAGGGUCUCGCUUACCACCUAACUGGGGAGACCCCAGACAAGGAGGUUCCAAUUCCACACACAGAAUAUGAGAUGCAAACACUGCAUUAAACACAUCAUAGAAAUGAAAAAAAAAAAAUAUUCGUUAAACUAAAUACUGAAAGGUGUGAAAUGCAUUCUUAAAAAAUUUGUUUUGGCUCCCCCUGUGUUAUUUUCCAUUAUAUGCCUUUGUGAAUGUUAAUAUAUAUAUAUUUUUUAAUUUCAAUGGUGAACACUUAACUACAAUGUGCUUAAUAUAGUGUUUGCGGCUUUUACUCUAUCAUUUUCACUUCCAUUAGUAUUUACCCACAAUUCCUGGUUAAUCAAUAGCUCCACAGAACUUAGAAGUUGUUAGCCUAAAACUGAUUAGUCAGAGAAAAACACUAGUUUUGCAGAUGGUUUUAUUUUGAUUCAUGAAGGAGCUUCAUUAUUUACCAAUCACAGUUAUUCUUAGGACCUUAUUUUGUUUGUGAAUAAAUGUUUAGGUUUUACAGUCAUGACUGUUAUCAUCUAUCCCCUACCAGUCAUGCCACCAACAUUUUAAAUCCUAUCAAUUUUCUGUUUAGCACAUACCCUCUUUGUGGCAUGGGUGCUCCCCUUUGCUGUGCUAUGUCACCUUCGUAUUACAAUUUUAUAUUGCUAAAUUGGCUAUUUAAAAAUAAAGUAACAAUGUAAAUAUGUACUAAAGUGUAAAAAUGUGAGCAACUUCUAUUUCAACAAGUACAAUCUCUCCAAUUCUAAUUCAAAGUCUGAGGGAUUAGAUAUUUUUCUAUAGAGUACAAAAAAGACUAUAUUAUAGCACAUUUACUGAAUUUAGAGAUUCACCUGCUGAAUUCUAAGUAAAAUUUACAAUACCUCUCAGAAAGAUUUCCAGUUUGUAUUUUUUGCUAUAAUAUGUUUUUAUGUUGCAGGCAUAUGCAGGUACCCAUCAGUGAAUAAAGUAUUGGAUGAUAUUGCGAAGAAAAAGGAAACCUUCACUAAAAGGUGUUUUACAUAGUUACAUAGUUACAUAGCUGAAAAGAGACUUGCGUCCAUCUAGUUCAGCCUUCCUCACAUAUGUUUUUGCUGUUGAUCCAAAAGAAGGCAAAAAACCCAGUCUGAAGCGCUUCCAAUUUUGCAACAAACUAGGAAAAAAUUCCUUCUUGACCCCAAAAUAGCAGUCAGAUGUCUCCUUGGAUCAAGCAGCUAUUACUCCACUAAUUAGAAAUUAUAUCCCUGUAUGUUAUGUUUUUGCAAGUAUUUAUCCAAUUGCAGUUUAAACAUCUGCAUAGACUCUGACAAAACUACCUCUUCAGGCAAAUAAUUCCAUAUCCUUAUUGCUCUUACUGUAAAAAAAACCUUUUCUUUGCCUUAGUUGAAAUUUCCUUUCUUCAAGCCUAAAUGUGUGACCUCGUGUCCUAUGUUUUAAUUGUUAUUAAAACAUAUUUUACUUGUUAUUAAAAAGUAUACAGUGGAUCAAAAUAGAAAUAUGGGUCAAAGUAAGCUUACGUUCAUUAAACUGGUUUUGUUACUUCUUAUUCAGUUCAUAAAAAUUGAAUAGAAAGCUUUUGAAAAUCAUUAGUUUAAAAUAGAAAGCUUUUGAAAAUCAUUAGUUUAUGAGUAAUGUAUGUAGUACUCAAAAGCAGUCAAAAUAGUAUGAACAGAGGUUGAUUUCCAGCAGUUAGUCUACCCUUCUUCGAUGUCAUAAAAAAUGAAAUUAUAUUAUUUAUUUCUUACUUAUACCAAUGUGCCUGUCUGUGUGGCACUUCUCUCCCUAGACAGUUGUGCUGCCUCCUGCCUCUCCUUUGGCUUAGUUCCAGAUUAUCAUGUGGGCUAAUGGUUCUCAAGCUUUAGGUAUUUACAUUGCCGUAGUUGCAACUUGCCUGUUUUGGGGGGAUUUUUUUCCUCUCUUUUUUUGUGCGAUCUGCUACUGCUGUAGAAUCCUGGUUGCCUUAAUCAUAUGAGUGUCACCCAGAUAUCUGAAACCCAGGCCCGGACUGGCCAUCGGGCACACCGGGCAAAUGCCCGGUGGGCCGCGGUGGCCAUGGGCCGAGGCCGGCAGGGGAGGUCCCAGGAUCUCCCUUGCCGGUCUAUGCAGGGCCGGCACUCUCCUAGCGCCGGCCCCGCUGUUUGCCACGAGAGAGAGGCAGACAGCCGCCAGGAGAGGAGCUCUAACUUGCAGCUCCGCCGGGUUCCUCUCGCGAGAUCCGGCGCGUUGCCAUGGCAACGACCGGAUCUCGCGAGAGUGAACUCUAGCCCCACAAGCUAGAGUUCACUCACCCACGAGGACCACCAGGAAACACUGCCAGGGAACUGUUUUUGUUUUUGCCCCCCCAACACAUACACAAUCCAUUCUAACAUUUACUCUCACACCCAUCACACACAGCAUUCUCUCACACAGCACUCUCACACCCAUCACACACAGCACUCUCACACCCAUCACACACAGCACUCUCUCACACAGCACUCUCACACCCAUCACACACAGCACUCUCUCACACAGCACUCUCACACCCAUCACACACAGCACUCUCACCCAGCACUCUCACACCCACCACUCACACCCAGCACUCUCUUACCCAUCACACACAGCACUCUCACACCCAGCACUCUCACACCAUCACACACAGCGCACUCUCACAGAGCACUCACACACACACAGCACUCUCACACCCAUCACACACAGCACUCUCACAGAGCACUCUCUCACACCCAUCUCACACAGCACUCUCACACCCAUCACUCACACACGGCACUCUCACACACAUCACACACACACACGGCACUCUCACACACAUCGCACCCUCACACACACACAUACACCGCACCCUCACACACACACAGAACCCCCCCAACACACUGCACCACACACAUACACAAUACUUCCAAAUAUAUAUACACACACACAUACACACACAUACACACACAUACACACACACUACACUCUUAACAUACACCCUCUGGAUCCCCUAUACACACACUAGAUUCCUUGUAAGCAAACACAUACUACACCCCUAAACACACACUACAUCACCUAUACACACACACACACACUAUAGCCUGUAUGCACACACUUGCUAUAUCCCCAAUACACACAUUAUCUACAGCCCAUAGCCACAUAUGCAUCACAUUGCACCACUUUACACCACAAACACAACAUGACUAAAACCAACCUUAUUACACAAUACCACACCACAAUCAGCUCACUCUACACACACGCAAUACCACAAGCAGGCUCCAAACACAUGCACAAUACUCUUUCCUGGUCCUUUUGUCUCCUGGUAUCCAUUUAUAGAGACACCAGAGACAAGUUGAAAGGAAACACAGUGCAAGCAUGUUAUUAAAUUUGCUUGCACUGUGCAGAACAAAUACAGAGCUUUUUUCUCAUGCUAGAGCUCUUCAGCAGCAUUGAACCAACAUGCUCACUUUGAGAGGAGGCGUGUUUGUCAUUGGUGAUGACAAAACACACCUCCUCUGCCCCGCCCCCUUCUUAUUGGGCUGCUGUGUUAAAAAAAUGCCCGGGCCAAAUUUUUUUCCCAGUCCGGCCCUGCUGAAACCCAUGAUAUUCAGCCAUUUAAUGGCCUAAGCUACCUAAGCAACAUGGGAACAUGUGGUUGAUAUAUGAUUAGCACUAACAUCCAAAUGGUUGUAAAAUGCUGUGCUAGUGAUAUUUCAUCAUAUCCCUGUAAAGCCUUUACAAACAAUUCCCCUCAACCUCCUCCUUUAACUUAUUUUCGAUUUUCCAUGUAACUUGAGUGUUGACUCCUUAGACAUUUGGCAUUUGACAAUUGAUGCUGGCACUCAAAAGAAACUCUCAGCCUAUACUCUCAACCUGAGAGUUGGCCUGGGUCAGGUAAGUUGUCACACUGUUCUAAAAUGUUUUAAAGGGACACUCUAGUCACCAGAACAACUACAGCUUAUUGAAUUUGUUCUGGUGAGUAGAAUCAUUACCUUCAGGAUUUUUGCUGUUAACACGGUCUUUUCAGAGAAAAAGCAGUGUUUACAUUACAGCCCUGUAACUGUGUGUGUGUGUCACUGUCUGCCUGUAACUGUGUAUGUGUGUGUGUGUGAGUGUGUGACUGCAUGCCUGUAACUGUGUGUGUGUGUGUCUGUCUGCCUGUAACUGUGUAUGUGUGUGUCUGUGUGUGUAACUGCAUUCCUGUAACUGUGUAUGUGUGUGUGUGUGACUGCAUGCCUGUAACUGUAUGUGUGUGUCUGUCUGCCUGUAACGGUGUGUGUGUGUGUGUCUGCCUGUGACUGUGUUUUGUUGCCUAUAACUGUGUGUGAGACUCUCUGUGACUGUGGGUGUGUGUGACUGUAUAUGUGACUGUCUGCCAAUAACUGUGUGUGUGUGUCUGUCUACCUGUAACUGUGUAUGUGUGUGUCUGUGUGUGUAACUGCAUUCCUGUAACUGUGUGUGUGACUGUAUAUGUGACUGCAUGCCUGUAACUGUAUGUGUGUGUCUGUCUAUCUGUAAUGGUGUGUGUGUGUGUGUGUAUCUGCUUGUGACUGUGUGAUGUUGCCUAUAACUGUGUGUGUGACUCUCUGCCUGUGACUGUGGGUGUGUGUGACUGUAUAUGUGACUGUCUGCCAAUAACUGUGUGUGACUGCCUUGCUAUGACUCUGUGUGACUACCUGUAACUGACGGUGUGUGUAAAUGUCUGCCUAUAACUGUGUGUGUGACUGUGUGACUGUCUGCAUGUGACUAUGUAUGUGUGACUGUCUGCCUGUGACUGUUUGAUGUUGCCUGUAACCGUGUGUGACUAUCUGUCUGUGACUGUGUGCAUGUGACUGUCUGCUGCUGCCUUUUACUGUGUGUGUGUGUGACUGUCUGCCUGUGAGCGUGUGUGUGUGUGAAUGUAUAUGUGAUUGUCUGCCUGUAACUGUGUGCAUGACUGUCUCUGACUGUCUGUGUGACUGUCUGCCUGUGACUGUCUGCCUGUAAAUGUGUGUGUGGGGCUGCAGGGAUUUUGUAGAAGGGGGCAGGGGUUUUGUAUUGGGACAGGAGUCUUUAUAAUGGGACUUGUAGAUGGGGGUUGCAGGGGUUUUGUAGACGGGGGGCAGUACAUGAUUUGUACCCGGUUGGACAGGGGUUUUGAAGGAGGGGGUGGGGCACACAAGGGUUUUGUAGAAGGGGGCUGACAGCGGUUUUCAAAGUUUCCAAAUUUGCUCAAUACAUAAAAAAAAAAAGGAAAACAUUUAAAACAUGUUACAGGUUUUUUUGGAGGAGGAGGUGUGGGGGGGGGGGGUGAUGGUGUGCCAAGCCCAGGAUCUGCCCCGGGUGCCAAAUGCUCUAGGUAUGCCCCUGUCACUGGCCACUCCUCAGAUUGCUGUUAGAAAUCCUUCCUGUGUCAUGGCUCCCUAAAAUGCAUCCAAAUAUUCAGUAUCUCCUCCCUCUGCAUGCAGACACUGAACUUUCCUCACAGAGAUUCAUUGAUUCAAUUCAUCUCUAUGAGGAGAUGCUGAUUGGCCAGGGCUGUGUUUGAAUCAUGCUGGCUCUGCCCCUGAUAUGCCUCCUUGUCAGUCUCAAGCAAUCCUAUGGGGAAGCAUUGUGAUUGGAUCAGGCCACCAAUUCUGAUGAUGUAAGCAGACAGCUUGUUUUUCUGAGGCAAACAUAAUGCAGAACUACAGCUUCAGGAUUGAAUACAGUAAGAUUUUGCUAUAAUUAUGGAGACAUGAGGGGCCCAGAGGGGUUAGAUGGUAGUUUUAACACAAUAGGGUCAGGAAUAAAUGUUUAUGUUCCUGACCCUAUAGCGAUCCUUUAACUACUUACACUGUGGUGGGGUACUUACCACUUACAAUGGGCACUAGUGGUUUUGGUUUUAGAGUUCUCCUUUUUGCACGGUAUGCCAAUUAGUAUUCUAACUUUAAAUUACUAGACUUUCAGAAAGUAGCAACUCAAUAUUUCCAGUAUGUACACAGUAUACACCAAAGCAUACACUGAAUUUGGUAUUUCUUAUAUAUUGUGGUUCAAAAUCAAACUUAAUUGGCUAAUUUCUAAAAACAAUUUUGUAACAACAGGUUUGGCACAACAAGGGAGAACCGUUUGCAGGUGGAUUUUAUUGAAUACUUAGAUGACCUGGCUUCUGAUAUUGGAGUAAAGCCUAAUAUUUGGCAGUUGUUUCUGACAGACCCCAUUCUUGCUGUCGAGCUGUUCUUUGGACCCUGUACACCAGUUCAAUACCGGCUCACUGGCCCUGGGAAAUGGAAUCAAGCUAGAAAACAAAUCCUAACUACAAGGGAUCGUAUCGUAAAAUCAACAAAAUCUCGAGUUGUCAAUAAGCAGAAUGUCACAUCUGUAUCAUUUAUCUUUCUCCUGGGUGCUUUCUGCUUCUUUGUCAUGCUGAUAUUUUUAGUGAAAUAAAAGUAACAUUAAUGUAAUUUUAUAAAAAGUAAUAAUGUAUGGUUUCCUUAGAAUUCAUAACUAAAAGGCAACCAACAGACUGCUUUCCCUUUAUUGUAUAAAUCUAAUGAUGCUUUGAUAUCUGUAUGAUCUGUUAUAUGGCUUCAAAACAGCUGAUGGUAACAAUGCUGUAUUGUCGUACUUUGAUUAUCUGUAUCCUGAUAAAACCUGUGCGUUACCCUAAGGGGCCAACUACCUAUACAUUCACACUUACUGAUGUGUCACUUUUCUGGAACUUUUAUAACUGAAAAUGUUUUAACCUUUUUUGAGAUGCUCUGUUUUCUUUUAAAAUAUAUGAACGAUUUAGCAAAUGGUAUCAUAAUCCAGUUUGGGGAAGUGAAAGAAAAACAUUAUAAAUGAAGAAUAGAGAAAGAAACAUUGUGCAAUUUCUCCUCUUUCACGUAUGCUUUCUCUAUAUUGCCUCUAUAAGUGACUGCUCCCCUUUAAACCUAAUCAUGUUAUUCUUUGAUAUUGUUGGCUAUGAACACUCGGUGGCGGUGUUGUUAAAUAUUACUUCCAUGUGUAAAAAAUAAAAAUUAAUUUCAAAUAUUGUACCACAAAAUAUUGUAAUUAUAUAUAAUCUGUUCUUAAAAAACUAAAAACUUUAACAAGUGGAAAAUCUAUGCUAAAAGUAAAUAAAAUAAACCUUAUACAUUGAAAUCUAAAUACUUUGGCUUAUUUUGGUAGAUAUGUUUCAUGAAGACAAUAGGAUGAAUGUUGUAAACCUGUUAAAGUACAAUCUGAUAACAUUAUUCAGUUUGCUACACGAAUACUAAAUUAGUCAUAUAGGCAUAUCAUUAUAUAACUGAUACAGUGUACAUGUAACAGUUUGGGGUGAAUGGGCUCAUUGAAAUCUAAAUACUUUGGCUUAUUUUGGUAGAUAUGUUUCAUGAAGACAAUAGGAUGAAUGUUGUAAACCUGUUAAAGUACAAUCUGAUAACAUUAUUCAGUUUGCUACACGAAUACUAAAUUAGUCAUAUAGGCAUAUCAUUAUAUAACUGAUACAGUGUACAUGUAACAGUUUGGGGUGAAUGGGCUCAUUGAAAUCUAAAUACUUUGGCUUAUUUUGGUAGAUAUGUUUCAUGAAGACAAUAGGAUGAAUGUUGUAAACCUGUUAAAGUACAAUCUGAUAACAUUAUUCAGUUUGCUACACGAAUACUAAAUUAGUCAAAUAGGCAUAUCAUUAUAUAAAUGAUACAGUGUACAUGUAACAGUUUGGGGUGAAUGGGCUCGGUAUUUAGAGAAAGAACAAAGAAAAGUCACUUAACAAGAAGCCUCUGAAAAAUAUGUCACAGUAGGCAGGAAAAUCCAGGGCCAAGGCCAAACAGCACAUGAAAGUAAAAGGAUAGUUUUUAGCAGGAUAGUCCAAUCAGGACCAGGCAGGCAAGGAUUAAGUCCAGAAUUCAAGGCAGGGUCAGGAUGACAAGGGUUAAGUCAGGAAUCUAAGGCAAGACCAGGCAAGGGUUAACUCAGAAAUCCAAGGUAGGGUAGAUUUGUAACCUCUAGGGAGUUUACAAGACAUCUGGGCAAAGAACCUAGGAUGGCCUGGUUUUUAAAUAGGGGAGAGAAAGCCCUCUCAUCUAUUUAAAUAGAUGGUUCACUCUCAGGCUUUUAUGCACACUUUGUAGGUGGGGCACUAUUCUGGACUGUCAUCCUGCUGCUUCACACACUGCUAUCAUACAUUCCUAACUGGAUCCCCCAGUGUUCUGACACCCUCAGGGGAUCCCGAAACACUGUUGGGAACAGCAGAUAGAGAACCACACAGAAUACCUGCCGAAGGGAAGGCAUGCCAUAGAGCACACAAGACAUUUACACUUGCGGUGUACCACAGAGAAGUGGCAGACCUCAAUGGCGGCUGAGACACCAAGACUCACUUGGAGCCUCUGCCGCGGUAAGUGCCGGGUAAAUGAGUGUGGUGCGCCUGCCUCUCCAUGCACGUUGUGACAGUGUAAGCAUACACAUGAAAAAUAAUCUGACAUACAUAUAGAACUAGAAUAGCCUAAACCUUAAAUACAGUAACUUUGGGACCUUACAUUUCAUAUACUAUGAGAACUGUAUGAAACUAUCAUAUAAAUGGUAUUUCUUUUAUAAAUCAAUUGGAUUAAUGAUAAAAUGCAGAAUAUGGGUGAGAAUACUCAUUGCAUUUCAUUAUCUUUAUAUUUAAAUAAAAUAAAAAAGCUAUCAUAUUUCAGUCACACUUGGUAGAGACUUAUAAUAAAGAUCUUACUGCAUUCCCCAGGAUAAGUUGAAAAUGCUGACUGCACAAGCUCUGCGUAAGGGUGUGCUGACUAUAUUGAUGACUUUGGAUUGCUAUAAACCUACCCCCUCAGACUACUGGACAAAGGGAGGGGAUUUAGUUUGCAUCCUAUUCAGCUACCGGGUAUUUUUUAGUUACUUUGGGGCAUUAUUUUGUUAAUAAAGCUUUUUGCCUUCAUACUUAUCAGUUUUUGCCCCAAGAUAUUCAUAGAUUUAUCUAGAGAUACUGGAUCUUUCACUGCUUACUUGCCUAUAUACUGCUUAAGUAAUCCCCAAGAGAUAUUGUAUUUUUGGUGUAUCCAUUAUUUAUCAGCCAUUUGAGGGACUUCCUUGUGGGAGCCCUCUAUAUUUAGUCUUUUCUGUUAUCCAAGGCACAUUUAAUGCCUAAAAAUUUAAAAAUGAAAAAAAAAUCUGCUAUGCUAUGUUUGCCUAAACUAUUUUUCUUAUUCAUUAUUGCCUCAGCCCAUCAUUGGUGAAUAUAUCCCUGUCUGCUAGUUAAGCUUUAGCUUAAUGCUAUCAUAUGUUUCUCUUAUGCAUAUUAUCAUGGAAGUCUUGAUGUGAUGGAUAAGCUUGUUCGCUUGCUUCGGCAUUCAGCGUUCCGUCCAUGGUGCCAAGAAAUAGAUAAUUAAUGGGAAAAAAGAUGAUUGUUAGCUAGGGGAGAGUCACUAAAUGUUGAUUUCAUUCACAGAUCAAGUGAGAAAAGUGACCAAAAAAGGGAAGAAAAGAAGGAGCAGCAAAAAAACAAAUCUAUAUUAAUACAUGUAUACAUUAUAUAUUUCAUAAAUAUAUAUAUAAAUAUAAUUUUUGUACUAUUCAUCCUCUUUUUCCCUCUAAUGGUUAUUUUAUCUGUGGAUCAAAUCAUGGAAAAUGUGUACUGUAAUAUAUAUAUAUACAUAUAUCAAUGUAUAAAUAUAUGCAUGUAUGUAUAUAUUUUGCAGUACCCUAAUUGCUCCAUUUUUGCACCCUUUUUGAUUUGUCCAAAUUGUUUCCCCAAAUAUUCUCCAUGAACGAUUUUCAGAAGAACUGAAAUGUCAAAUGAACAAGUUGUGGAGAUUCCAAAUGAAAUGUAAUCUUUGUAAUGUAGUCAAGCUGUCAGAUAAAUGUGUGUCAAUGGAUCCAAAUUAAAUCUCGUUUUCUGAAUUUGUAUGUCCGGCAGAAGGCUAAUUAUUUUUACAUACAGAAGUUCACUGUGCCUCAUUUAUAAAUUGCUCCCAAAGUUUUCAAAGUUAUCUUUUCAUAUAUAUAUAUAUAAUUUCUGGAGAGACUUCUGUUUAUAUUUCUUUAGGUAUACAUCUGUUUGCUGUUAGUUGUACUUUCUGUGAAUUUGUAUUGCAGUUUACCUUGGCUUUCAGAUAAAAUUUUGGGCUAGGUGAAUGUCUGGGAGCAGUGCAAAACGCAUAAAUAGCUCUCGGUUUUCCUCUUCUUUUUUUCAUUUUAUUGUUAACUAUUUCUGUCUUAGCCAUUUACCUUUAUCUUGUAAAUAGCAGCAACAUUUCAGCUACAUAGAAAGCCAUUUUCCAGUUCAUUCACACGUUAAUAAUUCAGAACUAAAUAGAUAGUUUGAUACGAUGCUCCCAAAGUAAAUUUCCCUUAAAGGGUUAUUUCGACAUCCAUGACUAAGUAUGCUUUUUGAAGUAGUUGUUCUGAUGAGUAUAAACCUUUACCUUCGGGCAUUUUUAUGCCCGUAGAGACACCUCCAAGAGGCAACUCCUCAGAUGGCCACUUGAGGUGCUUCCUGGUUCAGUGCUGCACAGUAGGUAGCAGUGCCGUCCAGCGUCCCCAUGCUCUGCAUGGGGAGGCUGAAUUUUCCUCAUAGAGAUGCAUUGAUUCAAAUCAUCUCUAUGAGGAGGUGCUGAUUGGUAGGGCUAGAGGUAGGGUAAGGGUUAGAGGAAGGUCGGGGUAAGGGUUAGGGUAGGGUUAGGGGUGGAGUUAGGGUUAGGGGUAGGGUUAGGUUUAGUGGUAGUGUUAGGGAUAGAGUAAGGUUGGGGUAAGACCACACCUUGAAUAUGCUGUGCAAUUUUGGGCGCUUGUUCUAAAGAAGGAUAUCAUGGCACUGGAGAGGGUCCAGAGACGAGCUACAAACUUGCUAAAAGGAAUGGAGCAUUUUAAUUAUGAAGAAAGGUUAAAAAAAUUAAAUCUGUUUAGUUUGGAAAAACGGCGCCUGAGAGGGGAUAUGAUAACUUUAUACAAAUAUAUUCGGGGCCAGUACAAACCUUUAUCUGGAAAUCUAUUCAUAAACAGGGUUAUACAUAGGACACGAGGUCACACAUUUAGGCUGGAAGAAAUGAGAUUUCAUCUAAGGCAAAGAAAAGGUUUUUUUACAGUAAGAACAAUAAGGAUAUGGAAUUCUCUGCCUGAAGAGGUGGUUUUGUCAGAGUCCAUAUAGAUGUUUAAACUGAAAUUGGAUAAAUACUUACAAAAACAUAACAUACAGGGAUAUAAUUUCUAAUUAGUGGGGUAAUAGCUGCUUGAUCCAAGGAGACAUCUGACUGCUAUUUUGGGGUCAAGAAGGAAUUUUAUCCUAGUUUGUGGCAAAAUUGGAAGCGCUUCAGACCAGGUUUUUUGCCUUCUUUUGGAUCAACAGCAACAACAUUUGUGAGGAAUGCUGAACUUGAUGGAUGCAAGUCUCUUUUCAGCUAUGUAACUAUGUAAGGAGGGUUAGGGAUAGAGUAAGGUUAGAGGUAAAUUUAGGGGUAGGGUUAGAGGUACCGGUAUGGUUAGCGUUUGGGGUAGGGUUAGGUGUAGGGUUAGGGGUAGGGUUAGGGCUAGGGUUAGAUUCUUCUCAUCAUUCUCUUACUUUUCCCUCCCUCUCCUGUUUUGUCACCUUUCAGAAAUCUGAAGCACUUCGGCACUUCCGAAAUUCAGCACUUAGGGAUUUCAGCAAUUUGGCAAUUUGGUUCGGUUCAGCACUUUCAAAAUUUGGCACUUCCGAAAUUCGGCAAUUCAGACAUUCGGAAGCAUUCGAAUAUCCGAAUUGAUUAAAAUUGUCAGAAUUUAAAUUUGGAGCGAAACAAAUUGCACAGAACUAUUAAUAACUGAUUAAUAACUGAACAAUUGCAAUUGUUAUUUAGAUUCCUCGAAUAGUUCUGCUUUCACUAACUGACAAACUUUGAUGCACUUCAUCAUUGUGAAAUAUAAUAAUAAUAAAGGGGUUAAUAUUUUUUCUUUGAAUAAAGAUAGGGUCAUCACAAUCAAUGUCCUUAUGUACUACCAAAUCUUUAUUACUUGCACAACACUGUGAAAGACAGGAAGAUGUUGAUGCCCCUGCACCACUCAAUAACAAAGUGAUGAAGGAGCUAAUAUUAGUUUUCCUGUAAUCCAUAAACCUACUACUUCUCCCUCCUGAUUGUGGUCAAUGCAGAGACACAUAACUUUACUGACACUGUCUUUACCUUAGGAUGUUUCCAGGGCUUUAAUACAUGACAUGUGGGUACACCAAUUUUUGUGACAUACCUCACUCUAGAAAAUCAACUUUAAUGGAGUAAACCCAAGUAAUAAAAAAAAAAUAUUGGAUAAAAAAAACAAACAAACAAGAGUCAGAAUAAUGGAAUAAAAAGUAAAUAAAUAAAAUUAAUUGUACUUAUUCCUAUAACAAUAUGCUGGAUCUCCACUUGCUGUCUAGGUAGUCCAACACAUUUAUAUAGGAUGAACAAUAUUGUUACUUCCAGCAAUUGGGGUUUUUAAAGGGGGCUUAGUUUUAGCAAUAUUGCAUUAUUGUUGUUCUUCGUGAAUUUUUUCUUUUUAGGCACAACGUAUAGCUGUAUAAGUAAACAAUAA